AUGCUGGAUCGUCUGUGUGCUAUUGUGGCCAAUAUGGGCUCAGACCCUGCGGCCUUGACAAGGUUUAAUUCGGAGCUUGAGUCAUUGGCUCAGCAGUUUGGGAGGCAGCCUGAUCCCCAGCCUGACCCCUCCUCAUCUUCUACUGGUUAUGAAGCUCAUGGUCCCUCUGAUGCGAGUGAAGGGAGAGAAGCUUUUGAUUCUUCUGGGGCUUUGUUUUCCCAAUUGCAGUUUUCCAGGAUUCCAGUCCCAGCUAGUCCCAGGGGUCGUCCCAGGAGUAUGGGUGCCAUGGUUCAGCAGGCCUUUCGGUCUGGACUGCCACAUUCACAGUCGGCACCCCUAGGUUCUGAGAGUCCAGGGCUUCCAGCAGCGCAGCUUAUGGGGAGAGGAACUUCUUCUCAGCCAAGCACCACACAUGUUUUUACUUCUGUUCAGGUGUAGCCGGUUCAUUCGAGGGAGGCGCUCAACUCGAAUUUUGAGAGCAAGUCCACUGAGCAAUCAAAAUCCAAGCAAGAGGUUAAGAAGCCAGGAAGGCGCCUUAUUUGUUGGGAAUAUAACAAAGGAUCCUGCUAGCGUCAAGGUUGCAGGUUUUCCCACAUUUGUGAUAAAUGUUUUGGGAGCCAUUCUGCCGCUUCCUGUGGAGUCAAGCGGCCCUUUCGUGGGGCAAGGAGAGGUUCUCAGUGGGAUCAGAAAGGAUACUCUCCUCCAGCAGUCCACGAUGUUAAGUGAGGUCUUAUUGACCCUAGCUCAUACUCCCAUUAAGUUGCCCACCUUAUGGGCGCAGGCACCCUGAUACAGCUGCUGCUUCCUAUUUGUGGCUUGGAUUUUCUCAAGGCUUUCAUAUCCUAGUGGUGUUCCCGCCUAGGGCUACCAAAGCUGAAAAUCAAAAAUCUGUCACAGAGUUGCCUGUUGUCGCUAGGAGAAAUAUCAGGAAAGAACUGGCUUUGGGUAGGAUGGCUGGCCCAUUUGCACGCCCUCCCUACCCAGAUUUGCAUCUUUCUCCUUUGGGUGUGGUACCUGAAAAGGCCCCAGGUGAAUUUCACUUAAUUCACAACUUAUCUUACCAGCAGGGUUCAUCAGUAAAUGAUGCUAUCCCUCCUGAGCUGUGUUCUGUUAAGUCUGCCACCAUUAACCAAGUGGUCAAGUUGAUCAGGAGUUUCGGGAAGGGUGCACUUCUGGCAAAGUGCGAUGUAGAAGUUGCCUUCUGCUUACUUCCUGUUCAUCCACGACUUUAAGUUGCUGGGGUUCCAAUUGGAUGGAGCUUAUUAUGUGGGUAAAGCUAUGCCUAUGGGCUGCUCUAUAUCCUGUGCAGCUUUUGAGGCCUUCAGUACAUUUUUGGGACUGGGCUUUGCGUACCAAAACAGGUUUUAGGGGCGUGACCCAUUACCUUGAUGAUUUUUUAUUAAAUUCUGCAGCCAAUUUGGAGGAAUGCUUGCUUCUUUUGCAUUCUUCUGUUUCCGGAUUUCCGCUUAUCCAGGUGUUCACCCUUGGCUGACCUAUGCUGGUGCCCUGGGUCAGCGCUACCUGCAUGGCAGGGAGCUAGUUGAACCAGAGUCUAUGCAACCAUUCACUUUGUGUAAUCAAUAAAGUUGUGGCCUAAAUUCUGCCAAAAACAAACCAAAAAUUUGAGUCAUGUGUGAAUUCAUUUAGGGGGGAGGUUUCUGGGUCUGAACACACAAAACACUGAUCUUAGAGCAUAGAUGACAGACAUAAAAUGCUGUUUCUUGGGUGACUUCCUCCACAUUCAGUAAGAGCACACCUCUUUCUGUCUUGGUUCAAACUCUGAAAUACCAGUUCUGCUAGUUUUCAGAGUGGCUCAGUUUGAAUCUGAGGGAAAGCACCUAUUGGCCUGCACCUGUGCCAUCCCAAUACACCUCCCUCUCCCUCCUCAAAGUUUUGGUGAAAAAUAAAGUUAUUAUAUAGCCUUGGCAGAAUACCGAAUGAUGCCUCAGUUUCAGAGGGAAACCACUUUAAAUGUUUUUUUUUUAUGACCUCCCUAGGGAAGCCUACCUGGUUCCACCUUACCUCACUUUUCUGCUAAUUGUUAAAGCAUAGCUAUUUCAAGCUCUCUCUUUUUCCCCAAGGCUUCAUUCUAAUCGUUUUUGAAGUUAUGUGCUGAUGUAGCUUCUCAAUUACGGCAUUCUUUGGUUGCAUUGUUUAAUGUGUUGUUGUAUUAUUAAUAAUACAAAUCAAACGGGUUAUUAGCUGCCUUGUAUACUAAUUUUUUAAUUUCCCUUGUAUACUAGAAAUAUUUUAAAUAAAUAAAUAAAUCAUACUUACUGACCUUCAGGGUUUGUUGUACAGUAUAGAUUAUAAUGGAGUGUAUUUGAAAUGGUUUGAACACCUUGAACGAGUUAAUUACGAUUAGUUACCAUGCCUACACGCAGAGCAAUACCUCACUGGUCAAAUUUCUUUCUGUUGGGAGUUUUAAAGCCAGUGCUAGAAAGAAAAAUAAAUUAAGGUGGCAUCCCUAGCAAUGAAGGAAAGGGGAAAUUGCUGUCUCUGACUGUUCACAAAAAUAGAUGGGGCUUAACUCAGUCUUUCCCUGCUCUGGAAUAUUUUUUUCCUGUGAAAGAGGGACUUUUUGUUAAGAGAAAUGGCACUUUCCAUCCACUGCAGGGCAUUCCUCCUCCCGCCCCCCCCCCGCCCCCGCCAGGCCAGUUCUUGUAUCGUGUUCCAGGUUUGAGAAGCAGCAUUAACAACUUAUCCUAAUAUUUACCUUUUAACAAUAUUUAAGUUCGAAAAGAUUUCAUGUGAUUGUGUCUGCUAGGCUAAUAUAUGCAAAGUACUGGAAAUGAGCAAACAACUUCAAAGAAAAAGUAAUCCAGCAUUAAAGGAGUGGGUCACAAAACUGGAACAUGUCUGAAUGAAACUGAAAAUGAUUUACAUCUUACUGGAAUGUCAAGACGAAAAAAUACUGUUGUUGUUUUUUCCCCUUGCUUAGAAUGGGAGUGUUAAACCACUCCCUCAGUAAAACGGUGUGUGCCUCUGCUUAAGUUAUUUGCUUAUUUUUGUGAUAUUAUUCUCCUAUUUUAUUAUUUUGCUCAUUCACCCAUUUCAGUGCUUUAAUGUUUGCAAGUUGCUUUUAAAAAGAAAAGAUGCAAAUUAUAUAUAUUAUGUAUAUAUAAUUGUAUUACAUAUAUACAAGUGAAGCCUGGGCACACUUUGUACAUGCUUGGAGGAACUGUUAGCCCAGCAAGGUUGUGGAGCUGUGCAGUUUGAAGGGAAGGCUUCGUAGCUCAGUGGCGAAGCACCUGCUUGGCAUGCAGAAGGCCUCAGGUUCAAUCCUUGGCAUCUGCUUAGUUGGGGCUCAGUAUAUUAAGCUGAAUAAAAUCAGUUUUCCCUCCUCCUGGGUGUGCCAAAAAGCAAGAGAAUGAGAAACAAAUUCUGUGUGGGUUCUAAUGAAGCCAUCACAAAUACACACACACACAGAUUCAAAACGGCGGGAAAGGAGCAGCCCGUUUGUUCGCCUCGUUCGCGCGCGCGCGCCCUUCCCUAGCGGCCCUGGAGCGCUUGGGCUCUCUCUUCCUCUCUGCCUAUGUAGCUGUUGCCACCGACGCUCAGCUCUCGGGCUGACCUACUUUCCACGCCAGAUUCCCAGCGUGCCAACCUGGGGAGCGCGCAGCACAGGAGCGCGCAGGAGCGCGACAGAGAGAGCACUGGGAGCCCUUGCUUGUCAACUCUCCGUGGCUCAUCCUCGGAUGGGACGCCUCGCUACGCUGCGCUGCCUGCUUGAUGCUGCCGCCGCCGCCACCGCCGCUCCUCGGUCCUUUGGAGUUUGGCUGCCAUCACCACUUCAGGAGGGAUGUUUCUGAAAUGUGUUCUCCCUCCUCCUUGGCUGUGCCAAGCGAGACAGAUAAAUAAAUAGCGCGCGUGCACCCACACUUAUACCAAGGCUCUCUUUCAGCGUGGGUGGCACUCUCUAGCCACCUCCGCCUGGCUGGGCAUGAUUGGGAUGGGUUCAGUUGAACCCUUCCCCGCCUCCACCCCCCCCCCCAUAGCAACCCGGCUUCCAUUACUAUCCAAUAUCUGGACGGGGUGGUGGGGUGGUGGUCCGGCUCUCUUCUGUCAGAGAUUCCCAUUAAGGCGCGCUCCGUGGGAACAUUUCCCCCUCAUGCCCAGCGAGUUCCUUCUGCCGGUGCUUGAGGAUGCGCUCCUCCUCUCCUUCACGUGCACGAGUAGGUCUCUCAGCCUAUCUACCUAAAUCUCCCCUCCUCUAAAGUAAGGGAGCUCUUCGUUAUGCGCGUCCCACAGCACAGCAGAGGUUCGCUUCCCCGAAGCGCGCCGCCGCCGCCGCCCUACUCAGCGCUUCUCGCUUUUGACACAGCUCUUGGCAAAGCGCGCUCUCUCUCUGUGUGUCUCUUCCUUCCUUUCCUCCAGUCCCGUCCUCCGCCUCGGCCCUCCCUUCAAAAGAUGUGGCUGGCUGACUAAACUGACUGGACUUCUCCGCGAGCUAGAGGCGCGCGUACGCGCUCCCGGGUCCUACUGACCCAGGAGGAGCGGCGGGAGCGCGCCCGCAGCACGGGCGAUGAUGCCAAGGGAGGACGGGCUAACCCCAGCAAGCCGUGCAUGUAUGUGUGUGUGUGAGUGUGUUGGGGAGUUACACAACCAGUCAGGGCAGAUUGCGUGCUGCAAAUGUGAGUUUUCCCCAAGUAAGCCAAAGCUCCCGUCUAUCUUUCUCCACCUCUUACUUGGACCAACCCCGUCUUCUUAUUUUUAUUUUUAAUUUUUUUGGGCGCCCCUUCAAGUGCCCUCAUUGUUACCACUUUCUAGAGACGUUUCCAUCCGCCCUUCCUUAAACAGUUUUCGGUUUUAUUACGACUGUUGUUGUUAUUCUGCUUUGGAAGGCGAGAAUCGAAAAGAUGAUAUGUGGUUCCUUCUCCUGGAGGCUGGCACCAGAACUGAGGACCCUCGCUGCUGUUGGUCGGGCAUCUUCUUAGAAGAGAAGCUGGGUAAGUUCUUGCACUGGGGGCAGUUCGACUUUCUUUCAAACCGGGGUUCUCCCCCCCCCCCCCACAGCGCGGUAUGUUUGUUUUGCAUAUUUGCCUGGCAUGUGCAGGCAGUCUAGGUGCCCGAUGUGGGUGGUAACUUACUCUGUGCGGCAUAAAAGUUUUGGGUUCUGGGGGUUGUCGGGGUUUAUUUGCUCCCCUUGGUUGCAAGGCAAUUGUUUUGUUUUGCAACUGCCUUUCCCUUUAAUGAAGAUGCCUGCAAGGUGAAGGAAAUGGAUGUGUUGGAAGAUUCCCGGUCCGUCCUCGUUUCCUGAUCUCCCAAAUCGCGCUAAAGUCCUGUUGGUAGGACCUUUUCAAAACUCGCAGCAAUGUAUUUCAGCCUGAAAAGUAAUUUUCUUUCUUUCUUUCUGUCUUUCUUUCUUUCUUUCUUUCACAAACCAGUGGAAUGUGACAGGUUUUGACAUCCAGGGAAUCUUUAGCUAGACCAGGGCAGAUUGAAAUGGUCUUGCUAGGUGUAUAUUAUAACUUUGAAUCAAAUCAGAACCAUGGAAACAAAUGGAGAAGCAUCUUUUAUUUAAAGUCAUCAAGGCUUACCUGUGUCUGAGUAGAUUUCGGUGAACAAAUAGCAUAAUUAAUUCGAAAUACUAUGCAUAGUUUGAGUUUCAAAGGUAUCAUAUAAGGAAUCAUAUAAGGAAGAAGGCUGUUCCAUAGUGUGCCCAGUUUGCUGUAAAAGAGAGUGAUUUAUCUUAGGUACAGAUGAAUGUGGUUGUGAUGGAUGUUGCCAGCUUUCUCAGUCUUUCAUUGCAGAAGUCUAUUAGAAUGGUCCAACAGCAAAGGGGGGAAGCUAAGUCAUAUUCUGAUAUAUAGAUGUUUGAUGCGAGGUCAAAAAGUUACUCCCUGUCUGACUUUGCAGACUGCUUAUAAACAGGGAAUUGUGGAAAACUGCUUAUCAGCCUACAAAAACUGUAAAUUGAUUGCUCUUGUGAGUGGUUUGUAUUAGAAAUGUACAGCUAAGCCGUGCCCAGGUGACUCAGGCAGUGUCAUAACCAUCUUACAGAAUGCCUGGCCUUUGUAAAAUUACACAAUCCCAAAUGUCAGAUCUGAGCCACCAGAUAUCCCGUUUUACCAGUCUACCUUAGAUCCACCGUAAGUAGAUUUAGAGAAGCAGCCCUGCAAUGAAUUGGAGAAGGAGGAGGAGAAGGAGGAGAAGAGGGGCAGUUGAGAUGACAUGAUAAUUAGUUGGGCUGUGAUCUUCAAAACAUACUUGGGAAUAGUGCCAUGAGCUUUAGUGGGAAUAGUCAAGAACAAGUGGACUGAAAACUACAACUUUAAACAAUUGAACAAACAUCCUCCUGUUUCAGGAGAGAUUUUAGGGGGAUGGGGUUGGUAUUAGCAAACCUUUUUAGCAAGGUGCACUUGAAAACAGACAUCAUUAUCCUCAGGCAUCCUUAAAAAGGGUGCAGUAGGAAUAUGCUAAGAGGGAAGAGAUUUAUUACAGGGAGAUUAUUUUACCUUGCCCAGUAAAAGCAGUGUUGAUCUAAUUAGUGAGACAAAAUGUUCCAUUUGUUCAGACUCUGAAAUGUCAGGAGUCAUUCUGUUUCUUAAUAACAACAAAAACCCAUACUGCUAAUUCACCUGUAGUUGCCUACCCUAAUUUAUGGGAUUCUUUUCUGCUAAUACCUGGGGCUUUGGAUAGGUCCAUCACCUGAUGAAAUAUAUCUUAGCUGAUUGGUUGUAUGAAUUUUAAUUGAUUCACCAAUUAAUUAAAGGCAGAUGAAUCUGCAAAAAUGCACAUGCAAGGAAAUCAAUACCGCUGCAAAGAAAGUAAGUAAAACGAGUUACUUAAAAAGAGGGAUUAGCUCCUGUGUGAGGCAGAAUAAUGUGGUAUCUAAUAGCAGAUUUUUUAAAAAAUAGAUAUUUUAAUACAAAAACUGUGCAUAGAGUGUUUUGCAAUACAUAGUUUUUGUAAGCCCUUGUAACACUUCCCCCCCCCCCAAAAAAAGUCUGCUGUUAGUUAAUCAGCGUUAACAUAUUUUUAGUAAAUCAAGUUUUUUUUAAGAAAAAAGAAAAAACACUGAUUAAUGUUAAACCAUUUAAUGGCCUAAUAGUGCACAUCUAUGCUCAAAAUAAAGGCAUGCUGUGUGCCUUGAAAGUAAAGCCCAUUGAACUCAGUGUAAUUUACUUACAAAUGUUACAGCUCUAGUUUUGGACUAGUAAGCAGCUUUUAAGAUCCAAUAUCAAAAUUGGUAUGGACAAGUUGCAAACAGUGUACCAUCUUAUGGGGGGGGGGAGGAAAAGUACUUGUACAGUAUAAUAGGUGUGGGGAAAUCUGAGGCGCCAAAUGGAGCCCCCCAAAGUCACUCUAUUUGGCCCUUGAGAUUUGCUCCAGGCCACACCCUUUUACAAGGUCAUGCCCUUGUCAUGUCAGGCCACAUCCCUCUCUCAACCAGCCCCACCCUACACUCUCAAGUCGUUUUGACUGACUGGAGCAGGCUUCCUCAACCUCGGCCCUCCAGAUGUUUUGAGACUACAAUUCCCAUCACCCCUGACCACUGGUCUUGCUAGCUAGGGAUCAUGGGAGUUGUAGGCCAAAAACAUCUGGAGGGCUGAGGUUGAGGAAGCCUGGUCUGGAGUGUAUCAGUGAAAUGUAAUAAUGCCUCUUGCUUGCCUAGAUAGAAAAGCAGUGUGACCCUAAGGGAGAACAUGAAAAGAUGUGUGUGGUGUAAAAAAAACAACCCUCUGACUAUACAGCCCAUGAGCUAUGAACAUCCUUGUUUCCUUAGAUUCUCAACCUGUGCACAGCAGCGGAGGAAGCUGCUCAGGCGCCUGGGGUGAGCUGCCCAUAGGGGUAGGGUGAGCGAUCCAUAGGGGCAGGACGAGUUGCCCAUAGGGGUGAAGAAGUUGGCAUGUUCAGACGCUUGGACACGGGUGCAGGAUGGUCCCAGAGACCCAUAGCUAUCAGGAUUUGAUCUAUUAUGUUCAUCAGAGGCUGUGGCCUGUGUGGGGUAGUGGUUAGAGUGUUGGAUUAGUGCUUCAAGUUCAGAAGGGGACUUUGGACUAGUCAAUACCUCCCAGCCUAACUUACCUCCCAUGGUUGUUGUGGGAAUCAAAUGAGGAGGUGAAUCAUGUCCAUCACAUUGGGCUCCUUGGAGAGAAAAAAGUGGGAUACAGUGGUACAUCGGGUUACAUAUGCUUCAGGUUACAUACACUUCAGGUUACAGACUCCGCUAACCCAGAAAUAGUACCUUGCGUUAAGAACUUUGCUUCAGGAUGAGAACAGAAAUCGUGCUCCGGCGGCGCGGCGGCAGCGGGAGGCCCCAUUAGCUAAAGUGGUGCUUCAGGUUAAGAACAGUUUCCGGUUAAGAACGGACCUGCGGAACGAAUUAAGUACGUAACCAGAGGUCCCACUGUAUAAAAAAUAAAUAUAAAAAAGCACAGGUGGGCAACUUUGUCAGCCAAAGGCUGCAUGCAUCCCUGAUGUCAUUUUAUGUGGUCUUCUUAGGAUCAUAGAAGGCUUGUCAUAUACCAAGUUAGAACAUUCGUCCACAGAUGGUAUUUAACAUCCACCAGAUUGGCAAAAAUGUCUUUAAAAAGUAAAAAAAAAAAAAGGUAUUAUUUUGGAAGUGUGAAGAAGAUGAGGGAUCCUUUUGCCACAUUUGGUGGUCCUGUAAAGUAAUUAAGGAAUAUUGGAAAACUAUAUAUAAUGAAUUUAAAAAUAUAUUUUAAAAAAAAUCUUUCCCCAAAGACACCCGAGAUUUUCCACUUGGGGGUGGUAACAACAGAUGUCUCCCCUCCACACAAAAAACCGAGUCUAUUACUAUACGCCAUUGCCACAGAUAGAACCUUAUUGGCACAAAGGUGGAGAACAAGUCUAGUACCCACUAGGGAAGCUUUAAUGUUUGAUGUAUCACAGUAUUUUAAUAUUCUUUUGGAAGCCGCCCAGAGUGGCUGGGGAAGCCCAGCCAGAUGGGCGGGGUAUAAAUAAUAAAUUAUUAUUAUUAUUAUUAUUACAUAAGGAAGAAUGGCAGUGUAAAAUGCUCUAGUAUGCUGAACUGUCUGGUCUGAUGAACAGGAUAAGAGAAAAUGAAGAUAGCGAAUACAAGGAGGAAUAGAUAAUGUUUAUUGACUAUUUCAAGAACCAGUACAGACAAAUACACAGCUUAGCAGGUCUCGAGUAAAUCCAGCAGAGUUGAAAUAUAUAUUUUUAACAAAUUGGAUGAUUAAAAAGGUGUGGAUUACACGGAGUAGCAGAAAAGCAAAGGAACCAGGAAAAGUGUGGAAGGGAAGUCAUACGGUAUAUGUAUACAUACUGUAUUUGGUACGAAGAUGUAAGUGGGACAGGGGGAGAGGAGGGGACUUAAAGAUGCUCUUUGUUCCUGUUUUGGAAAAUGCAAAUUAAAAAAAUGGAAAAAAGAACAUUCGUCUUUAUGCACUGUAGACUGACUGGCUCUCCAGGGUUUUAGGCAGGAGGCAUUCCCAGCUAUACCUGAAGAUGCCAGGGACUGAACUUUGUACCUUUUGCAGGAAUAGUAGAUGUUCUGCUACUUAGCCGUGAUCUUUUCCUAUUCCUACAUCCCAUCAGGGCAGCUUCCUUCCCGUUUGCAUCCUUAUUUUCCUGGACUUUUAAAAGCUUUCCCUCACUUUCUGUGCAGUUUUAGAUCAGUUGGAAGGGGCAGUUUUUCGCAUCAUGGAAAUAGACGGUUUUUGAUUAAAUCAUUGCUUGUGUGGCUUGUAUAUGUUUUAUUCACCAGCUGUCUGAGAAAAAAAGUGCAUAGGCUUCUACCAUACAUGUGUGAGAUACUACUUUCACUUGAAAAGCAAUAUACAUAUUUGAGAGUAACUGCUUCAACCCCAGUGGGGCUUACCUCUGAGUAGAACUUCGUAGGAUUGAGAUUCUCAGUUACGUAUUGGUAAAGGCCUUUGAAUCAAAAUAAGCUAUGUUGGUGAUACUCAUAUGUGCCUUCCCUGCUCCUGCCAACCUAGCAGUUCGAAAGCACGUCAAAGUGCAAGUAGAUAAAUAGGUACUGCUCUGGCAGGAUGGUAAACGGCGUUUCCGUGCGCUGCUCUGGUUCGCCAGAAGCGGCUUAGUCAUGCUGGUCACAUGACCCGGAAGCUGUACGCCGGCUCUCUUGGCCAAUAAAGCGAGAUGAGCGCCGCAGCCCCAGAGUCAGUCACAAUUGGACCUAAUGGUCAGGGGUCCCUUUACCUUUUAAACCUGGAAUAUUGCACCACUUGGAGAUUGCGGUGGUAUGCAACACUAUUUUAGCUUUCUCUUUAACUAGCCAGUUUUCUGCCUUGGAGGCCUUUCCAUCCUUCCAUGCAGGAGCAUUUGGGCAUCUUGGUUCUAGUUGCAGUCGGAAGUUGCACAGUGAUUUUUUUCCUUCCCCUACUGCGUAGUAAUAACAAUCUACGGUUUUCAGUGGUAGCUUUCUACUUUAAGCCCCCCCCCCCCCUUUUUCACCUGACAACUGCCAGCAAAUAUUGAAGUGUUAUUGAACCAAAUAUCUUCUCCCCAUAUGCACUGCUCUUAAUUUACUGCCCUUAUAUGUAUUUAUGGUGGUGUAAACGCCAGCAGGAUCUGCCCCAAUGGAUUUCGGUUUGCCAGUAACAUCCAGGCUUGUACCAUCGAUGCUGGAGAAGACUCACCAUUCUGUAUCACAGCUGUACUGCCAGCCUCUGAGACAGAAGCAUGCUGUUACAAGUAUUGCUUUUUGCAAAAGCACUUUAAGGAGGAAAUGAAAGUUCAUUGAAUUUAACAAAGUUUUCUUGUUUACUUCAGUGACUAAUAAUGUCCUGAACCGUAUCCUAAACCCAUCAGCUCUCUUACAACGGUCGAUAUGUUCAGGAUGCUGUUAGGGACAUGGAACUAGAGAACAUUUACCUCUGUUCUAUUGCUAUAGCUGUGUUUCCUCCCCUAUGUUUUUUACACUCAGUGGGUUGUAGUCUAGUCAAGAGUAAAACCCACUGAAACUAAUGAACAUAAUUUACAUGGGCAUAUCAGUUUCAAGGGGUCUACUCUAAUUUAGUUAAGCACAACCCCAAAUCUAAUGCCAAAUGAAUUCUGAUCAUGUUUAAGUAAGCGUCUGCAGCCAAGAUUACAAUCUGAAUCACUGGGACUUACUUCUUCUUAGAUGUGCAUAAUUUUGUACUUUUAAGAACAUGGAGAGUGACCUUUUAUCUGAUCAGACUGUGUCUGCUCUGCUGGGUUUCAGAAAGAGAUCUUCCCCAUCAUGUGCUAACCCAGUGGAUGCCUUGAAUGAUGGUCAGGGGUGCCGCAGGAAACACUGGCCUCUGUCCCUCUUUCCUUCCCUCCCUCCUCUGAUGCCCUCUUGCGUCUCUGCCUCCCAAAGACUUGCACAGUUGUUUGUUGCAGCAGCCCUCGUUACAAGUGAAUGGUGCCUCUGGGGAUGACCAGGGGGUUCUUCCCAAGCCCCUGUGGGGCAGUGUGAGGAGACACCUCUCUUUGGGGCUGGGCUGGGGCCAGCUUAGAGACCAGGGGCGGCAGCAGCGACUGCCCAGAGGACUCCCAAGGAGAGGAGAGAGGAGAGAAGGCUGAGGGAACACUCCACAAGGGAGGGUGCUCAAAAAGGGGUAAGGGGUUGCCAGCUCUGCAGGCAAGGGGUGACUUAGCUGGGCUCCUGAACCCCAAAGGGGUGCCGUAGAAAGAAUGCAGUUGGUCAAGGGGGCCAUGGACUCAAAAAGGUUGACAAUCUCUGAGAUGCUUGGGGUUAAAUAUAGAACUUUCUGCAUGCAAGCGAACCUUUUCAUACCACUGAUCUACUACUUUGUCUUAUUGGUUGGCUGCCCCCCUGCUCACCACCACCUUUGCCACUCAUUUCCAGUUCCGUAUGGGACUGGACUUGGAUUCAGGUGGCUCUACUAUUCUUUUUUUAAUUUAGUGCUGUGGCCAAUCAUUGUGUGUGCAUGUGUAUAUAUAUGCAUGUGUGUCUUAAGGAUCUGAAUAGUAAGGCUAUUGUACACAUUAAAAUGCAGUGGGGUUGUUUCCUCCCACUGUGUUUCAAGACACAUUUUUAUGUUUUUGCACAUACCAGAGAGGGGGCAGGGAAGUCUUCAACAGACGCACAUUACUUCUUUGGUUUUCCCAUGCUUGCAGCCCUCCUGAACUCCUUUUCAUAGAAGCUGCUAUCUGCACAUGUGCAAAGGCUGUCUCAAAUGUACACACCUCAGCCUAACCACAGCUUACAUUAAGCUGGUUUGAGGGAAAGCAUAGCAAACAAGAGGGUUUCUCAAGAAAUUGCAUAUGGAUUGUAGCUAACAUCAUGCAUACUCGAAGUCACCAGCAGUAGCAGCACACUGGAGCCAAAGUUAAUGAUAAUGUGUACACAGCCUAUAUCCUUGUCAAUGUGUAUACAUAAAUUACUAAUCAUGAAAAUCUACAGCCCCCUUUUCUCAUUUGCAUGCCCACAUGUGUCAUUGUAGCACAUCAGUGGCCUGGAACCAACUCUGUUCUGGUUUAGAUAAGCUUCAUUGCUUUCAUUUGCUGAAGAAGAAGGCUUAUUCACCGUAAGCGAUCACUUGAGCGCUCAUUCAUUCAUUUCACGCAUUUCUAGCCUUCCUAUCAGUUUUAAGCUGUUCAAGUUACCUUCCAACAUUAAAACCACACAUAGAUUGCAAUUAAAAACACAGGAAAGAAUGUUGUGAAAAUACAGUCCAUAAAAUAGCAUUGGCGGUAAUAAAAAAUGCAGAAAUCACCGUUCAUUAAAGGCAAAUGAAAUUGUUUUGCAUUGGUGUCUAAAACCCAAAGGAUCUGGAGCCAGGAUGCAUAUCCUGGAAGCCAGUUCUGUAGACUUGGUGGGAGUAAAUUAAAAAAUGUAAUUUGCAGUUGCCACCCCAGUUUUUGUAGUCCCAUCAGCACCCCCCCUUCCCUUAAAGCAAAUUCCAUCUUCAAGAGAGGGGUUUCAACAGGACCUCAACCAUAAAUCACCACACACAUACUCAGCUGAUGCAAUUUCUUCUUUUUUGUUUUAAAGAAAACCCUGCAUGUUAGACACAUUUAAUGGUUGGUUCUUCCUGCCCUCUGCAACUCGUGUGCAGUUUGCCCAGAGAUGGCUCUCGUCCACUUAUUUCUGAUCAUGAACCAGCUGCACAGACUUGUUAUUUCCAUUUGCAUAAGGGAGGUGUUUAAUACACCCCCUCACCCCCUCCAUCGCAGUCCACCAUGUACUGAUGCAUCUUCUGAUCCCAUAACAAGGCUGUAAAUAUCUGCAGAAAGUAAAGGUGGGGGUGCAUGUUAAUUGUUUGGGCUUGUUUUGCCUGUGUGAGAGAUGCUUCUGUCAGACCAGAGGUGAAUGUGUUACUCCUCUUCUAGUGCACAUCAGGUCCUUUAAAAAAUGGGCAAAGGGAAGCACACAGCACAUAAAACUGCACUAGGGUGUGAAGUCUUGGAUGUUCUCCCUGCAGAGGAACAACUGUUUUUUCAAAGGAAUUGUGGAUGUAAAAUAUACACCGCCUCCUCUUUCUGCUAGGAACUGAAAACAAUUUAAGAUUCUUAGCCUGGAGCAUAGAUUUGACAGCUGAUAAGCUGUCCUCUUCCUAGAAUUUGAAAUAGCAGUGCACUCUCAGAAAGUAAUAAAAGAGGAAGUCUGAUUUACCUCCCUCUGGUAAGUUAUCUGAUCUUAUUUUGCUUCUCUUACUCUUGAAGUCAGGGGCAAGGCUUCCAAGUUUACAUUUUUACCAAGUGCCUCUCUCAGCAGAUGCAACACGUGUUAUUAACUCUUCAGUUACCACGACGACUUGCAUGAGUCAGCAUUUUUUUUAAAAACAGUAAAUCUGAUCUUCUCUUUUGCAGCGGACAGCAGUUUAGAGACUGCGGUAGAUAUUUCCUGUUUUCUAUAUUAAUUUAAUGACAGGGAGUCAAUGGGCAAAGAGAGUUGCCAAAAAUAGUAAUUUAUGGCUGCUGUCUGCUGAUUGAUGUUUGUAUUGAACAAGUCACAUUUGUUAAUACUGGAAGAUUGCCGGACAUCUUAAUUUAGGAGUUCUCUACUAACUGAAUAAUGAGGCACUUAAUUUUGCAAAAACCACAAGGCUAUUAUUAUUACAAGUGAUUGUUUUGAUACAGUAAUCUCUCUUCUUCAGCAGGGGUCUUGUUCCAAGAGUUCCACAUACAGUAUACACAAAAAUCAUGUAUAGUAUACUGAAACUUUUGGAGCUGCCCCAUGGCUAGCUGUUGAGGGGAAGAAACAGAACAUCUUUAACACUCCCCAGCCAGUGUGCUGAGCCAGCCUUGGCCAGCAAGCAAGGUGGAGAGCUUAAAAGUUCUUGCUUGGUGUUACCCAGUGCAAAAAGAGCUUUUAAACUAUUUGCCUCGUCCGCACAGCAUGCUGGCUCUUGGAAGGCUAGGGAUGCUCAUGAGAGGUCUCCCCUGGCUUGCCCUGCAAAAUCUCAUGAGAGCAUCCCAGAGCCAGUACACCGAGGGGGGGCUUGCAUUUGUGCUGGGUAACCCAAGUGGACCCCAUGAAAAUAGCCUUUAAGCUCUCUGCCUUGCUUGGCAUAUGACUUGCACAGAUUCAACCAGCCCAUCCUUAACCGCAUAUUAGAGGCAGCGCGACUGGUUCCCCCGCAGUGGGUGCCUCGCUGAGGGGGGUGCUGCAGGGCUUUGCAACUAUGAUGUAGUAUUAAGUGCAGAAUGGAAGGCAGUGGUGGGGAGCACCAAAUUUUGGCCUUGCACAGGGUGCUGCUGAAAUCUGGAAAACCAAAUGGUUGAAAUUGUGCAAGACAAAGGGUUGGACUAGAUGACCCUCAGCGUCCCUUCCAACUCUACACAUCUAUGAUUCUAUGAAAUUUAAAUUGAAUUUUAAAUUGUGCUUUGUUUUUUAAUUAAUCUGUUAUAGUUCUUAUUUGCUUAUAUUACAUUUUUCUGAUGUGCGUGUGUGUCUUGACAUUGAUUUGAUUUUGCUUUGUGAACUGUCCCUGACCAAGGGAUUUCUGCUAUGGGAUAGGCAAAUAUAUAUGCAACGGGAUCUUUGAAUUCAAGCCUGUGGUAUAAGCUUGCCAACUUAACUUUGUACAGUACUUCAGGAAUGUAGUUGAUUGCAAUUAAUAAACAGGAUCAUAUGACUGAAGGUGGUUCUUUAGCUAGUUGGGUCAAAAAUAUUUAGUGCAUCUUCUAGAAUUCUCAGUAGAGCUCAAGUUGGUGCCAUCACUUAGUGGACAAAAUAGCACACCUAUGGAGGGCGGAUAUACUUUCUUCUUUGGUCACCUGACUACACCUUGUGUUUGCAUUUAUUUAUCUCCUUCACAGCUCUUUCUCUGUGUUCUUGCCAGGUUCCCCCAUCUGUUUUGUUUUGUUUGUGUUUUUACCAUGUGUCCAAUUCCUUAAGGCAAGAACAGGGAACCCCUGUCAUUCUGAGAGCUGCAUUCUUUUAUGGACAAGUUCAACCUUUUGGAGGCUGCAUGCCAGUGGUGGGCAGAGGCAGAAACUGGGUUUAGCCAGAGGCAAAAAGUUUGUGAGUGAGUGAGCGCAAUGCUUCAGGACCAGUUUUUAGACUGAAUUGUCCUUGGUCCUCACGAUAGAUGACUCUUCAGGAGAGGGACAUGGGGAGUGCAAUCCUGUUGCUCUUGCUUUACAUCUCAGUGACUUUCAGUACUGUUGACCAUGGUAUCCUCUUGAGUUGGUGGCACUGUUUUCAGUGGCUUCACCUCUACUUAAGGGGCUGACUCAGAAAAUAGUGAUGGGCGAUUAUUGGUUUGCCCCCUGGCAGUUGUGCUGUGGGAUGUAGCAGGGCAUUAUUUUGUACCCAAUAUAAAAUAAAUAAAGCUGGUGACAAUGGCCAUUAUGAGAUUUGGGGCAUGGUGUCAUCAGUAUGCUGAUGACACCCAACUCUGUUUCUCUGUUAGAUCUCAUUCAGGAGACGCUGCAACUUUUCUGAGCUGGUACCUGGAUGCAGUGGUGACUGGAUGAGAACCAAUAAACUGAGACUGAAUCCUGGUAAGACUUCAUGUGUGAGCAGUUCUCAGGACCAAAAGUUGGGGAGUUUUUCAGUUCUGGAGCACUCCCUCUGAAAGAACAGAUAGGUAGUUUGGGAGUAGUCCUAGAUCUGCCUUCAUCACUGGAUGCUCAUUAACCUCAAUGGUGAGGAAUGCCAAUUAUCAAUAUAAGUCUGUGAUUUCUUCCUGGACAGGAAUAGCUUGACCACUGUGAUUUAUGCAUUUGUAACCUUGCAAUUAGUCUGCAGUAAAGCACUCUGUGGGUCUUCCCUGCACCCUGAAAGCUGGUGCAGAAUACUUCAGCCAGGUUAUUCAGUGGUGAACCUGGAGUGCCACCUUUUUCAUCUGUGCUAAGAGAACUGUGUUGGCAGCCAAUUAGCUACCCAGCAAUGCUCAAGAACUUGUUAUUAACAUACAAAGCUCUGAACAACAAUAAUGUUGCCUGAAGGACCGGCUGCCCCUGUACAAACCUGCAAAAUUGCUAGAGAUCUUAUUUGGGGGAGAUUUUACUUGUGGUACUACACCAGUGACCUGAUACUGUAUAACAUAGCUUUCUAUUUUUGUAUGUACAAUGUCCCUUUAAAAGCAACCCCUAUUCCCCACUUAUUUUUCUUCCCUUAGAAAGCUGCCUUACAACAAGUCACACAAAUGGUCCAAAUAGCAAUGCACUGCCUACAGCAUUGGUUCUCAGACUCCCCCCCCCCCCCCGGCUCACAUUUUCAGAAUAAAAAUUUGCUCAUGCGACACUGCAUUUCUUAUUGAUAAGAAGUACAUUGGAAAGCAAAAAAAGAAACAACUUCUAGCAGUGCUUGAUUUUGAAAAGGUAUCUAUCCAUAUUAUGCAAAUAAAAUAACAUUUUGAUGCGAUACCAUAUUAUACUGAAAUGUUUCUUUGUUUGUCCCUGAAUCUUCCUGCCACACUUGCAAUCCCCUCCUGCCAACCAAUGUGGCAUGCCACAACCUUUGAGAGCCAUGGGUCUAUGGUGCCUGAAAGUAGCUCUCCUAGGUUUCAGACAGCCCUACCUGGAGAUGCUAGGAAUUGAAUGUGGGUCUUUCUGAACACCAAGCAGGUGCUCUAGCACUGAGCUACAUUCUGUUGAUUCGAAUAAACCCUGCUUCAGACCUGCCAGGGAACUGCGCAUAACCCUUUAAAUAAACCCAUUAUAUUUACUUAAUGGGGAACAACAGACAACAAAGGUGCCACCUUGUCCGAACCGUGACAACUCAGAGAAGGAGGAGGUGGUGGUUAAGAAUUCUUUGGCCAACAACCCGUUAGCCCCUUCAUAAAGUGGCCAGUUGUCAAAAUCCUUGUUGUGCUAUGUGGCUUAGCAGCCUUUUGCCAGAUGUAAUGUCGUUAGGGGGUGCGGGUGGCGCUGUGGUCUAAACCACUGAGCCUAGGGCUUUCCGAUCAGAAGGUCAGAGGUUCGAAUCCCUGUGACGGGGUGAGCUCCCGUUGCUCGGCCCCAGCUCCUGCCAACCCAGCAGUUCGAAAGCACGUCAAAGUGCAAGUAGAUAAAUAGGUACCGCUCUGGCAGAAAGGUAAACGGUGUUUCUGUGCGCUGCUCUGGUUUCACCAGAAGUGGCUUAGUCAUGCUGGCAUAUGAGCUGGAAAAACUGUCUGAGGACAAACGUUGGCUCCCUCGGCCAUUAAAGCAAGAUGAGCGUUGCAACCCCCGAGUUGUUUGCGACUGGACUUAACUGUCAGGGGUCCUUUACCUUUUUAAAGUUGUUAGCAAAGACAAGAGGCCCCAGAGCCACUACCAAAAUUGAUGCUUUAGUCCACAUAUUUUCUUUCCAUUCAGAUGUUGCUAACUGUUAAGAAGACCUUCUAGUUUUGUCUUAGUGAUUCUGGGGAUUGGCUUGCUGCCCAGCUCUGUUUGAAUAGCGAAUAUCUAACCAAAUUCCACUUUCUGCAAUUAAGCAGAGAGAAAGGUGCAAAGCCCUUGCAAAAUAAACAUUCAAAACAUGGGUGUCAUUCAGAUAUACUGAUCUCUGUGCAAAUCUUUUUAUUUUUAUUUUUACUGCCAAGUCUUAAUGUAAUGCAAGGAGAUAACAUAAAUGCGAUGCAAGUGCUAAUGCAAGGAGAUAACAUAAAUAAAGUACCUGUUUCAUUACUGUUUUCCAAUUUCACAUGUAAAACGCUGGGAAUGAUGUUCCACAAUAAUGGAGUGUGGCUGGAGUUUAUUUAUGACUACAUAGGGCAGGCUUCCUUACCACCCGAGGAGACAAUUCUUGCUUCUUCUGAAGCUGAAAAGACACAUGUGCAUUCUUUGAAGUCAGUCUGCUUUUCUUUAACUGUGUGUGCGCAUGCGCAAGCACUGUAAGCCCUGCGAGUAAGCUCCUUGAGGAUGGCAGAUUUCAAGCUUGUUUCAUCACCAUGGGGCUCCAUUCAAGCUAUUAGAAAAGCUCUGCUCAACUUCCAGAGUCACAAUUUACAUACAGUGGUUUGCCAGGCACCAUGUCUUAAUGCAUUUUUUUCCAGCAGCUGUAGUAUGUUAUUAGAGCAUAAUGGUUGAUGCUGUCGGUAUCGGGUUCAGGCAGUUUUGCGGCACUAUGAUUUAUAUAUAUUGCUACCAGGCAGUUGUCAAUGCCAGUAUCUUCGCCAUCUCAGGGACACGUAAGAUUUGUCCAAAGACAAGUUGGAAUGUGGUUAAGUACUUUAAUUAGCUGAUUGUAUCACUCUUCAGUUUUGCCGUCGAUUUUCCAGACACUUUGUAACAACAAAUUGUUCUUCGUUACGCACCAGGGUGUUCAGAUUAUUUUGCUGUUCUCAAAACACUGCCAGGAACCCGAGAACCUUCCUAGCUUUCCACUUGCAGGCAGGAAGGAAAUAGGAAAGCUUUGUUGAAUGUCUUCUGGGCCUUCAUGCAAGGCAAGUAGGUUUGUGUGUUUGCUUCUUCUUCUUUUUUAAAAAAUAAUGUUCCCAAAGAUGGGAAGAACAUGCAAUGAACCAUACACUUGUAAGGGCAUGCAGAGAACAUUUUGUGAGCUCCACCCUGGUGCAAGAAUUCUCAUUUCACGUCAGAAGUUGGCAACCCUAUUUAGGUAAUGUACCUGUACCAGGAUGGCACUGUGGUGUGACAUAUGACUUGUAUUUUAUGCUGCUUUAUUUCAGUGUAUGCCUUUUACUGUACAGCGGUGUAACACUUUGGGAUUUUUAGCUGUUUGUAAAUGCUUUUAAUCAUCCAUUCAUCUUUAUUUAGUUAGCUUAGUUCAAUUCUAUUCCAUUUUACACUUUUGGGGAGGUACCCUGUAAGCAGCUUAUAACAUGUCUUAAAACACAACAAAUAGAACAUUGUAAAAUAUCAGAACAUGACAAAGCGUGUUCUCCUUCAUGGAGAGCACGUGUUGCAGUGGGGGCCGCCAGGACACUCCAAAGUUGUGGGGCGGGCUGAUUGACCGUUGGCCAUUGAUGUGAUUGGGGCUUCCCUUGUCGUUGGGAAGAAGUUAAUGUUGCCAUUUGUUGAUUGACAGCCAGAAAUGCUAAAACUUCUUGCACGAGGCUAGGGCUUCCUCUUUUCGCCCAUGCAUCGGAUUGCCCGUCCCUCCCUCCCUAGAAUAGGGUUGUUCGCUUUGACCUUGCUAUGCCUGUCAUGGGGGUCGUCUGCUUUGGGGCAGGGGCCCGGUAGGAAUUUUGUCCAUCUGGCUGAUUGGCUGGGGCCAUUUGGUUUUUGCCUACUGCGUAGCAAAUCGUCACAACUUGUAAGGUUACGGUUAGGCAUUGGUUUAUGGUUUGGUUGGUUGAGGGGCAUGGAUUGGCUGUGCCUGCCCCUCUAAUGCUGCUGCUGCAAGGGAUUCCGUUAAAGGAAUCGGGGGGCUAACUAUUGCUUGUCCACCCUGUCAAGGGGGCUCGGGCCACUGCAAGAGCUCCUGGCUGCAUUUGGGGUGGGCUGAGGGCAGGUUCCCUGCUCCGUCGCUAGCCCCAAGUAUAUUCCCCUUUUCUGACUUUCGCAGGCAUAGGGAAUGUUAGACUGUCCCCCAUGGUGGGGGCAGAUAGUCGCAACCAAUGCCUAAGCAACCACUCACAUGUUUGUAUUUUAAUAAAGUUGUGGCCAAAAUUAUGCCAAAAACCUUAAACAAAAAUAUUGGUGUGAUGUGUGAGUUAUUGGGGUGGCCCUGGGGACCUCAACACGCAAAUGAAAAUCAAGUGCAAAACCCCACCAUCACAUUUAAUGCAGCAUAAUUAGCAGCAAAAUAGAAUACCCCCUUAAACAUCAAAAACACUGCAAGUAGAAAUCAAAUACAAUAUUUUAAAAAAUAUCACGUGUUAAAGCAGGAGUAGACAAUAGGCUAACUUCCAAAUGUUGUUUGAAGUCCCAUGUCCAAUUGUCCAUUCUCUGUUGCUUGCUUCCUGCAUCCACAUAAGCCUUGCUGUCAGUUUUAGAUCAUCCACCCAUCACAUAUGUCUCCACCCCCUUAGUCUUUUGCAAUUUUAGGGUCUCCAUACUGACACUGCUUUAUUCUAUUGGUCUCAACUGUCUCUUGUCACAUGUUCUUCAUACAGCAGCGUAGCGUUGGUUGCAAGUGCCCGGGACAGGUGGGCAUGUGCUGGGUGGGGUGUGUGAGAGCCCAACCCUCACCAUCAAUGCUGCCAAAGCGACCUCACCCCCACUAGAGCAAAACAGGGCCACGAUGAGCUUGCCUGCCCACCCGUGCAGAGGGGAGCUCAACUUUGCCAAAAUGGCCCUUGACGGACGAAGAGGAGCACCGGGCCAGGCUGUGCCGGGGGUGCAGUGCCAUGCCCCUCCCAGCACCCCCAUGCUAUGCCCCUGUCUUCAUAUGUCCAUUUUAACUUUUCAUGGCCUUUCCCACUGUAUCCGUAACUUUCAAUCUCUGUCAUAUCCAAUUAUUAUUUUUUUCUGUCCUUUAAUGUUAUUCCUAACAUUGCAUGUCCUAUGGCAUAUGGUGGUACUCUGUCGUGUUUCUGUGCAUUGUGAUCUUGUUUUCUGCUCCAUAAUGCAUCACAGGUAAUGCACACGUAUUGACCACUUUAGCUUUCAAGUCUAAUGAAACAUUUUUAGUUUUCAUUAUAAAGCUGAGUUUUCCAAAGGCUGCCCAGGAUUGUUUUAUUUCCACUGUUUGAUUUUCUGUGCCCAUUAUGACUUUUUAUCCUAAAUCCUCAGCUGCAGGGCCAUCUAAUCUUUUGCCAUGAUAGCUGCGCUGUACCUGCAUUGCUGGGGGGCAAUGCACCUCUGAAUGACAGUUGCUAGGAACUGCAAACGAUUAUAGAUAUAUUUUCCUGCCAUGCAUUUAACAAAUUGAAAUGCUGUUCACAUGCUGGCCAAUAUUUUUUUGUUUCGCUUCACACUUCAUGGGUGGUUUAAUGUUGUUGUUUCAUUUAUCUCGUUAUAAUUCAUAUGGCUUUCUUCUUGGUUUAACAAUCAGCUUGCUAUAAAUGAAUAAUUGUAAUGAAUCACACCAUCAUCUCUAUAAAUUUUGCUCUGCUCUGUUGAGAUGAAUCGGAUAAUCUUUUUAUGUUCUGAGUCCUGCCCCAUCCCAGAAGUUACUUGAGGAUUAGUGUACGGGAAACAUUUCAGGGCCAGACAAGAAGAAUGCUUUUUGGGCAUUGAGAUGAUGAUGAUAUUUAUACCACACCCAUCGGACUGGGUUUCCCCAGCCACGCUGUGCAGCUCCCAACAAAACACUAAAAACAGAAUAAAACUUCAAACAUUAAAAACUUCCCGAAACAGGGCUGUUUACACCUCCCUCACAAUAAACCUCUUCUUUGGCAUCACUGAAAGGUCAGGAUCUAGGUGUGAUUUUGAAGUAAAAGGUAAAGGGACCCCUGACCAUUAGGUCGUCAUGACUGACUCUGGGGUUGCGGUGCUCAUCUCGCUUUAUUGGUCGAGGGAGCCGGUGUACAGCUUCUGGGUCAUGUGGCCAGCAUGACUAAGCCACUUCAGGCGAACCAGAGUAGCGCAUAAAAAUGCCGUUUACCUUCCUGCCAGAGCGGUACCUAUUUAUCUACUUGCACUUUGACGUGCUUUCGAAUUGCUAGGUGGGCAGGAGCUGGGACCGAGCAACGGGAGCUCACCCUGUUGCUGGGAUUCGAACCACCGACCUUCUGAUCGGCAAGUCUUAGGCUCUGUGGUUUAACCCACAGCGCCACCCGCAUCCCGAUUUUGAAGUAAUGUAGUACUAUUGAAAUGGUUUGGUUGAAAUGGAGUAUAAUGGUUCACUUUCAACAAAGGUGUGCACUUUCUGUUAUUUCAUUUCAUAUCUGGCUAUCAGGACAUAUAUUUAUGGACUUAAGAUGGAUGGAGGAAGCUCUCACUCAAUAUAAUGCCAUCCUAUGUUCCUAAAGACUAGGGAGGGACUUCAGCUUAGAGGUAGAGCUCAUGUUCUGCUCAUAGAAAGUCCCAGAUUCUAUCCUAUGCAUCGCCUGGCAGGAAAAAAACCUCCGUCAGAUGUUUGGAGGAUUGCUGCCAAUCAAUGCAGACAAUACUAAGCCAAAUGCACUAAUGAUCCAAACUUGUGCAAGGAAGCUUCCUAUGAGUUAUUGACUCCCAACUUGUGAUCAUGAUGAACGGGGUUCACUCAGCCAACCUGCCAAUUUCUGUCUGGUCCCUAAAGAUCCACAGCAAACUAUGUGGCCACAUUGGUCAGUGAUGUGAACUGGAUCUUCAGGAAUUUGUGACUGCACACUGACAAAUUCAUACUCUCUGGACAUUUAAACUGUUCCUUCUCCUCUAGCUAGGUUUCAAGGGCUAUGCAUCUUUUGAGAGCAAUGUGCAAGUCUCCUAGGUUUCUUUGGUAAAGGCAGUACAUAAAUGCUUAAUAGUAAAUAUUUUAAAGGAGGACUUGAAGGAGCUGGGUGUGUUUAGCCUGGAAAAGAGGAGACGGAGAGGAGAUAUGAUAGCCAUUUUCAAAUAUCUUAAGGGCUGUCACAUGGAAGAGGCAGCACACUUGUUUUCUCCUGUUCUGGUGGGCGGGACUCGAACCAGUUGCAAGAAAGAAGAUUUCAACUAAACAUUCGGAAAAACUUUCUGACAGUCAGAGCUGUUUGGCAGUUGAACAGAUUCCCACAAGAGGUGGUGGGCUCUCCUUCCUUGGAGGUUUGUAAGCAGAGGUUAAAUGGCCAUCUGUCAUGGGUGCUUUAGCUGAGAUUCCUGCAUUGCAGGGGGUUGGACUAGAUGACUCUCGGGGUCCCAUCCAAUUCUAAGAUUCUAUGAUUCUAUUUAUACUCUGAACUUUGCACAGGUUUAUUUUAUUUUUCUUUGCAAAGGCGAUAAACACAUAUAAUUUAGAGAGAGAUGAUUAAAAAAAAUAGAGAGAGUUAAAGGGGUGGAGGGGAAGGUUCUAAGUUACAUUCUCUUCCCUGGCACUGUGGAAUCUUGUAGAAACCAGGACACUUUAGUUAAAGGUCACAGACAUUUUAAACUACUGCUUCUGGCUCCUUGCUAUGCAUAUGAUUGUCCACUAUCUCAUUGACCUUGACAGUGCUAUGCAGUUAUAUUUUCACACAAAUGAACUCUUUCUGAACCGUUUCUCAAGCCGCAUGCAUUCAUUGCAUGAAAAAGGGCCUUAGCUCAGUCGCAAGAGCAUGCUCAGCAUGCAGAAGAUCCCAGGUUCAACCUCUUGGGGAGCAGGGCUGGGGAACACCCUGCCCUAAGACCUUGGAGAAAUACUCCUGAAUUAGACACUGGUUGUGUUUGCACGGAACACUAGGUGGGCUACAUGCACAAGCAGUGUGCUAUGGCACUCAGGGCUUUUGUAGCUGCUAUGUGCCUCCAAUAUUUUAGUGGCUAAUAAGCUGAGAUCCUAGGGUCCCAUCUUCUGGGAACCCAGAAACCAUGGUCAAUGGCUUCAAAGCAAGUGAGGGUAUGAAGCCAUGGUUUAGAGAUGACCUACUAUCCUACGUUGUUUUCAGUCUCUAACUAUAGUUCCUGGGCUCACACAUAAUGGCUGCAUUUGCAGAUCCCAAGAAUAUGUGGAUGGCUCUCUCCCAAGCAGGAGCAGGAGCAACAGGCCACGACCCCUGACUUAGCAUGAUUUCCAAAAUGGAGAUCAAUGUUUGUUUUGCUCUAAAAUGAACCAUGAUGUGAAGCCAAGGUUUACCAAACAUGGUUUGCUUGAGUGAAGCUAAGCAGGAAUCCCAACUUGGAGAUAUAACUUUGAGCCAGGGAUUGUGGUUUCAUGCUUGUUCAUGAAGGGAAGAACGAAGCAGGAGCAAUCUCUGCAUUGAGUGUAAACCAUUAAUUAUGGUUAAUCAUGACAUGCAAACGGGAACACUGGGAAGCUAUGGUUAAGUACUGAUUUCUGGCUUGUUCAGCCACUCAUGCAAAGGAAGCAGUCAAGUGGCUGUGAAGGAGUUCUUGAGUAUCUGAACACAGCUUGUGUAUAUUUUCCUGCUUAUUUUUGACUUAGCUUUGGAUGCAAAUAGAGGGAGUGAUGGACUAGAGAAGUUUAAUCAGUAAAAGGCACUUUCACAAAAAAAAGUAUAUUCAUUUAAGGAGGAGGACCUGGUAAACUUUUGCAUGGCACAAGCUAGGGUUUGGUCAUAUCAUUAAUUGUAGCUGACACAAUUCUUACCUCCCCAAGCAUUUUCUAAGUCCUAACGAAGGGAACACUGGGUUAUAAAACAUGAGUUGUGCUUUACAAAACAUGUGCUUAAUUUACAUCAUUAUUUUUUAAAACUUCCAGCUUGAAAUUUGAAAUGUUUUUCAAUGAACAAAUGUAAUGGCAAGAUAUGCGUGUUAACUUUGGAGCCACCCAUGAUGAGGGAAAACUUUGGAGCCAUCUAUGAUUAUGGUACCCUAUUUCUUUCUUCUCCCUUUAUGGGCUCCUUGCUAAAAGCUGCAGUUUUGUACUUUGGGGGAUAUGGUUAUAAACCAUAAAUGCAUGCCAAUUAUUGUUAACAACAACAACAACAACAUUAUUUAUACCCUGCCUAUCUGGCUGGGUUGCCCCAGCCACUUUGGGUGGCUUCCAGCACAUAUAAAAACAUAAUAAAACAUCAAACAUUAAAAACAUUUUUAAAAUAGUCUUUUAAAAAAAUUAAUAAAUCAGAAGUUCUCCUUGAUGCUGCUCCCAUGCUGAGUCAUACAUUUUGUUAGUUCAAUGGUGUGAUUAACCACCCAGCCAUGCAAAAGAGCUGUAGGAAGAAAGACAUGUAUAAUUUAAAUAAGACUCAUCAAAGCCCAAGGUCUUUCUUAUAUAGUAUUUAUGAUAACAAUUAGCCAUAAUGAGUGGUCAUUAUUCCAAAAGGUUAGCUCAAGUUGAGUUUACAGAUGCUUUUAAGUCAAUGCAGCUUUUCAAUAUAGAUGUUUUUGGGAUUUUUUACAAACUUUGAGAUAAAACUGUUCUGCCUUUGAUCAGACAUGCGUUAAUCAUACGGGCAGGUGGAGCUUAGAACUCCCAUAUUAUUUAAACUGGUUAUUGAUUCAUUUCCAAGCCUAAUUCAAAAUUCAGGUUCUUACCUUUAAAAUUCUAAAUAGCUUUUGUGUGUGUGUGUGUGUGUGUGCGCGCGCGCGCGCGCCAACCCCCUACCAUGAAGGAAUCUUUCAUCCAACAUGGGACUCAAACCCAUGCCCCGAAGAUUCAAAGUCUAAUGCUUGACCAACUGAGCUAUUACCUGCAUGCACCUUUCAGCUCUGGAGGCCCAGUUUCCUUUUGCAAUAUGAGAUUCAGCACAUAAGACAAGGCUAUCUCAAUUGCUACACCUCAGCUGCAAAUGCACUCUCCACUCCCAAGUUGGCCGAAUUGUUUAGAAGCACAGUAAACUGCCAUACAGCUCAGCACUGCAUAAUCUGACAGGCAGCAACACAGGCAGAGAUUUAAUUUGGCAUGGAAAACAGUAACUUUACUGCUAAGCUAGUACGGCUGCUCCACCCACUAUCUCUAUAUUUUGCGUGUCGAGGUCCCCAAGCCACCCCUAAAUAAAUUCACACUUCACACCAUAAUUUUGUUUAAGGUUUUUGGCAUAAUUUUUGGCCAAAACUUUAUUAAAAUGCAAACAAUGUGAGUGGUUGCUUAGGCAUUUGUUACGACUAUUUGUCCCCGCCCAGGGACAGAACUGACAUCCGCAAGCCUGUGAAGUCAGUAUGGGGAAACAUUUUAUGGGGAGUAAAUGGAGCUGGGUACCAGACCCUCACCUCUCCCCAAAUGCUCCCAGGGGCUCUUGCGUGGCCCUUUCCCCCUUUACAGAGGUGCGGACAAAAGCAUGGUGAGCCCCUGGAUUCCUUUAACGGAAGUCCCUUGCGGUAGCAGCAUUGGAGGGGCAGGCACAGCCAAUCCUUACUCCUCCACCAACCAAUUUUCUAAAACCAAUGCCUAACCGCAACAUUACAAGUUGUGAUGAUUGCUACGCAGUAGGAAAGAACCAAAUGGCACCAGCCAAUCAGCCAAAUGGACAAAAUUCCUACCAGGCCCCAAAAGCAGACGACCCCAUGACAGGCAUAGCAAGGUCAAAUGUGACAAACGCCCUAAAAUUAGGGAGGGUGGGCGGGUGAUCCAAUGCACGUAGCGAAAAGAGGAAGCUCAACGCUGCGUGUAGGAAAUAUAUUCAACCAAGGCUGUCAAUCAAAAUUGGCAACAUCACCCCCCCCAGCAACCUGAGGAGUCCAAUCACAUUGUGGGCCAACCAAACCAACUUGCCCAGCAAAAGGGGGGGGGGUGUCUGGUUAACCCCGCCGCAACCCGGGCUCUCCAUGAAGGAGAAGAGGCUUUGUAAGGGAUGCUGCAUUUUGAUUGCUGUUGGGGACAGGACUGGUCCAAAACAUUUUGACACCUGAGGCAAACCACAAAAUGGCGCCUCGCUUCCCUGCCAGGAAGAAGGGGUGAUUGAAGAUCUAUGUCAGGAACCAGGUGGGUAUAAAGAUCUACAUCGGGCUCUGCUGCCCCUGUGGAGGCUGUCGCAUUGCCUUGCCUCUUAAGUAAAGGUAAAAGUUAAGGGACCCCUGACCAUUAGGUCCAGUCCUGACCAACUCUGGGGUUGCGGCGCUCAUCUUGCUUUAUUGGCUGAGGGAGCCGGUGUACAGCUUCCGGGUCAUGUGGCCAGCAUGACUAAGCCGCUUCUGGCAAACCAGAGCAGCACACAGAAACCCCGUUUACCUUCCUGCCGGAGCGGUACCUAUUGAUCUCGCACUUUGACAUGCUUUCGAAUUGCUAGGUUGGCAGGAGCAGGGACCGAACAAUGGGAGCUCACCCCGUCACGGGGAUUCGAACCGCCAACCUUCUGAUCGGCAAGCCCUAGGCUCUGUGGUUUAACCCACAGCGCCACCCGCCUCUUAGGUAGACAAGCCUUAUUUGGGGAUAUGAUUGAAACGCUUCCAGAAUCUCCAUUUAUAUCUCAUGUUUUCUUUCAUAUAUGGUACUUGUUUUAUCUUUUGUUUUGUUUGAUUAUCUAAAGAGAUGAUAAUAUUUACCACCUUGAAUAUCAAGACAUAUAGAAGGGUGGGGAAUCUUUGUAAUAAAUAAGUUUAAAUUUUUUUUAUCUGUAUAGCUCUAUAUAGGUAGAGACAGGCAUUGUUAAUAAUGCAAAUACUUUAUAUAUAAUUGAAUAGCCUACCCACAGGAGUUUUUGAAGUAACUUCAAAUAAAUCCACCUCAUGAGCAGAGAUUAAUGGGUGCAUGAUCUCAGAGGAGGGGAAUUCUUUUAUUUCUCACACACUUUUAACCAUGCAGUCCUGCGCAUGUUUACUCAGAAGCAAAUCCCUCUGGCUUCAGUGGGACUUUAUAGUUAUCCUUAAGACUGCAGCCUAAAACUUAAUUACUGUAAACGUGUGUGUGUGUGUGUGUGUGUGUGUGUGUGCCUCUGAAUUUAAUUGGGUUACAAUUAAAGCUAGAGGCAUCAGGGGACAAGUAAAUCAGUGGUCUUUGUGUCUUUGAAGCCCCGAACGCUUACCCCAUGUAAGACAUGACGGCUGGUUGUCAUUAAUCAGCGGUGAGCAAAAAGCAUUAUUUGCUUUUGCAAAACAUUAUCCUUUGCAGAAUUAUUUGAAUUGUGUUUGAAAAGUGAGGCAGGGGUGCCUAUUGAGACACCAUAGUGAACAUGCAUGUCAUGCAUGAGUUAUCCUUCUCCUUACAUUCAUUGCCAUGGAAUCUUAUUUUUGAAAUACUAUUAAAAAUUCAGGCAACUUCUUUCUUUCUUUCUUUCCAGUGCUUUUUUUCUAAAAUAAAUAAAUGUUUAGGGGUACUUUCAUUUUCCUACUCAUAUUGAGAUACUGCCCCUCAAUGAGGCCAAACUUAGAUUCACAAAAUGUUUAGGGAUAUGCGUACUCCUGCGUCCCCCCAGAAAAAAGCACUCUAUCUGUUUGUCUAUCAUCUGCAUUUAAAUCCCAUUUAAUAUUUCAAAAAGUAAGCAGUGUAUCAAAAAGCAAAUGUAUAUGCAUUAAAACAAAAACACAACCUGACUUACGAUCAAACCUAAUUAAUCAGCAAAUGCAAUAAGUAAAAAAAUCAACACAUACACACAUAUAUGCACUGUGGUUUCUGUUUAUUUCCUGUAUGGAGGCCAAUUGAGCUUCCAAUCAAAUUCUAAUCAAGUACAGUUACCUAUAUAUUUUUCUGAGUUUGUGGCAUAUGUCAUCUGUAAUUUAUAUAUGGCCUAGUCAGUAAACUUGUUGUACCGCAAGCAUGGUAUAUUAAGGAUUGUCAUACAGUGGUACCUCGGUUUAUGAACAGCCCUGUUUAUGAACUAUUUGGGUUACGAACUUCCGCAAAACCAGAAGUCUAUGAACUUUACCUCGGUCUAGGAAUGGAAUCCGAACAGUGGAAGGGCACCAACGAUGGGAGACCUCACUAGGGAAAACGAGCCUCGGUUGAAGAAUGGCUUCAGUUUCAACCUCUUUCACCACCAAAGGAACACAAAUGAACAGCAGAGAACCUGCACGAGCAACACUGACACCAAACCCUACAUACAUUAAGCAAAAUAGAAACAUCGCCACCUGACCCCCCCCCCCCCAUCUCCACCCCUCCACGUCUCAACAAAUGAAACUGAUUUGUAAAAAUGUUGUAUGGAAAAAAUAUGAGAGACAUUACAUAUACUUCUGUAAAACAAGAAAAUAUUUAAUAAAAGAAAAGAAAAGAACGGACUUCCGGAACGGAUUAAGUUUGUAAACCGAGGUACCUCUGUAUUUACUCCUUUAGUGACUUUAUUGUAUUGCUCUCUGCGUGCCUGAAUCUUUAAUUCUACUUCAAAAUAAAAUCGCACCAUUAAAAAUUUAAAAAAUAAUAUUAUAAGAACAAACAAGAAGAAUGCUGCAUGACAAUACAGCAAGAUCGCUAAUUAAGGGGAAAGGUAAAAUCACUAUAUCCUUUGUAGGCUUGUGGGACAAAAAGGCUUAAUUAUUAACUAUUACUUAAUAUUUUUUUAGGGCUGGUUGAGCUAAAGCUCAGUUCUUGGAUUAAGCCCUGGGCUAAUGUCUUAUUCAGCUUUUUGAGGCUGCACCACUUAUUCGACCCACAUAUUACAGAUAAGGUUUAUUUUGACUGUGACGUUUUCAUUUGCUAUGUUUGUCACAUGCAUUUGUCAAGUCUUGUUCCUGGUAAAUAAGAAAAUGAAUCUUCCAGGACCUACUAGCCACAGGAAAAUCAAUGGGGGAAAAACACCAUUUCUUAUUGUAGAUCAAGGGUAGGAAAUCUGUGGUCGUCCAAGUGUGAUUGAAUAGCAGCUCCCAUGUUCCCUAACUAUUGGCCAUGCUGGCUGGGGCUGAUGAAAGCUGGAGUCCAGAAACUCACAGAGAUCAUGAUAAAGUUGAUUUACGACUUACGUGUGUUUAACAUAUGUGAUAUCAACAUUACCUGGUUGAAGGCUGGCCAGUUGAAACUCCGCAAAUUAAAAGCUGAGAAAGCGGAGAGCUUAAAAGUUUUCCGAACACAGAAAGAGCUUCUAAGCUCCCUUGCUUACUGGGCUCUGAAAGGCUCUUGUGAGAUACUGGCUAGGUCUGUGAGAUCUGGCAAGAAUAUCCCAGUGCCUGGUAAGAAAGGCGGAGAGUUGAAAAAGUUUCUGCCUUGCUUGGAAGGUAAGAUCCAUUUGGUGUACCGGCUCCGGAAGGUAAAGAUUGCUUAUGUGGGGGGUGGUUCCAAGGGGUUGUCUUGACUUUUUAAUAUUUCAGCUUUACGUGCUCUCCCUGGGACCCAACACCAUGCAGAAGGUGAGAGUCAACUGCAACUCUGGGUUUAUGAUGCGUGCAUAAUUGCAAGUGUGGAAGUUUAUCCACGUGUGUCAUUGACAUUUUACAUUUCCAAGCUUAUACUUGAAACACCGAGGGGAGACAACGUGUGCCUCACCACUUAGGAAAGUUGGUUCACAACAUAUGAAGCUGUGUUAUGCCUUGUCAGAACAUUGGUUCACCUCCCUUGAUGAUGCCUGCACUGGCUGGCAGUGGUUCUCCAGGGUUUCAGGCAGGAGUCUUCCCCACCUAUACCUGGACAUGCCAGAGACUGAACAUGGCACCUUUUGCACACAAGACCACAUGCUCUGCCACUAAGCUAUGGCCUUGCCCCUUGAGGCAUCACUUGACAUUUCAUCACCAAAGGACUUAGGGUAUAUCCACACUUAAUAAUAAUUUUAUUAUUUACACUAGGAUUACCAGUUUUUUUUUCAAUGAAUCCAGGGACACUUUUCAACUUCAAUUGAUUUUGUAUGGGGACUGAUUUGUAAAUCCAGGGACUGCCCCGGGAAACGGGGACGUCUGGUAACCUUAAUUUACACCCCACCCAUCUGGCUGGGUUGACCCAGUCACCUGGGGUGGCUUCCAACACAUAUAGAAAUAUAAUAACACAUUAAACAUUAAAAGCUUCCUGAAACAAGCCUGCCUUCAGAUGUCUCUGAAAGGUCAUAUAAUUGUUUAACCCUUUGGCAUCUGAUGGGAGGGCGUUCCAGAGGGAGGGUGCCACUGCUAAGAAUGCCCUCUGCUCCUCUCUUUCCAGGCAUAGAUUCAUACUUAAAAGCUCUGUGUCUGCCUCCAUGAAAAGCUGCUCUUUAGCGCUCAAUUGGAGUUUUCCGCUUAUGUGAUUGAGCACUAAAGGGCAGGUUUUCACGAGGAGCAAAAAAGAAAAGAAAAUACACUUGGACCCACAGCUUUAAAGCACGAACCAAGCCUGGAAAGAGCAGAAGAAAGGUUAAGCGUGGCUAUGCCCAUUCUGAUGAACAUUUGAGCUGGCCACACGCGCAUACUUUCUUUCAAAACACUCAGUAUAGUUCUUACAUUUAUCUAAAUGUUUACAGUUAAAAAGGCAUGAUACAAAAGCAGAGGAAAGGCAGUGCGGAAUGGAAUUGCAUUCUGCCAUGUAAUCCAGUUGCAAAAUGUCCAGGUGGAAUGGACAGGAGUCUUGAAGAAUUCACAGCCCACCCCACCCCGUUUCCCCUCAGUGCUUAAUUUUUCUGCAGGAAAACUUCUGUCUCACAAAUUCAUUAGCGAGAACAAUUCAAUGCCAAUCGCAAAUAAGUAUUAGGCAAGCGUGGCUGUUGCAACGCUUUUACCUUUGUUUGAUCAAAGCAAGUAAAAUAAACAUUCUACAUUAGAUCACUCUCUAGAGCAUUAGAAACAUUCCUGACGCAAUCUGAUUUUUUUUUUGUGAUGCAUGUGCACAGCUAGUUUGCAUAGGGUAAUGCGAAUCACAAUAUUAUCAGUUUGCAUCUGAAGUGGCAUGGCCUAGUUUUCAUAGUACAAUUUUCCAAAUCAAAAAUUUCUGCAAAAUCCACACCACUGAUAAGCAGUGCAGGGGAUGUUUUCAGGAGAGGGGAACUCAAAUAGCAACUGGUUCUAGCCAAGCCAAGGGAGUGGGCCUUGCUAUCACCUCUCUGAGGCACCCAGGUGGAAAUGACAGCUGAUGAGAGCUAGUUUUAGGAGGGGAGGAGCCAAAUAGCUCAUGGUCCCAGGUGGAAAAGUGCCAAUGGAAGGAGAUUUGGGAGGGGAGGAGCCAAAGGACAGCAGUUUCUCCCACCAGGCUGAUAUGAGGGGUCUUGCUGUCAUCCAAGAUGUGUAUUCGAUUGCUGAAACAAUUCUGAGCAAUGAGCUUCCUAAUAAUAGUGUUAGCCGCCAGCACUCAAUUAUUACACUUCAAAUAAGUGGGCCCAAAAUGUCGAGGGGGGGAGUGAAAUUACUUAUUGAGAUUUAAAUCGUAAGCCAAGAAGAGGCUUGAUCAGAUUAGUUAGGGCUGAAUAAAAAUAGCACUAAGUAGAAUCAAGUAAAUGUGUUCAAUAUAUUCCAGACUAGGAGGACUGACAGCUACAGGGUUUGGAUCUUUGAUGGUGUAGCAGAGGGCCUGUCUCUCAAAACAGUCCAGCUAUGGUUGGGAUUUGUUCUUCAGCCCUGCACUACCUGGGAACCAAGGCCAGAUGAUUUUUCUGCUAUCAUUUCAACUUCUCAGCAGCCUUUGUAAAAGGAGGCAAGAAGAGGCUCUGGGCCUCUUGCACUUUUAAUAGUUACACAGUAGAGAGAAUUUCAACAUGUGUAGCUUGCAUAGCAAUCAACACCUACUGAAAUUAUCCCUUUUGCAACAACUAUUAAAGGAGUAUAAACUCUGUCCAUUUUUUUGCAUCUGGCCGCAGCUGCGAUAGACAACCAGAGAUGUCCUCAGGCUUCCAAUAAGCACAGACAUAAAACAAGAACAACACAUCCUUUUAUCUGGAUAUCAAUCAGUCAAGGCCUAGAGCCUCUAACCGUGAGACUUGAAGCCCAGAACCUCUAACAGCAGCCAGCCAUAUUAUCAAAUGAACAUCCAGCAUUUCCCAUGCUACCUCUGAAACAACCAGCCCCUUGUACGGUUAUUAACUAUGGUGCAUUCCUGUUUGCACAACCAACAGCUGAUAAGAGUUGCUGAUGGUUUGGCCUCCUUAUACCCUCAACACUUCUCUGGAAACUGCUUUGGCUGUUUACUGAUCCCAUGCCAAUAUUUCUGAUCCAGCUUUGGUGGGCCACCUUGUGGCUUCUCUCCCACCAGAAUGUACCUUCCCCUUUCCCACCGUGGCAGAGCAAAUGUGGCAAGAGAACAGCGGUUGGGAACAAGUUCUUGCAUGCAAGCGUGCCUGAGGAAUACAGCGUCGAAUCCUCCAGGCAAAUUGCUGCAUGCAUCCCCGCAGAACCCAAAGCAACAUACGUGGGUGAGUUUCUUCUCGAUGCGAGUGUUUUGAUUUCCUUCUAGGAUGUGUGUAUGUGUUUUCGAAGCUUGUGAGUGACGGAGCGCAUUAAUGCCAUGGCCUCCACUCCCCUGGGGAAGGGGAAAACCUUUCCAUCUUGAGGGCCACAUUGCUUCAUGGGCAGCUUUUCAGGGGCCACAUUUGCCAGAGGCAAAUGGAGCUGGCUCUUACUUUUUGUGGAGUAGGCUGCAUUCCAGCCACACACAAGUCAGGUGUCCCUACAUGCGUGCAUACGCACGCACACACAUCUCUCCAUGGUCCUCCAGGCAAGCAAGGGGCAUUGUCGCCGUCCAAGACACAUUCCAGGCAGGCAAAAAUACAGAGCAAGGCUGGCGAGGGAUGUGGCUUAGUAAGAGUGGUUGUGGCCAGGGAGAGAUGCUUGGGGUGCCACAUUUAACCCUUGCUGUAGAGGAGCCUCUAACAGAGAACACUUGGCACCUCAUCACAGUACACUUACCACAUUUGUAAACCGCUUUGAGGUUUACAAUCAAUCAGCGGCAGAAAUAAAUAAAAUAAACAAAUGAUUCUUUGGAGGAUCCAUGACAGUUAAACAUGUCCAGCUGCACACUUGCAUUGUUGAUUCUUCGCUUGUGGUUAUCUGCUGGGAUUCUUAUAGCUUGGAAAGUGAUAGGAUGAAACCAAUUAAGAUAUACCCUCCAACAUCUCCAACAUUUCUCUAGUGAAAAUAGAGAUGUCUGUUAUUAUUAUUAUUAUUAUUAUUAUUAUUAUUAUUAUUAUUAUUUAAUUAAUACCUCAUCCAGCUAACUUGGUUGCCCCAGCCACUCUGGGUGACUUCCAACAAAUAAAAAAUAAUAAUUUAAAAUUAAAACUUCUCUAUUCAGGGCUGCCUUCAGAUGUCUUCUAAAGGUUGCAUAGUUACUUAUCUCCUUGGCUCGGUGUUCACAUGACAUUUCUCUGAUGAAAAUCAGGGCAUCCUAAGGAAAAGUGGGACAUUUCAGGAUCAAAUCAGAAACCAGGACAGCUUCUGUAAAUCCAAGACUGUCGCUGGAAAAUAGGGACACUUGGAGGGUCUGAUAAAAGUUUGUAGCGAAGGCAUAAUACUAGUUUUCCUCUGUGUUUAUAAUAUCUUGGAUCUGCUACGUUGGCUUUUUCACCACUCAGGGCUGCAUGUGUCCCUUUCUCUCUCUCAUCCCCUUUCCAUGCUAAAUACUUUCAGGAGUAUCAUGGAAUGACUCUGCAAGGUAAGAAUGGCACGCCUAUAGAAAGGAUGGCAUGGCAGUGUCCUUAAGCUAUCCAUUUCCUUCCUCUGCCUUCUGACACUCCAUCCCUGCCAUCUCACCAUCAGCUUUAAGAUUAUUUCUGUGGCAUCAGUAAGGUCGCUGGGCCAUGAAUGGGGAGCUCAGCUGCAGAACAGAUGUGAACCGGAUCAUUUCAGGAUCUCUGAGCCAAAUGAGGUUAACAAAGAAUUGUGAGCUGUAAGGCUUUAUAUUCUUUCGGGCUUCUGCGCUCAUUUGUUGUACCUGGGUCAGGAUAAUGCAGUGCUAUGUGUGCUUUUAUUUGGCUUGAAUUAAUAUGCACGGAGCUUAAAAAUAGAAGAUGAAGCCAGUUAAUUCAUCCCUGCUGUGACUUCUUUUGAUACUCAUUUCAACAGGCAAGCUGAUAAAAAUCUGUGGGGAGUAUCUAAACUUUAAUCCUUUGAGUUUUUAUGGUUUUGUGGCGGCUCCUUCUGAUCAUCUCCUUCUGCUUGCUUUGCUAGUGUAAGGAUCCAGAUGCAUGUUUGCACUAAGUUCAUUCUCUCCCCCCCGCCCGCUUUCUCUUUAUGGCUACUUGCCAGGCUUUAAAUAUUAUUUAAGAUAAGCUUUGAAAUCAGUGAAUGACUUCCUGGUUGUCAAGAGUUCUAGGCAUUCCACCGCUAAUACAUGCACAUGAAGAUCAGAUAGCAAAAAAGGAAUUGUUGAGUAAGUUGUUCAGCUUUUGGGAAUUACUAAGGCGUUAGAAUUGUUUCCCUCUUCCCCAAGUAUUUUAUUCUGUCCAAAAUCAAAAUAUAUUUAUUGUACUGACCAUAGGACAAAAAACCAGUUACAUAUAAACAGUGUAUACACAAUCAUUUUAGUCUGGCUCUCUGUUGGUUAAUAUUACUACGGGCCACCACAAUCUUUGAUGAGCAGUGCAAGAUCCUAGGCCUCUUGGUGCAUAUUUCCUUUGGGAUGAGGCAUGACAGAGACUGCAUACCCUCCAACAGUUAUCCAGUGAAAACGGGGACAUCCUAUUCCAUAAUAAUGAUAAUUUUAUUAUUUGUACACCAUCCAUCUGACUUCCCCAGCCACUGCGGGCAGCUACCAACAUAUAGAAAAACAUAAUAAAACAUUAAACCAUUUACAGGACUGCCUUCAGGUGUCUUCUGAACAUUGUAUAGUUAUCUCCUUGGCUUCAGGUUCCUCCUUGGCAGGAUCUUAGCACCCAGCGCUCUCUGCUCCUGUGGUUUCCAGCAACUGGCGUAUGGGCUUUAAAUGUACUUUUAUUGUGUGGUACAUAUGCAGUCAAUGUUUCUUGUAUCUGUUUUAUUCAGUAGACUAUUCUGAAUUCUGGAGGGAUGGAGAGCAGUAAUAAAGUGAAACUGCUUUAAAUUAAAACAAAUAGAAUAAUAAUACUGACCUACCUACAGGUUUGAAAAGAUUGCUGAAACAAGGCAUAUGAAGUGCUUUGAAACUCCGAGAGCCGAGCAUUUGUUCAGAGAGGGCAUGCCAUAUUGGAACGCAAACAAAAUGCUUUGCAUCUGUAAGUGGAAAGGAAACCCCACUGCAAGGAAUAGCAGGGUAUUGGAAGAGACAGACUAGAUCUGCUCAGUACCAGCUUAUACAGUGGUACCUCGGGAUACGAACGGGAUCUGUUCCGGAGCCCCGUUCGCAUCCUGAACAGAACGUAAGACACGUCUGCACAUCGCGUUUCGCCGCUUCCGCGUAUAAUGUCAUUUUGAGCAUCUGCGCAUGUACAAGUGGCAAAACCCAAAAGCAUAGCUGUCAACCUUCCCCUUUUUUGCGGGAAAUUCCCUUAUUCCAUCACCGUUUCCCGCUGCUUCCCGCUGCUAUCCCGGAUUGUUAGAUAUCCCGUAGACUGUCCCCGAGACAGGUGAGGCUGCUGAUCCCUUAUUUUCGAGGCUGCUGAUCCUUUAUUUUCAAAUAUGAAAGUUGACAGCUAUGCCCAGAAGUAACAUGCUCUGUUAUUUCCGGGUCGCCACGGAGCGCAACCCGAAAAUACUUAUCCUGAAGCGUAUUUAUCCCGAGGUGUGACUGUACUGAGUUUUCCUCAGGAGGGACAGUUAGAAUUGGGACUUCCAAGGAUGCAUUUCCUAUCUCUAAACCACUUUCUAGGUAUUAAACAGUCUGAUACAGGAGUCCAGUAGUGGAGACAGCACUGCAGGGGGAGUAGGCCUCAGGGGACAGCGGGGAGGAAAUUAUGUCCGUCACUCUUUCUCUGGUGUCUGAACAAUAGCACUCUUAAGAUUCCUAUUCCAGUUUAUCAUUUCUUCAUGUCUGGAGCUAGGAACAGUGUUGUGAGAUGGAAAAUAUUUCCAAGGAAGCACUUUUUCCCCAUUCCAUAAGUUCAUUAAGUAGCAAUGAAUGUAUGCUAUUUGCAAAUAGAAUUGCUGUAUUACGCAAGCUUGGCAGUUUCAGAGUUUUUAGCUCUGUUUACUAAAUACAGGAUAAGUAAACAUGCUAAAUUAGAUCACUUUCUAGGGCAUCAGAACAUUUUCUGAUGCAAAUUCCCCUGUGAAAACAAGUCUAAUUUGCACAGCGACAUUUUCUGGAAAUCACUCACUCCGGGGUGGGACAAUACUGCAACAUUUUGCUGCGGGUACUAUUUAUAUUUAUAUAUAAUGCAAAGCAUUAUUAGUCCAGUUCUAAUUCCCGACCCCCACCCUUAUCGUGUGAAAAUACCCAAGCAAAAGAACAACCCUGAAAUUACUACUGCUCCUUUUGGAUCGGUUAAUAAUCUUGACGUCUUCAUUUUUGUUGCACCCCCAGAAUUCUAUCAAAACAAAUCAGCGGAAGAAUUAAUUUCAUAAAUAUUUCUUCUGUUAUGUAAUUCCAGAAACCUUCUUCAUAAAGAAUUGCUUCAACAUUGGUGUGGCAAGAAUUCUCCAGCCUGCUUGAUGAGGAUAUGGCAGGCAUAUCCAAGCUUUCCAUUAUUUGCAAUACCCAUGACACUGUCUCUGUGUGAGUGAUUGAUCAUGUGCUUGUGUUGAUGGAGAAAUGGGGAAAAAACAAGGUCCGGCUGAGCCCCAUAGGACUCAUUAGCACAUGGGCACUGCAACUGCCUUUGAAUGGACAGAGCCCAUUAUGGGGAUGGGUGAAUCUGUCCAUUUCAGUUUUAUUCAGUUUCCCAUUUUUACAAUCUUAAGUUCAGCUCUCCAUGUUUCCAUAUGAGUUUGCAUUAUUGCAUGGCAAGACCCCCAAGCCGUCCCCCCAUUAGAAUAAAGAAAUUCACACAGACACGGAUAUUUUGUUUAAGGUUUUGGGGCAAAAUAUUGGCCAUAACCUUAUUGAUUACAGGAAUGGGAGCGGUAUUGGCUUAACCAUUGGCAAGACUAUAUCUGACUCCUGCCCGCUUUGCAGGAAGUCUGUACGGGUAAACCACCCAAAGGGAAAUUGCCGCUUAAAGUGACAGCAGCGUUCCCCACCAGGCACCUCCACUGCCCUCUCACUUGGAUCAAAUAUUGUCUGCACAGGCAAGCAGACGCCGGUGUCCAUUCCCAUGGCAGUAUGCACCCAGGAGUGAUGUUGCAGCAAACAAAGCACUUUACCAUACUGGAUAAAUUGUAAAUAUAGAACAUAUAUAAGGGAUUAGAAGGAGAUAGAACCACUCCUUCCAAUAGACUGGAGUAAAGCUCCAAAGCGAUUCCCUUAAAGCCUGACAGAUGAAAACACGUGUGCGUGUGCGAGUGAUAGUGUGUAUGUACAAACUAUUAUUCACCUGUUGAGUUAUUUUCAUGAAUAUAUGUAUCAAACCUAUUAUCAGUACUAAUUAUUAUUAUUAUUAUUAUUAUUAUUAUUUAAAAUCCAUGCAAUGGAAGCAACCCAAAUUGAUUAUGCUAAACAUGCCUGGUCAGGCCAAUGCAAUUAAACCAGGAGCUGAUUGCUAUAAAUUUACUCAUUAAUUUGACCCAAAGUGUGCGCUUGCAGCGGGCAGUACAAAAAGGAAAAUAGAUCCCAAUAAAUAAUGCUAUGUCAAUUUCCAGAAAACCAAACAAGUUGCAGUACUUGAAAGGUUGCAGUUAUAAGAAGGACUAGUUGAAAAUAAACAACUCCUUUCUACACAGACAGCAGGAUCAAUAAAUUAUAAUUGCAAUUAUAGCCUGCGGGGUAAUAAAAAUUUUAGAGCAGCACUUCUACUGAAAGGCCAGUUGUAGCAUUGACCCCCAAGAAAAUAUAAGUAUAUAUAUAAUUGUGCAUAAAUUUAUAUAAACUAUUUAUUUAGUUAGUUUGAUUAAUUGAUUCUAGGCUGACGGAAGGGAGAACCAGAGUGGGCAAGCUAAAGCCACAAGAUCACCCAAAUGGUGGCUAUUAUUCAUCUAUUUGUUUACACCAAACAUUUAUUAUGUGAUAAAUUCUGCACUUAAAGCUCAUUGGCACAGCCUCUGCCGUGCCUACAGAACCUCAGAACUAUAGCAUUGCGACUCUGUGGAUCAAAUGACCCAUAUAGGAGUGAAACCUUCAACCUCGGCAUCAUCGACACCACUCCAACCCGCUGAGUAGGGGUGGGAAAUAACCCAAACGGCCCUUCAGAGUAGCGCUGAACAACCAGCGCCAGUGAAAGAAAACAACAGAACAAUUAAAGGAGCCUGCAGGCCGAGAAAUGUCAAAUAAAAGCAAUCAGUAAAAGUAAGCCCUUAAAUUAAGUUACUUGUAUUCGGUACAUAUGUACAGCUGUCAGCGCAGAAUUAUUUUUCUACGCAAUUUCACCCAAUGUACACUUUUUUUGGAGAGAAAAUUUUCCCUAGUACAAUGCAUUUUUGUAUGUUGUUUUUACCAUCAUAUGUUUUACUACACACACUUUACCCAGGUUUGUGCAUUUUUGUGCAUUUGGCUGGAGAACUGUACUGCAGAUUUUGCAGCUGUGUGAGUUUUGAAAGAUGGCUGUGUUCAGUUUGCAUAUUGUUGUGGAAUACUGUACUGUAUUGCGUUCUUUUGAGUUUACCUAGCAAAUACUGAUCCAACGCAUACCCUUACCUAUUGCUCUGGUUGCCUGAGAUAUAUAUUUUAAGUCCUUAUACUACGUACAGUCAGGAAAUGUAGUAUGUUCCAAUCCAGUAAUGUAGUAGUUCUUACAUGGUUAUGUUUCUGCAAAGUCUUCCGAGUUUUCUACAGCAAGGAAGAGAGGACUGAACUGCAGCAGACUCUCUUGAAGAUUCUUUACUCUGCUGCUGCUUGUAUCUAGGUUAAUGAAACAGGCUUGUGCAUGCAAUAAGUUAAGGAAAUGUGUUACUGGGGCAGGAGAAUUCCUGUCUACCUCUCCAUCCCAGAAGAGAAGAGGCAAAACUGUACAUCUUCAUUCCUCUUUGACAUGGAGACAUGGCAACUCUGGCCACCCUCCAAAAGUGUCUGUGAGUGUGCAUGCUUUACUUUGGCUAGCUAAAUGUCAUUCUGAGUUUGCAACAGUCUGCCAACAGCAGGAGGCAAAUUUUAAUGCUGCAUGUAUAGACUCCUUAAUUACCGCAUUCUCAGUGCUUAAACCAGCCAUAAGGAAUAUGAAAGCCCUGCCUGCUGUCGAAAUGUCAUCUAUAAAAAUGAGGCAUAAUUGAAUCAGUAACACUUUACUGGAAAGGUUAAACUCACACUUUUCUUUUAAAGUCAUUGUGCAUUCAGAUGUCAGACGCAAGCUGUUUCUUUCUGCCUAUAGUUGAGCUUGAAUGGCAGACCCUGAUUGAUACUAUAGAUGUGUGCAGCCAUAGCGGUUCAGAGAGCUGUCCUCCCUCCCCAAAUGUAGUUAUAACGGUAUGCUUAUUGUAAGGGAAUUGUGGCAAUCCCGUAUGUGCUCUGUUGCAUAAGCUCGUACUCGGCUUUAUGGUUCCAUCAUUGGAAGCCACCCAAAGACCAGGAAACCUCAAAUUGCUUUGAAAGAAAGUCAUGAAAAUGGGUUUUUGUUAAGGACCCAUCAGAAUGAGAGUUAAGCUUUGCCUAAAAUUCUGUCGAUUGGAAAGAGCUAUCUGGGAAAAAUAUAGUACUUUGCUCAGGAAAUAACCUUCAUUCAGAGGUCUCCUCCUAGCUGUUACUAAGGUAUGAGCACUUUCCUGAGUAUUCAUGCCCUCCCCUCUCUGCUUGUGUAUGUUUUUAUAGGGCUAGGAUGAGUACCUUCUUCCUCUGUGGACAUCGCUUUGAUGGAUGGUGUGAAUUAGAUUGAGAAGCAAACAUUGCUACUACUAUUUAGCGCAUACAUGCUGCUGACAAUUUACAAAGUGCAUCACAAUCUUUUUAUCAUACAUUUGCCAUCACAGUAACCCUCUAAUCUGGUUGAUGCUACUUCUACUUUGCAGUCAGGAGGCAAAAGGUCAAGGGCUAAUGAUAUAUAGGACUGAGUCAGAUUUUUGUCGAAUGUUGCAUUUAGCCAUGAAACAUUGUUUUGGGGGAAGCAUGAGGUUUUCUCAGGUUCAUCCAAAGGGCACAAAGAUCAGCUUUUGCUGUGAAAUUAGAACAUCCCGCCCUCGUUGGCAGAGCCUUGCCAAGAGGAAGGAAGCUAUGCCACUGAGCUUAGCUGUUGGCAUAGUUCGACACUCCUAAGUUAGUUUAUACAGCAACUUUAAAGGGAGGCAGUUCACAGAAAUAUUCAGAACCCUACCCACUUCUCUUGGUAAGAGGGAAAUUAUAUUACUGCACUUUGCUUCUGUUAAAAUGUCUGUUGCAGUUGCUCCCUUUGGCAAGUUUGGAAAAGUUAGGGGACAGCAAAGGGAGGGCAUUAGUCUCUCUUGUGCCCAUCAUGACAUCAUCAGUGGUGCAAGUUGUGGCUGAUUCAGCAGAAGUCCAGUUUUGAAAUCAGCGGCAUUUAAGUUAUCCAGACGAUGCCAUCCAAAUUGUUUUCCAUUUAAACAGCCCCAUUCCAAACUGGAUGUGGGUGGGUCUUUCAUUACUAAUUGCAGCAUGUUGCAAUUCUGCAAGCGUGCUAAUGGUUGCCAAAGUAGCUUCUCAUUUUGCACAUAGUAAACUUUUGUUACACCUGCAAUCUGCAGUUUACAAACAGAGAGGCUAUCACCCUAUGACCUAUGUGCACGGAACAUGUUAAUUCCCCUGGAACUAGGUAAAAAUUCUAAUACCUACAUAGAAAUGCUUCUCUGAAUAAUUUGGUAAUUAGUAUUCUUUUUUAUUAUGAAUUUGUAUACCACCCUUCGUCUGAAAAUCCCAGGGCGGUUCACAACAGAAAAAUACAAAAUUAAAAUACAAAAUACAUAAUAAAACCAAACCAAAACAAUAACCUCCCAAACACAUUUGAAAAGCCAUAGAAUGUUAAUCAGCCAAACUCUAAGCAGUCAUUAGUAAGCCUGUGACUUUAGGACAAAAUGCAGGAAAUGCAUAUUACAGAUCUUACACUGCAAUAUUUUGCUCCAUAUUGCAAUUUUUUCUUUUGGGAGAAUUACAGUACAGUAGCCAGUCAACAUGCUCUUAUUUAUUAAUUUGCAGAAUUUGUGUACUGCUUUAUAUCCAGAAGUUGCAACAAUGGGGUUUACAAUAUAGUUUUAAUUAAUUAGUUAAUUUAUGAAGCAUCCUGAUCAGCACAGCAAGAUGGAAGCAAUCCCAACAAAAGCCAGUAUCAACAAGAAUGGAAAAAUAAGGCUGGGAGGACCAAAAGCUUUCCUAAAUUAAAGCGCCUUUUCCCACUUUCUGAAAAGCAAGCAGGAAGGAGCAUUGAAAAGCCUCUCUGUAGGAAGGGCACUCCAGAGAAUCGUAGCCACAACUAUGAAGACACUUCCUUUUCAAGGGCUUAAUUUUGACUGGGUUGUUGAUUGUUUGACUUCUGUUGAUUAUGCAUAGCAAUAAAAGCAGCACUAUUUUUCUAGAAAAAGAGGUCCCUUGUUUUCUUAUACAGUCAUACCUCAUGUUACCUUUGCUUCAGGUUGCCCCUUUUCAGUUUGCAUCCCAUGGCAACCCGGAAGUACCGGAAAGGGUUACUUCCGGGUUUCGCCGCUCGCGCAUGCGCAGAUGUGCAAAAAGACAUGCGCAGAAGUGGUGAAUCGUGACUCGUGCAUGCGCAGGCACAGGUUGCGUUCUCUUCAGGUUGCGAAUGGGCCUCCGGAACGGAUCCCAUUCACAACCAGAGGUACCACUGUAAUGGCAAUGGUGCCCACCUGAGAGGUUAUCCCUGUUUUCCAGGGGCAGUCCCAGAUUUACAGAAACUACUGGUUUCUAAUUUGAUCCUGGAAUGUCCUGCUUUUCCUUCGGAUGUCCCUGUUUUCACCUGAGAAAUGCUGGAGGGUAUGCAGUUAUAUGACCCCCCAAACCAAGGAGAUGAGUAACGAUACAACCUAUAGAAGACCAGAAGGCAGCCCUGUAUCAGAAAGUAUUUUUUAAUGUUUAAUGUUUUAUUGUGUUUUUAUAUUUGUUGUAAGCCACCUAGAAUGGCUGGGGCAACCUGGUCAGAUGGAGAGGGGUGUUAAUAACAAAAGUGUUGUUGUUGUUUGUUGUUGUACAGGACAUCCCUAUUUUCAUUGGAGAAAUAUUGGAGGGUUAGGGUGCAUGUUUCGGGGAGCCCUGGGACACUGGGAAUCUGUGGGUGCCUUUGCCCCCUCUUCUUUCUCAACCAUUCCUCUCCUGCCUAUUGGCCUCAGCCCUUUCAAGUAAAACCAAGUACAGUAUUGACCUAUAUGUCAGCCCAUUGUCAAAAACCUGCUCAAAUCUGCUGCUUUUAAUGGUAGUUCAAAUUUAAAAUAUACAGUCGUACCUCGGUUUAAGAACAGUCCGGUUUAAGAACAGUCCAGUUUACAAGCUCUGCAAAACUGGAUAUAGUAUCCCGGUUUGAGAACUUUACCUCGCCUCGGUCUACGAACGGAAUCCGAACAGUGAAAGGGCACCGGCGGCGGGAGGCCUCAUUAGGGAAAGUGAGCCUUGGUUUAGGAACGGUUUCGGUUUAAGAAUGGACUUCCAGAACGGAUUACGUUUGUAAACCAAGGUACCACUGUAUAUGUUUUUAAUUGCCUAUUAUUUUACAUUUUAGAUGUUUGUUUCAUAUCUGUUAUUCAGUUAGAGGUUCUAAUUACAGUCAAGCCAUAAAGAAAUUAUGGCCAAGAUAGGUAAUACGAAAAGAAAACUAAUCAUUUGAAUUUCACUGAUUGCUUUUAAAAAUAAUAAUUAGCAAACAGUAUAGCUCGUGGUGCUUUUUCUCUAAAAAAAUGUUUAGGGGUACAGUGGGAACUCGGGUUGCGAACGUGAUCCGUGCAGGAGGCACAUUCGCAACCCGCAGCCCUGCGUCUGUGCAUGCACAAAGCACGAUUUAGCGCUUCUAUGCAUGCACAAGCAUCGAAACCCGGAAGUAACCCGUUCCGGUACUUCCGGGUUCGUUGCGGUGUGCGACCUGAAAACACGUAACCUGAAGUGUCUGUAACCCGAGGUACCACUGUACUCCUAUUUUCCUACACAUAUUGAAAUACUGCCCCUCAAUGAGGCCAAACUUAGAUUCACAAAAUGUAUAGGUAUAUGCAUCCCCCUGCAUCCCCCCAGAAAAAAGCACUGCUUAGAGGUAUAACUUAACGUGCAAUUUUAGGCACAGUCACAGUCACUUAACGUGCAAUUUUAGGCACAGUCACCCAAGAGUAAAGUCAAUGGGAGGACAGACAUGUCAUUCAUUGAGAUUACCCCCCCCCCAUGGCAAGGGUAGCUUAUCUUUGAUCUAAUCCUUUCACCUGGACUUUAAAUGGGCACAGCACAAGUAGAUGGGCAGGUGGAUAGAAUCACACAGUUACAAGUUUGACCACAUCUUAUGAAACUUUUCUGACGUAUCUUGAAUCGAUUCUAUUUAAAGAUCCAGCUUAAAACAAGACGGCGAACACUUUGCACUCAAUGUAGCCCUAAACUGUUUAAUCCAGUUAAGAAUAUUUUGACCUUAUUUGUACCAUCUAGGCCGAUUCUUUUUACAGCUCAACAUUCUGCUGCAUCAUGGCAGAAAAGGCUGUGUGUGUUUUGGCAAACAUUUUUACAUGCAAAGCUAUUCCCCCCAACUUGUGCUUCUAGCCAAGUAAAUGUUAACUCCAGCUUUCUCGUUUAUUUAGCUGUUCUGCUCUGGCACUCACGACAGUGCAAAGUAAUUUUAACACUUGAAAUGAGCUCUAAUAUAUAUAUAUAUAUAUAUAUAUAUAUAUAUAUAUAUAUAUAUGCUGAUUAUUAUUGUUAGCACUGAAGCCUUAAAAAUUAAGGAUGCAGUCCUAACUCCCUGGUGCUGAUGGACUCAAGGAGCAUUGCUUUGCCAUAAAAAGCCUCUAUCAACCUGUAGCCCUCAAGUUUGGAAUUGGUGCCCCACACUUGGAGAGCCAUGGUUUCCCUAUCCUUUCACUGGGGCCUGCUCCCAGACGUUCUCAAAUUCUGUGCCCUCCAGAUGUUUUAGACUACAACUGCCAUAAUUGGGCAUCAUCUGAGGUGCACAAGGUUGAGGGAGGCUGUGCUGGAGCUCACAUAGGGCAUACCCAGAGAUCCAGUGUUUUAUAAAAAAAGUGUCAGUGUGGUCAAAGCGUCAAACUUACUUAAACCUCCCCUACUGCAGCAAAACUUACUAUAGGUCCUUGGGACACUUACACUCUCUCAGCCUAGCCUACCUCAUGGGGAUGUUGUGAAGAGAAAGUGGAUUGGAGGUGGGGGGACGACGACGAUGACCACAAACACUUCCAUGAGUUCUUUGGAUGAAAAGCAAUAAAUACAUGCAAUAAAUAUAUAUAUAUAUAUUCAUUCAGCUUUUUUGAUAUGCUAUUUUAGUCUUGCAUUUCUUGCUUUAGUGUCUUCCCCACUUUCUGUUAUGUGUAAAAGUACCUCUGCAAACAUGUAAAAAUUGCAGUUAGCCAUCGGCUAAUUAAAUGAUCUAUGGCCUUGUAAGGGACGCUGGUGGCGCUGUGGUCUAAACCACAGAGCAUAGGGCUUGCCGAUCAGAAGGUUGGCGGUUCUAAUCCCUGCAAUGGGGUGAGCUCCCAUUGUAUAGUCCCAGCUCCUACACACCAAGCAGUUCAAAAGCAUGUCAAAGUGCAAGUAGAUAAAUAGGUACCACUCUGGCAGGAAGGUAAAUGGCGUUUCUGUGCGCUGCUCUGGUUUGCCAGAAGCGGCUUAGUCAUGCUGGCCACAUGACCUGGAAAAACUGUUUGCGGACAAACGUCAGCUCCCUCGGCCCAUAGAGCGAGAUGAGUGCGCAACCCCAGAAUCAUCCGUGACUGUCAGGGGUACCUUUACCUUUACCUUUUAUGGCCUUUUAAACUGGGGUGUGUGUGUAUGUGAUAAUUCUAUGUAUUUUUGUGCUUUUAAAUUGUAAACUGCCCUGUGACCCUGGAAUGAAGGGUGGUACAGAAACAUAUAACAUAUGUGGCUUUUUAUUUUAGAUUAAAGAUGACAUCACAGGCAUGUAUAAAAUCAUACAUUGUGUGGAGCAUAAACAUAGAAUUGUAGAGUUGGAUGGGACACUGAGGGACAUCUAGUCCAACCCCCUGCAAUUUAGGAAUCUCAACUAAAACAUCCAGCGAAGGAGGGUCCACAAUUUCCUGAGGGAGUCCAUUCCAUUGCCGAACAGCUCUUACUGUCAGAAAGUUCUUCCUGAUGUUGAGUCGGAAUCUCCUUUCUUGUGACUUGAAGCCACUGGUUCAGGUCCUACCCUCUGCGGUCUACUACGACCUCUAGAUCCUUGUCACAUGUACUACUAGCAAGCUAAGUAUCCCCCAACUUAUAUUUGUGCAGCUGGUUCUUCCAGCCAAAGGGGACGCAGGUGGCGCUGAGGUCUAAACCACUGAGCCUCUUGGGCUUGCUGAUCAUCAGGUCAGCAGUGUGAAUCCCCGUGAUGGAGUGAGCUCCCGUUGCUCUGUCCCAGCUCUUGCCCAUCUAGCAGUUUGAAAGCAUGCCAGUGCAAGUAGAUAAAUAGGUACCGCUGCAGUGGGAAGGUAAAUGGCACUUCCAUGCUCUCUGGUUUCCGUCAUGGUGUUCUGUUGUGCCAGAAGUGGUUUAGUCCUGCUGGCCACAUGAACCAGAAGAAGAAGAAGAAGAAGAAGAAGAAGAAGAAGAAGAAGAAGAAGAAGAAGAAGAAUUUGGAUUUGAUAUCCCGCUUUAUCACUACCCUAAGGAGUCUCAAAGCGGCUAACAUUCUCCUUUCCCUUCCUCCCCAACAACAAACACUCUGUGAGGUGAGUGAGGCUGAGAGACUUCAAAGAUGUGUGACUAGCCCAAGGUCACCCAGCAGCUGCAUGGAGACUCGAACCCGGUUCACCAGAUUACAAGACUACUGCUCUUAACCACUACACCACACUGGCUCUCCAGAAAGCUGUCUGUGGACAAAUGCCAUCUCCCUCGGCCUGAAAGUGAGAUGAGUGCCGCAACCCCAUGGUCGCCUUUGACUGGACUUAACCGUCCAGGGGUCCUUUACCUUUACCUAUUACCUCCAGCCUAAGUGUACACAAGUAGAUAGAGAACAAUUUAUCUCCCUUAUAUCGCAGUGCCAUUAAAUUAUGGAAUUUGCUCCCUCCACAAUCUGCUCAAUGGGUCAGAGAGGACGUUCCUCUCAGGAGCAUGCAAUUCCUAAUUAUUUUCACGGCGAUCAAGAUUGUCACUGACCUCAGUGAUACCUAGCUAAAUCAUUGAGACUCCAGAUGUGCCUAUAUGUCCCUGUCCUCUGCUUUUCCUGCAACUCUCCCCCAAAAAAACCCCACAAACGUGUGGGCGUUUUCAACAUGAGUAGAGGAUGCAACAAAAUUGGAUAAUUAAGCAACUGCUUCAGAGAAAUGAUACGUCUUACAGAUAGACAAUAAAAUGAUUCGGGGCAAAGAAAGGUCCUGGCAAAUUAAAGCAAUUAAAGAUUUGAUGUAACAUGGAGAAUCUUAUAGAUCAGUGGGUGGUACUGCCUCCUGGGGGGCAGUGGGAUUAGCUGGGGGGCAAGGAGGCGGUGGGAGGUGGGGACUGGGGGUGUAAGUGACUACCAGGCUUUGAAAAACUGGUGACACUGAAACAAGUUAAUCAGUUUUGUCGACUUAAUUCAGCUAAAUAGUUUUAAUUGGACAUUGAAUACAUGUGCAAUUAGUUGUUACGGUUUUGAAUUCUACUGUGCUGUUAUUUUCCUUAGAGGGUUGUACAAACCGCUAUUCUGAAUAAUGCUUUUUUAUGGCUGCAACCUAGCAGUCGGGGGGGGGGCAGCAAAAGUAGCAUUGUAGCAGCACUGAAUGGCAGAGUAUAGCUGCCAUAGUGCCUGAGAGGAACAUUACAUCAUAGAAGUGGGGGGAACCAGGGCGGAUUUGAUUUAAAUCAAAUCAAUUUAAAUUCCCUUUUUUACAGAAAGGUUCAACCUUGCUGGCGUCCUCUUAGUAUUGACAAUCAGAGGAAGGUUUCAUUUUUGGAAUAAUAAAUUUUCAGAGUAGUUUUUACAGUUCUAUCAAAAAUUACUGAUUUGGUUCUACUAUUAGAAAUACAUAGACAGAUAAUUAUGAAAUUAUUGUGAGGUUUAAUAAGUUAACUCUUUAUAUUUGGACAAAUUUUCUGCUGUACGUUAUUGGAAGGAGAAAAAUAACCAUUUCCUUAAUAACAAUUUAAACAAUUUAUUUAACUAAAACAGUAACAAUAUAGCACAUGCAGUGCUUUUUUCCUGGGGGUAUGCAUACUCUUAAACAUUUUGUGAAUCCAAGUUUGGCUUCAUUAAGGGGGGCGGUAUUUCAAUAUGAGUAGGAAAAUGAGAGUACCCCUAAAUAUUUUUUAGAAAAAAAGCACUGAGCAUAUGUAUCCAUGUUUGUUAACUGAUGUGGUUAAACAAAUUUUAUUUUAUUUUUAAACUUAGACUGAGUUUGGAGAGGCUGGCCUUUCUUUUUCUAGCGGGGAGGAGAGAUACAGUUGGUAGGCUAGGCUGCAACAGGCUUGCAGAAAGAACAAGGAGGAGGAGAAACAGGCUGGUGGAAGGCUGGAAAAGGGGAACCAGGGACUGGAGCAGAGAACUUCAGGGAUUCCUGCUGCAGGACUGAAGUUCCGGGUAGAGACUUUAUUGUUUGGACAAUGCCAGGCGAGCCCUGGGAAGAAGGGCCUGGAAGCAGUGAACUCUUUUAUUAGUUGACUGGCAAGCACUUCAAGGUCUUGCCAAGGCAAGGACUUACAGAUCCCAGUUACCAUUUCCACCCCCCUCUUUGGAUUUGCUUCUACAUUCAGGUGCCUAUUCUGUACAGUUAAGUGUUAGUGCAGUUGUUGGAACCCAGUGGGAUUGGGAAAAGGUUGCACUUGCCUCAAGUCUGAGUUGCACAGACAUUCAACUGACUUGCACAAUUAUUACACAAAGAUCCCAAGACUUGUGGAGUAUUCUGCUCACAAGGCUGCACUUUCAUUUUUACUGCUUCUCACUUCGCUACUUGCGCAGAUCUAUUCCACUCCAAACAAUCUAUUCAUUGAACCUCUUGGAAUUUAGCCUUUAAGAGGUCGAUUCUGUGUACAUAAAUUUGCAAAGGAACAAAAUGGAAUUGAGGUUUCCCCCCUCAACUCUGUAUGUUUAUUUUAUAACAUUUUUCCUGUGAAGAAAAGGCAUGUUACUUCUGCGGACACUGUUUCACACUUUUGAGAACUGCAAAAACAAGUAUCUGUGAAAUAUCUUCUUGUUAGAAAAGCUGCCUCAAAUAAUCUUAACAGAAACCUCUGGAAGACCAUGACAUUGUGAAUGGAUUAAUGGAAUUCAUUUACCAAAAAAUUUAAACAUGGCAUAUAAAGCCUCAUGCUACAUAAUUAAAAACAAAUCCUUAUUGCCUUUGGACUAUGUCGUUGUUUAGUCGUUUAGUCGUGUCCAACUCUUUGUGACCCCAUGGAGCACCCCAGGCAUUCCUGUCUUUCACUGCCUCCCGCAGUUUGGUCAAACUCAUGCUGGUAGCUUCGAGAACACUGUCCAACCAUCUCAUCCUCUGCCGUCCCUUCUCCUUGUGUCCUCCAUCUUUCCCAACAUCAGGGUCUUUUCCAGGGAGUCUUCUCUCCUCAUGAGGUGGCCAAAGUAUUGGAGCCUCAGCUUCAGGAUCUGUCCUUCCAGUGAGCACUCGGGGCUGAUUUCCUUCAGAAUAGAUAGGUUUGAUUUUCUUGCAGUCCAUGGGACUCUCAAGAGUCUCCUCCAGCACCAUAAUUCAAAAGCAUCAAUUCUUUGGCGAUCAGCCUUCUUUAUGGAUUAUAUUGUAACCUUAUAGCCUUUGGUCUAUAAUGUAACUUAAAUAGAAAACUAUCUUUAGAAAUAUUUUUUUCCUCCAAAAGCAUUCUAUUUUUAAAAAGCCAAUUGAAAUAACUUUUUUUUAUUUAAAUCAAAAAAUCCAAUUUUAAAAUUAAAAAUCCAUAAUUUAUUUAUUUUUUUAAAAAAAUCAUUGAUUUUUAUCCUCCCUGAGGGGAACUGAAAUGGAGGCUACUUGCCUGAGCUUCUUGCUAGAACCCUGGAAGUUGCUUAAGAAUGCCAGGUACUAAUGUCAGCCCUGUCUAUGCUAACCUAAUCUAAUUCAGCGUUUGCAUGCAAUUUUUUUAAAAAAAUAAUUAUUUUCAAAUAGGUUGAGAUUUCUUACUGUCAGCCAAAUUCUCAAAUAUUUGCCUAUUUUUAAACCAGACAUCCUUUCUAAAAAAAAAUUUGACUGCUUAUCCAUGUUUUUAACCAACAUCUUGGUUUUAUCUGAAUUUAUUUUGAAACCUGCCACUUCUCCAAACCUUUUAAUUUCUUCUCAUGCUUUGGGAACACUCUCCAAGGGUUGUUCUAGAGUCAACAGCACAUCGUCAGCAAAUGCCCUUAAUUUAUAGACUCUAGGUCUCAAUACCUUUAAUUUUCCUGUUUUCCCUUAUAUUCUGAAGCAGUAUUUCUAAGGUCAUAAUAAACAACAGCGGAGCCUUUUCUUCACUGCUAUUUUUCUUUUUUUAAAAAAAGGAAUGCUGGAACUCACCAUGUUCUCUUAAAAUGGCAACAAUGCCCACCUCAGAGGUGCCGGAACUGAGUUCUGGCUGGAAAAAAAGAGAAACCUGCUUUUCUUCCAUAUUGUUCUUGUGAAGUUUUAAAACUUAGGUAGCUGUUAAAUCACUUCAGGUGGCGGUUGCCAUGCAGCAAAAAAUAUUUUGUUGCACCCACCUAAAAAAUUUCCUGGGGCGCUAGGUGUGGUCCUCUGGACGCACUGCUGAAAGUGGCUUGUGAGUUCCUGGGGUUGUGAUUGAUUCAUUAGUCACUGAUGGAGGACGAUUCUGAUGGCAUGGCUGUGAUUAGUUCUGGUUGGGAUUUUUUCAAAAAGGAGGAUCAUUCCCAGCAGUGUAAACGCUGGUGAAAUCAAAAGGGUGUGGAGACAGAUUGUGGCUUGGUUUGCCUGCCACAGCCCAUCUGUCAAAACUGGGAUGUGAUUUCUCAUAAUCACUCUGAACCGAUGGAUUUAAUGCAAGUCGUCAGCCGAGAAACAAUUUCCAUAGCUGUUUUCAGUGAGUUCCAUUGUGUUCAAGAUGUGAUUUCAUACCCAUUUUUUUCUGUGGUUUUGAACAUGUAAACCAUGUUUGAGAUUUGCACACAGAUUUAGCUUUCUGAUAUAGAAAAGCAAACUUCUCUCUAUCUGACAUGGGUUGCACUCACCCGCCAUACUAAACCAAACCAAUGACUAGUGUAAAUGUACCAGCUGCUGAGUAAGAGAUCUCAUCUGCUUUGCUCUCCCCUGUGCUUUAAAUCAAUGUGGUACCAGAAUAAGCAAAGUUGUGAACCCUGGAUCUUGGCUAACCAUGAUCUGUAGCCAAGGCUUGUUGUAUGGCUAACCGGUACCCCCGGUUCAUAUGACAUGUUCAGUCAGACCUUGGUUCAGCAGCUGUGCAAUGCUAACAUAAAAAUCGCAGAGGGCAAUGCACUUGCAAGCUCAGGCCUAUCAUGAACCAGGUUGUUUUGUUUUCCUUUAGGAGAGGCAUUUUUAAUGGUUCCCUAUACACCUGAGGUGUGGGUGGCGCUGUGGGUUAAACCACAGAGCCUAGGACUUGCCGAUCAGAAGGUCGGCGGUUCAAAUCCCUGUGAUGGGGUGAGCUCCCGUUGCUCGGUCCCUGCUCCUGCCAACCUAGCGGUUCGAAAGCACGUCAAAGUGCAAGUAGAUAAAUAGGUACUGCUCCGGCGGGAAGGUAAAUGGCGUUUCUGUGUGCUGCUCUGGUUCGCCAGAAGCGGCUUAGUCAUGCUGGCCACAUGACCCAGAAGCUAUACACCUGCUCCCUUGGCCAAUAAAGCGAGAUGAGCGCCGCAACCCCAGAGUUGGCCACGACUGGACCUAAUGGUCAGGGGUCCCUUUACCUUUUAUACACCUGAAGAUGGGCCGUGGGUGGGGCUGUGGUCUAAACCACUGAGCCUAGGGCUUGCCUACCUUAACUGUCAGGGGUCCUUUACCUUUACGUUUUUAUACACCUGAGGGCCAUCUUAUGAUCUCUGUAAUCCUCAUCAGCUGUCCAGAGUUUUCAACACUGAAGUGAAACUUCUUUGUUUUCAAAGGCUUCAUUGAAAGGUGACCCAACCAUUCUGAGGUAGUUUUAUUAUAUGUUUGUUAUUUUAUGAUUUACGGUGUCAUAUUGUUUACUGCUUUGGUAUUUUAAAAUGUAAGUUAUAUGCAGAUGUUUAUAUGUAGAUAAAAUAUUGAAAAUGGUGUAGUUGGGUGUUUUGUUUUGUUUUUAUCUAUCCUGAGCUUGGGUCAGACAGGUUAUUUAUCUAAAUGAAUCAGCCAACAAAUACAGCAGCAGCAGCAAUUAUUGGUUGAUGAAGCUGCCACCUUCAUAGCAUUGGGCAAUGUUUCUCAUGCCUCUCGUAUUCUCCUUGUGUUCCAGAACUCUGUAUUGUGUAAACGAGCUGAUGGACGAAGAUGAGAAGGACAGGGCAAAGAGGUAUGGAUAUUGGGGCAUGUCAUUCUCCAAGCUCACCUGUCCUUAUCUGAAAAUUCAACAACAGUUAACUAUACCACUUCUGAUAACAAUGACUCAAAGCCCAAAGACCCAAAAUGGAGGGUGGUUUCUCACUCUUGUUUCUUAUUCUGUAGUGGUACAGAUUUGUGUACCGUGCAAGAUGGCAUCCGUUUUCAUCAUGACUAACAAGGGUGAAAUUAUCAAAAUUAUCAAAGCUUAUUAAAGGAUAAAACUAUCAAAGUUCAUUAGCCCCAAAAAUUGCUACAUGCAUCUUUUUGAUGUUUUAGAAACUGUGGGUGAAUAACUGAAAUGUGGAUCCAUGUCAUAAUUAUUCCACCCACACUUUCCCCUAGAAUUUGGUUCUGCUGGAGUCAGGACACUGGGCUAGAAAUAACUGGAAAUAACUCUUUCCUAAGGAUGUAAGAUCUUCACAAUCCUGUUGGGUUCAUGCAAGCACAAUUGGCCAACAUUGUGUUUCCAAUAGGGGCAAAGCCAAAUGACUGCAGUAGGCUUCCCCCUAACAUUUAAUAUCCAGCUGUGCAGUGCCUAAGGUCAAGUGUAGUAUCUGUUCUUAUCAGUUUAAAAAAGCACUUAUUUCAUAUUAGGUUUCCUGGAGAUUGCACCUGUAGACUUCCUCCCAAAUUCAGGGAGUUGCCUCCCAAAGUGGUUUACAAACCAUACACCAACACAUACACAAUGAAGUAUAAUAUUAAAACCAUUUCAAACAUCAAAACAGUGUUAAAAGCCAACAUAAACCAUACAAUAAUACUUACCAGCAUAGAUCUAAUAUUCCAGAGCCAGAGAACAGUAUCGUAUAUAUGUAACCCAAUCACAGGUUGCUUCCAGAUGGCCUGUUUCUUGAGCACUUACCCUGAUUUGUUUUCGCAAAGUUUGCAGAGAGGUUAGAUGACACUGACUACUUAUUCUUACUUAUUUUAAGGGAGGUCAUAUCAUGUUACAUCAAGCAAUUGUUACUUCAUUUUCCCAUCUGUUUCCUUAUUGCAAGAAACUCACUUUUGUGGGGGGUGGGAGUGGAUUUGUGCAGAAGAAUGCUGAAUCAACUUUAAUUGAAGCACCUGAAUAUGCCAGUAUCUAAUUGAAUCCCACCUAAAAAUAACCAUAGUCUGGAAUCUAGCUGUGAAAGGCUAUGGUAAGAAAACAGGUUUUUAUGGCUGUUUUUAAAAUGUUGAAAUGAUCACGACCUAAACCUCGUUUUCACAGUUCUUUCAUUAUCCCUUCAUUAUUUUCAAUGCACUUUUGUGUUUUGAUUGACUAGGGCAUCACGCAACAAGUCAGAAAAGAAAAGAAGAGACCAAUUCAACAUCCUUAUUAAGGAACUAUGUACCAUGCUGCAAGGCCAUGGGCAUCCACUCAAGAUGGACAAAUCCACAAUACUGCAGAGGACCAUCGACUUCUUACAGAAACAGAAAGGUACCUGAACUGCCUGCAGGCUCCUUUUCUCUGCCUCCCUUCUUAGUAGUGCCAUUGCUAUUUUUACUGUUACUGAAGUAUAUUGCACUACAGACAUCUUAAAAUGCAUAUCACAAGCUUUAAAAGGUGUGCAAUGCCUUGCGAUAACCCACCCCAGCCAGUUAGCCUCUUUUUAAAGAGCACAAACAAACAGGAUAUAUAAUCUCUAGUUUGGGGAAAGAGGGAAGAGGGCAUGUAUUCCCAAGGCAAAUAUAUUUUAUAAUAAGCUUUUGAAAUGACAAGGAUGUGGCUCUUAACAUGGUAAGGCAUAAAAAAAGGGAGAGCCUUGAGCUUUUAAAAUAAAUACUUUAAAAAGAGCUGCAUGAGUACUUAUGCAAAUUAACACUCAACCUUUGCAUUUUUUCCCCUUACAAACUUUGUAAAACCCUUGUAUGAACACAUGGAACUGCCUUAUGCUGAUUCCUAGCCCUUUGUGCCUAUUCUGUUUGGCAAAGACGGAACUGUAGUACUCCAAAACAUGUUGCCCUCCAUAUGUUUGGACUUCCACUCCCAUCAUUCCUGACAAUUGGCUAUGCUGUCUGCGGCUGAUAGGAGCUGUAGUCCAAAGCAUUUGGCAGGCUUCAGAUUGGGGAAGCCUCAGACAGAGCUUACAGAGCCUCAGUCAGAGGUCUUACAGAACAUCUGUUACGUGGUCUUUCUUAACUGGAAAUGUCCAGGACUUCUGCAUGCAACUCCUUAGAAACUCUUCCAAAACUAUAAGGGCGUUGAAGAGAGGGAGAUUAUUUCAUUGUCAAAAAUGUCAUGCAACCAGUGCUUUUCUUCUUGAAAAAAUGUUUAGGGGUAAUCUCAUUUUCCUACUCAUCUUGAAAUACUGCCCCUCAAUGAGGCCAAACUUAGAUUCACAAAAUGUUUAGGGGUAUGCGUACCCCUGUGUACUCCCCAGAAAAAAAAGCACUGCAUGCAACUAAAGAGGUUUCUGGAUUGGGAAUCAUGGACACCAGUAAGACAUGAACAUGAUUAAGGAUUGAGUAUAUUUAUGGGAUGUGUGUUCAAAGGCAUGUUUGCCUCAGCGGUCUUAUGCAUUUGGUCCCAUGCCAACUAAAACUGGAUUUGAGCCGUGGCAUUAUCUGCAUUCUCCUGUUUCCUAGUGGGAUCAAUAAUUAUUUCUAGUCAUUAGAGAUGAUUGUCAGGUUUUUCAUCACUGUUUUGUCUAUAGUUAGAUUAUCUUCUAGUACAGGGCUGAAGGGGUGAUAUAUAAUAUGUCUAAUUUUCUGACAUUGCUCCCUUUAAAUGGGCUUCCUAUUUCACAGUGUUUGAUACUCCUGUGCUGCUGAAAAUCAUAACUUGCCUGCCCUCUUUGUUUUUUCUUUUAGAAAUCACAGCACAGACUGAGGCCUGUGAGAUUAGGCAAGACUGGAAACCUUCAUUUCUUAGCAACGAGGAGUUCACUCAGUUGAUGUUAGAGGUAGGAUAGAAUUCAAAUCGUACAGAAUAUGGGGGUGGGGGUGCUGAUGUUCAGUUCUCUUUGUCACCAGGUCAUUAACCUGCUGUCCUUCUGAAAGGUGCUAGAAAAACCACACCCAGCGUAAUACAGAAUGCCAUCUGCCAACAGCUUUAAACGUGUGACAGUCUGGCUGUGAAUUUCACUUUUCACAAACAACUUGGCUGGCGAUAUGAAGAAUUAAGAUUUGAAGCAUCUUUCUGGUUUCCAAAGCCUGACAUCCAGUUGUUUUGGCAGUGAAUAAAAUGCCUAACAGCCCUUCUGCAGUUUGUUUAAUCAUAUAUUCCCAACUAUUUCCCAUGUUUAAUGUGGGAAUUGGGAAGUUCAUAAACCGUACACUUGAAGCACCCUAACUACAGAUAUAUUUGGACAUUCGCCAAAUGAUUUUUUUACAUGUUCUGUGAAUCAUCCUAUUUGGGUUUCCAUUCUCAAUCAGGCUUAGUGGGAAAUAAGCAUUCUGCAUAUUUUUAUAUAUAAAAGAGUCCAUCUAUCUGCCUACUAACUUACCAACCCGUCUUGCUUUUAAUUGUUUGUUAAAGCAAGGUUUCCCAUGGUUUUCAGACAGUUCUCUGCUUUUGUUUCCCCUGCCAAUGUUUAAGGGUGUGCACUGCCCUAGAAUUGCAGUCUCUUGAUUAUUUCCUUCUCAUAGAGAUGUGAUGACUCACCUUCUUUGGAAAAGAAGGUAUGUUUAUCUCCAUCUGCAAAUGCCUCUUGAUGAACGAGUCAGUCCAUUGCAGUUCAAUCAAAACAGGCUCCUGCCUGAGACGAGACAAGCUCUUUGCAGGCUUCAUUUCCAGAUAGAGGACUAUUUAAUGAACCUUCUCUGUGCUGAAGGUUCUUUAUUUUUGACAUUAUUUUAAUGAUUUCCCCGUGAAUGUGGGGGAGCAGAAUAAGUUGGGGAGUGGGAAGGAAGGGUACUGGAUCCCCCCCCCCCCGUCCAAGCUGCUCGUCUUGGCUCCCUGCUGACCUGACAACAACCACACUUGAUCUCAAGAACAUGUUGCCAUGUGUGCAGCACUCAUCAAAACUCCAAGCCUUUUACCGCACUGACAUAAAUAAGAAACAUUGACUAGGGAGAGAAAUAAUGAAAUGGAACGAAUUAAGUCAGAAUAAAGGGAACAGAAAACUUUUGCUGCUGUGGACUCCCAGGUCUCUGUGUUGCUGUUUCAAAUAAUAUGGCUGGGACUUUUCCACAUGGCUUGUGAAAACCUGGAGUUUUUUAAUUUUUAAAAUACAGUGAUGUUCUGGGGGAAACAGAUACAUGGAUGAAGGUAAAAAGGAGCAAAGGUUAUUGAGGUCACUAAAGUUCUCACCAAAUAUCCUCUGAAGUAGUUCAGGAAUAAACUGCUGAAAGGUAGUUAUUAUCCCACCUGAACUCUUUAUUCGCCUUCAUGGCUUUGAUUCUAAAAUGACAAGUGGCACUGAAGAAUCCUUCUUAAUGGCAAGACUUACCUGAGAGCAACCCCUGAGCUCAAUGGGACUUGCUUCGAAAUAUGCCAAAGCCUUCUGAGUUUGGAGUUUGUACUGCCCUCCCUAAUGAUUGUUCAAAAAUGGCAUUGCAUAACCAGUCUCCCUCAACCUGGUGCUCUCUAGAUGUUGCUGAACUACAACUCCCAUCACCCCUGCCCAUUGACCAUGCCGGAUGGGACUAUAAAGGGAGUUACAGUCCAAAACGUCUGGAGGGCAGCUAUUGGGGAAUGUUAGCAUAGACUGUAAUGUUAUGUACACAGUGUAUGUUUCUCAAAAAAUCUAAUUAUACUCAUUUCCCUAAGGUGUGGGGGAUACAUGAUGUCAUGCAGUGUAUAGGUGUGCAUUAUGUUGGGUAAUUAUUGUGGGACGCUGAGUUAGGGAAACCUAACAAUAAUUUAUUACUUCGUAUUACAGAAGUUCACUCAGUGUUAUAAUUAUCCUAACGUUACCUGGAAUUAAAAAAAAAUUACUUAAAAGCUCAGAAUUUGGUGUCAUUUAAGGAAAUUGUUUAUUUUAAUUUUUAACCGUAUAUUUUUUUUAAUUAGAUAUGCAGUCAACUAAGCCCCAUAGAUUUCAUUGGGGAUUAUGUCUGAAUACAUCUGUUUAGGAUUGUACUCUUAAGUGUGCUUGAAAUAAUAUGUACUCUAACUGUGCAGUUGUUUACACAUCCCUAUGCACACAAUGAGGGAGUGAUCUAAACCACUCUUGGGCUUGCCGAUCAGAAGAUCGGCGAUUCGAAUCCCCGCGAUUGGGUGAGCUCCCAUUGCUCGGUCCCAGCUUCUACGAACCUAGCAGUUUGAAAGCACGCCAAAAGUGCAAGUAGAUAAAUAGGUACCGCUCCAGCGGGAAGGGAAACGGCGUUUCCAUGCACUGCUCUGGUUCACCAGAAGCAGCUUAGUCAUGCUGGCCACAUGACCCGGAAGCUGGACGCCGGCUCCCUCAGCCAAUAAAGCGUGAUGAGCGCCACAACCCCAGAGUUGGUCACGACUGGACAUAAUGGUCAGGGGUCCCUUUAUAUUUAAUGACAUUUAUCUAUAAGCAUAUAUAAAUGGUAUUCUAAAUUACAGUUUAUUGAACUAGCAGAAAAGGUAACACAAAAACUAGUUAGAUAAAGGACAAACAAGACAUCCUUUCUGAAGUAUGGUAUAACUAUUAUUUUUAAUGGAAUAAGGCAGAAACCAGAAGAACACUGACAGUAUGUAUAUGUAGAAAUGACUGAAAUCCCAACAAUCUCACAAUAAAUCAAAAAUAGCUUUUGAAAAAGAUCUUGAAGUACUUAGAAGACCCUGGGGGGGAAUCAAUGAAUAAAGCAACAUAUAUAAAAAUAGAAAAUGUUCGUGGCAGCAGCAGACAACUUGGGAAAAGAAUUGCAGAAUAAAAAUAACAAUUGCAUUUGUUUCUAAUUUAUAUAUUUUGAUUAUUAUAUUAUUAUUUUAAAAAUCCAUACCCAAAUAAAUCAUAUUCAGAGUAGACCCAUUUAAAUAAAUGGAUUUAAAUUGCUUAUGUUCAUUGAUUCCAAUUAGUCUACUUUGAAUAAAACUAACGUUGAAUGUCACCCAAUAAUAUUAUUUCUCUGUCACACAGGAUGGAAGCAGGGUUUUUAUCUAAAUUAUUUCUUUUUUUUCCAUAUAGGCAUUAGAUGGUUUUCUCAUUGCACUUACCACUGAUGGGAUUAUUAUUUAUGUAUCUGAUAGUGUCUCUUCUCUUCUUGGGCAUUUACCGGUAAGUUCUCACAACAUAAUGUCUGAAAAUCUUACUAUUUUCCUUAGGAAUGUCAGUAUGGAUGAAAUGCGACAACCAUGCAUGCAAAGUAAUUUUUCAGAGACUUGGAUUUAGUUUAAUACAACUGUUGUUGUCCCUAAGUAGAUAUAUUUGGAUGUUGCUGUCUUUUCUAACCCAUGGCUUUCUAGAAGCAUGACAAAAACUUGCAGACAAAAACUUGUUUGGUCAGAUAUUGCAGGGGAUAAUAAUGGGUUCUUACCCCAUGCUGUCUUUAAGUCUGUAGAAAAACUGUCAUCCUCAUCCCAAUACGUACAGUGAUGUUCUGAGAUUCUGCACGUAGAACUGCCAUAGUGUAGUCUAGGGAAUAGACAAAUCGAUUAAUUUUGGUCUCUCUUGGUCUCUCAUUUUCCCAUUCUUAAGUACACUUUGCCUGAAUUCCUCAUGAGGAGUGUGCAUUGCUUUUUCUUAAAAGUCCACAUGACAGUUUGUGUGCAUUUUCAGGUACAUUCCCUCAUAUGGGUACAUUAGGCAAAAUUGGUAUCUUUUAGGACAUAUGGUUUAUUACCCAUAUAUACAACCUGACCCUAUGGUAGAAGAGUUCAUAGCAUUGACGCCCCAAGAUGGUCUCGUUUCUCCCAUAGCCAGCAGAAAUCAGCCAUGGCUCUGACCCUCUCUCCAGCUUGCCGCCUUUUCCAAACUGCAACCUUUUCACUCCAGGUCACAUCCCAGCCAACUGACUUUUUCCUUCUCAGAGCCAGAGGGGGGCCCCUACCCACUUGCCAUUAGGCACAGAGCCCAUCUCCAGGGCUUUCUUGAUAAGCCAUUGCCUUUCCUUUAUUUUCUUAAUGGUUUAUUUCCCAGGCGAUUAACCCCUCAGGAAACUGGCCUGGCUUAUAUUUUGCCUUGACUAAAACCUGACUCCCACUGGAUCCAGGAAUUUAGGGGAGUCUGGUACCCACAAGCUCAUAAAGUGGGUUGUAAUACAUAAAUGAUAUAAAAUAUCUGGAACAUGUAAACUAUGCCUAUAAUAAGAAAUACAACAUGAUACUUUAAAAUGUGGAAGUUAAGAGGGAGUUGAAGAAAAAUAACCAGAUUAAGAAUUGUAAUAUAUGAGAGAACAGCAGCUAGACAGGGUAGGUUUAACCAGGAGAGGCUACCUUUUGUGUUUUUGCUGCCAGAAAGAGAAAUCUAGCUACAGUCUCUGUUAAUUGUUUGAACCUGCCAAAAAGUACCGUAGUCCAGAUACCAGAUGUUAGUUUCUAAAAUGCCCACCAGAUAGUAAUGCAAGAUACUCCUUAGAGAGAGUCCUCAUGUGCUUGACGCCACCUCUCUUAAGUAGGCCUUUUGUUUGUUUCUCUUUCCCUGAGUGUAUGGGAGACAUUUCUCUAAUUAAUGUGCUGUAGACUAUUCUCUUUUCCAUAAGGAGUGCAGAUGGCUUGGCUAUCUUUUGCAGCUUUGGGCACAACUGUCUGUUUUCUAUGGGUGCACAACUGUCUGUUUUCUAUGGGUGCUUUUUAAGGCCAUCACAUUAACACCAUCAUCAUCAUUAUCAUUAACGUUGUGCAGCCGAAGGCCCACCUUUUUUUUUUUUUUUGCUGGUGAUAUUCAGUUGGGUUCUUCUUUGCCUCCUUAUUCUCUUUGCUUUAGAACCGCUUUCCCUCACUAUUGGCAGAGACCCAGGGUAAAAGCAGAGUCAAAAUGCAGUCGGCACAUUCCUUUUCACCUCUGGCCUACCAACUUCCACACUUCUUGUGUUCUGUUCUGCCCUGUGCUGAAGCGUUUUCUACCGUGGUUCAGUUGACAGCACAUUGGGUUGAAAUAGAUCUGGGUUCUUGGCUGAGAGACGCAGUUUUUUCAAGGGUGUUUCCCCCCCCCCCCCCCAUUUAAAGCGUUAUCACUUCACUCUUUAGUCAAAUAAGGCUCCAAGAGAGGAUUAUAGAUCAGUAAAAACAAGACAGACCCUCUUCUCUGGCUUAACAGUCUAAAAUUCACAACACCAAAGGGAAAAAAGGGAUGCAGAGGCACUACUUGAACUUGCAGCUAUUAUACAGCCAUUUGGGAUGGAAUCUGGUCUGGCAGCCUGAUGGAAUAGCUGCUGCUAGGUGACACCUGAGGAGCAGCCAAAGAAACCUGGUCUCUCAACAGAGUGGGUAGCAUUUCCUCUGCUUUAUUUCUCCCCUUCCGCUUUGCAGUAGUGCCUCUGCAUCCCUUUUUUCCCUUUGGUAUUGAGUGAGAGCCAAAGGCACCUGGUCUCUCAAGAGCCAGUUGAAUAGUUCUGCUUCCUUUUUCUCCAGCCUUUUCCUAGAUAUUCUUGGGCAGGUUACUCUUUCCCAAGGUUAUAAUUAACAGGUCAUAAGCCUUGCAUGGAAGGAUGAUGGUACUGACUGUGUCUCAAGGGACUGAAUGCUGCUCCAUACAAACAAUUCCCCUAAGAACGAAAGAUAGAAAUCGGGAUGUAUUGCGUAGCCUUCUCCCUGACAUCUUGUUUUCUAAAUGUUUGAAUGUUUCACCCCGCCCCAAUGGGAGAGACAUUUCAUCAUGCACUUUGUUGGCAUUGGUCUGUCUCUAGAAAAAUGGAGUGUACCUCUGGGGGCAAAGUCAAACUGCUGGAGAAUCACAGCACCCCCUGUGGCUGAGAGACCAGUUAACUCAUAACCGCUGCCUCUGAUGCUCUUUUCGCUGUGUUAGCAGCACUAACGUGACCUCCCUGGGGCACAAGCCUGGGCCAUGCUCAUGGAGGUCCUAGUCUGCCUUGAUGACAGACUUGGCCUCCUUAGACCACUUGAUGUGGUCCAAAGGAAAUCAGAGCAAUAUAUUUGGCACCAGCUUGGUUGCAGGAGUUGCUGGAAGGAGGCGUGCAAGAUGGCAUCAAAUAAUAUCACCUGGACAAUGGUUUACCACCUCAGGUGCUGUUCAUGAGCAUUUGGCCUCAAUUUUCCAUAUGCAAUUCGGCAAUAGUAGUACCCUGAGUAAAUUGUUGUGAGGAUGAUAGGGGAAAAAAGAAUGCAAUAUGGUUGUUGGCACAUUAUUAGGGUUAAAACCCUUUCCCUACAUACUCACUACGUACGUAAACAAGAUUUAUUGGCACAGAGGUUAUAGCAUCCCAAAACUGUUAUUGUAGUAAUUAAUAAACAUCCUCUGUCUUCCAAAUCUUUUUUCAAAAGACUCGUGUGUACAUGUCUGCCUCUGAACCAGCUCAUGUGUGUGUGUGUGUGUGUGUGUGUGUGUGUGCCCAUCAUCUUCCUGCAUCAUCAUUGGAUGGCUUGCAUAUGUGAACACACACACCAGAGAUCUAACAACACCAGCAAAUCAUUUAUGUCACUUAAUGUCAACAUAAAUCCGAAUUCCUUACAACAGAAGCAGUUCCCAUAUUUGGCUGAGGGUCUUCAAGUGUUGAGUGACUAUUCAGUGCUGUUUUUAAGUGUGAAUCAGCCCUUUCAUGUGUUGUGAUCAUUUAAACACUCUGCCAUCGAACAUGACAAAGUGUUCUUUUGUAUCAGUCAGAUUUGGUGGACCAAAAUAUAUUAAACUUUCUGCCUGAACGUGAACAGAGUGAUGUGUACAAGCUGCUUUCUCCACACAUGCUCAUGACGAACGCUGUGGCGACAGAUUUCCUGAAUGGUAAGUAGCAUUUUGGUUAUUUUCUCUUUGAUAGGAAAGAGAAGACCUCCACAGCAAGGGCACAUCCACAGCAUAAAUGUUAAGCACUGUGAUACCACUUUAACAGCCAGCCUCUGAAAUUCACAGGUCUCUGAAUUUUGCAGUGCAGUUCUUGCAGUGCAAGAAAAGAAUACAAAACUGCAGAGAUAAUGGUGUAAAAUUUGCAUACAAAUACACAUAAGAGCGAAAACAACAUACAAAAACCCAUUCUUUUAGGGAAAUUUGCUUUGCAAAAAUGCAUACAUUGGGCAAAAUUUCCCACAAAUGUAUGUAUGUUAGGAUGAAUGUAUACUAAAAUCCUGUUGAAUUUUCAUGAUGACUAUUUCUCUUUUUAAAAAAGAAAUAUCACAAAUUGAUGUGGAAAUGGGAAGAACUGAAUUUAAAAUGGGGACAACGGGAAACUGAAAUAAAAUAAAAUGGACAGAUCAUAUCUGCAAGUUCAGUAGUUUUCAUCUGCCAUGAAUUUGUCUAAUCCUCUUUUAAAGCCAUCCAAGUUUGUGGCCAUCACUUCUUGUGUUACCCUAGCCCCGUAAGUAGGACAGAACACUAUGCAAUGGCUUUAAUUCUGCCAGGGCAAUGUAAGAACCUCUAUUAGGUUUUCCUAUCCUUGCUGAAAGAACCGAAUCUCUGUCCAGUGAUUCUACAGACAGCUUAAUUGUCAUGUAAGUACUGAUUAAGCUGGCAAAAUAAGCCUUCACUGGGACUUAAGAGGCACACAGGGCUUCUUAUAUCUUGUGCCCUCUGCCCUAUUUCAGCCUUGAAGAAGGUUGCAUGAUUGAAUGAUUCAGGUGCAGGGUUAAUCUAGAAGUCUUAUUUAAUUAUUGCAGCCUGCUGUUAUUAAUGUGAAUGUGCUUUGGACAAAGGUGUGGUCAAGUGCAGAUCAGUAAGCUUUGUUAUCAACAUAACUUUUAGUCCUAUGGCAAUCAAAGGAAGAAGCAAAAUGAUCAGAUUUUAAACUUGUGGAGAUGUGUCACUUAACCAUGGUUUGUUUUUGUUGACCGUUAUUAAGCAUUGCAUCCAAUUGUCAGAAGUCACAGUUCAGGAUGGGCUCUAAACCUGAAGGCAAAAGCACGGUUGAAGUUUUUUCCAUAGUACAUCUGAAUAGAACAAACUGGUUGUAGUGACUGGAGGGCAUUUGGGUUCUAGUUUGUACAGUGCCAAGCUACAUUAAUUGCUGCUGUUGUUAUUAAUGCUAAUAGGCUAUUUAUUGUAAUUUUUUUUUACUUAAAACGUUUCUGCAAUGCUCUUUCUUAAAAUUGGUUCAAGAGCAGUUUACAGAAUUAAAAUUUGUUGCAAAGAAGUGGCUUUUUCUUGCCAUAGAGUGCUGUCAUUUUGUGCCCAUGUCAUUACCUUUCUUCUAAAAUAUUUUAUUUUGGGGUUGGAUAUCCAGAGUUUUCUGAAGGGAUGAGGUUACUAUUGACAUUUUAAAAACAUUUUCUUUCUCUCUCUCUUUCAGCUGAAAAACAGAUAGAAUUUUGUUGUCAUUUAGCCCGAGGAAAUUUAGAUCCAAAUGAACCCAUUACAUAUGAAUAUGUGAAAUUUGUAGUGGAAUUUAAAUAUUUUACUAAUGGUAAGCCAUUGUAUUAUCACUGUCCCUCUCCCCACUGCCCAUAUGCUCAUAGAGUUGCCUUAAACCUGUUGAACCUCUAAAGUUUCUGGUGCUGACAGUAUGUUAAUCGGGAUAUUUUUUUUUAGUGCAUGUGGGGGUCAUCAUUUCUUGCAUUGUGGAAUAAAGCCAGGGCAUGGCAUCACAGGGGACAUCCAGUUAUGGACCUCACAAAAUCUUUCCCCUCUUUCCUUCUGUUUUCUACCAGAUCAUUUUAGGUCUUCCAAAUUUUUUAUUAUUAUUGAGCAUUCAUGAUGGUUUGUGCUCAUGAUGAUGGUAUCAAUACUGUUUGCACCUUUAGAGGUUUCCCAGUGGACCUACUGCUUCAUUCCCAAUCAGUUUAUGCUUCAUAGUUUCCUUCUGAAAUCUUUUAACAUUCUGUAUCACUGAUGUUCUCGUUUAUUGCCCCCAACUUGUGUUGCACUGAAUGAAUGAACUUUAUUACAGUCACAGACGAGGAUAAAAAAACAACAACAUAUAAAUAAAAUAGCAGUUAGGAUUUUUUUUUUAACUGUUAAAUGUUGGAGCAAAUAAGAACAAAGAAACAAGCACAGGAUAAAACAUCUGAAUAAAAUACAAGAUUAAACACAGAUAAUGGAUGGAUAAAAACUGAUAAUUAAAACAGAUAAGAACUAAAAACAAAUAAAAACAUGCAGUUAAAACAACUGUAAGAGCGUAAGAACUAAAAGACUCGCAGUUAAAACAACUGUAAGAGGCUGCAGAGUAGAAGCCUCUGAAAUAGAUGACACUCACAGCAUUAGAAACUGAUGUGCAAAUAUGGUUAAAACAGACAAUUAAAACAAUGUACAACAAUAAACUAUCCCAGGGGGUUGACUCAGAGUCACCCAUGGAACCGAGUUUGGGGAUUUCCAUGCCGGACUAUUUUGAGUUGGGCGAUGGUCUGCGCCUACAGAUUUGUACACAGAAUCUGGCGACCAUCCAGGUCUUCUUCUGAUCUUUGCCUAACAGCAAAAGGUCAAAUUUUUGCUUUUGUGGGAGGUUGUGUUGCACUGUGUAAGGCAAUUAUUCCAGACGGUAAUAAUUUUAAUGGAGUAAUUUUGGAAAAGCAUUGCAAAACAACUAAUAAAGCAGAAUGAUGUGUGGAGAAUCCAAAGUAAAUUAGCUACUAAUGCUCUAUGAUUGCAUCAGGGACAUACAGCCCUUGCCCCUGCCCCAAAGAAUCCAGUUGGGGUGGGGGGAGGUCCCUAUUUUAGUACUGAAUAGAGUUGUUUUCUUUUCCCUGUCCAAGGUCUUCGUGACCUUUUUGCAGCUCCGUUUCACAAUCUUUUCCAGUAUAACAAUGCUACGCCAACAUUUCUGAAAUAAUCUCUCAAAUAAAAGAAGUUUUGUUAUGCUGGAUGUUCAUAAAGUAGAAAGUUUAGCUGGCUUGGUUUUAUUGGCACUGGGUGAAUAUUGAGGGGGAUGACAACCAAAAGUAGACAGGAAAGUUUUGGAAAUGCUGUCUUUACUUAAGAACCUAACAAGAGCCCCAGUGAAUAACAUCAAAGGUGCAAAUAGUUGAGCGUUCUGUUCUCACAGGGGCCAACCAGAUGUUUGGCACCCUUCUGUCUUGAGAGACAAUGGAGUGUGCCUCCCAGGGUGAAGUCAAAUGACUGCUUUAGCAGAAUCAAAGUAGACCUCUCUGGGGCGCAAGCCUGGCCAGCAGUGUGCAUGGAGGUCCUGGGCUGCCCAGACGACAAGACCCCCCUCUCAACCUCGCUGAUGGAAAGCAGAGCAAGGUGUUUGGCACCAGCUGGGCUGCUGGAGUUGCUGGAAGGAGGCGUACAAGUUGUCGUCUUAGGGACUCCACUCUGGAUUUGUGUAGGGUUUACUCCUUAGCCUUUUCUUCUCCCAAAGAUGUCCCGCAAGGCAGCGAAGCUAUAGGGUCAUAGUUUUCCAUGUCUUCUCCCUUCCCCAUCUGCCCCACUGUAGUCUAUGGGAAGCCCAACAGCACUCCCCUCAGCUCUGAUUCCUAGCACCCCCUGUCUGACAGUGGAGGUGGAACAUAGCAAUCAUGGCUAGCCUUACCCUCCAUGAAUUUGUCUCAUCCAAACAACAAUGAAAACUCAGCUUCUGAAUGAUCGUUUUGUGCUUUUGCUUUCAGUGCCUACAUCUUCUUACAAUGGCUUUGAGUCUGCCAUUGCGCGAGCGUUCCGAUCGGCCAACGAAGAGCAGAUCUGCCUAGUAGCAACAGUUCGUCUCGUCACUCCACAGUUCUUGAAGGUACGCAGUCUCUCUGAUUAGUGCAGUGUUGUCAUAAACCAGGGUAGGGAACUGUUUUCAACCCCGGGGCUGGGGUGGGGGGCUGCAUUUCUUUCCUGGGCCACUUAGUGGUGGGCAGGGCCAAUGGGAAAAGUGGAGCAACAAAUGUGAGUUAUACCUUCGCAUUUUUAGGCUGGUUUCUUCCCACAGUUGCACACUCCUCUCUGCCCUCCAUGCAGGCAAAGCAAUAGGCACUAUUCCAGCCAGGCAAAGUCACUCAAGGUGUGAAUCAGGGGAAGUGAGCAGCAUAGCCAGGGGAGGCUUCUGAGGGCCUGACAGGGAGCCCCAGAGGGCCACAUUGGCCUGCUGGAGCCUGAGGACCCCCACUACUGUCUUAAAGGGGCAGGCUCAGUGGGUGAGAGGGGCAGAAGAAGAGAGCUUCUAAUGAGUUUCACAAGAUCAGCAUCUGUUUGUUAAUUUUAUUUAAGCUAUUUGUAUACUGCUUAAUUACCAAGGCUCCUAACCCACUGUACAUAAAAAAAUUACUGAAACAUCUCAAAAGUCAUAUGAGAAGCUGUGGAACUCUGCCGCUUCAGAAUGCACAUGCAUUUUUCAUAUAACAACUGGCAAAAACCAAACCUCCCCUGAUAUCCUGGUUUUCCACAUAAGCAGGAAGGUUUUGCUUUUGUUUUAGUAUGGGGCAGUACUCCAGAAGUGGUACCAUCCCAGAAUGACUCUUACAUAUGACUUUUUAUGAAUGCAUAGUCCAGUUAUAAGCCCAAAGAAGGUACUUAACACUUGAAGCCAAUUCUCACAAGCAGCAGAUGAGCAAAACCAUUAGCACUUCUGGACUUGCAUGACUGAAUGCUCAUCUAAAUAAACAGGCACACAAGCAAAAUCCCCUGUACAUAGAAAACAUACAUGCAAACGAGAAGAGCUCUAUCCUAGCCAUCUGCCUGAUCUGCUAGUUUUCUUUGGGGGGGAUUAUUGAACCCCACUUCAUAUGAGCCACACCUGUAGCCUGAAGUGGAAUAGUCCAGAUACCAGUUUAAUCACCUUAUCUGCUGAAAGUUGGUUUUGACUGUAGAAUCAUGGGAACUUGACUGAAUUUUCAUACAUCAUGGAUUCAAUCCCCCAACUAGAAACUGGGGCUUAGUUAUAAAAAAUAUAAAAUUGCUCAGUGCAAGGCCUGCUAUGUAACUGUAGCCCUUCUUCCCAGGAGUAUCAGACAUGCCCUUCUGUCUUCUGUCAGCUAGGGUUCACUCAUAGGGCCAUGCUAUUCGCUUCCUUAGCUAUAUACAGCAGCCUGGUAUUUAGGUUCAAGCCUGGUAGCAAGAGGUGAGAAGGAAUUCCAUGCAGGUAGGAGAGAGAGAGAGAGGGAGAGCAUCCCUCCUAAAUGGCCAGCACAGGAAUACAGCAGACUGUUGCAGAACAGACAUAGUUCUCCAUCCCUUGCUCAUCUGGCUAGGAAAGGUUUUGGCAGGCUAGUGGAAUUUGUAGGCUUAUUUGCAAGGCUGUAGGUAAGGGCUAACACAUGGCUACACAGUGAAUCUAUAUGUGGGAUUUCCAAUGCUGGUGCAGAAGCAUCAGGUUGCAUGUUGUUUGUGAUAGAAUAGCCAUGUCCUUUGCCAAGUGAGCCUGCAAACCUUCUCCAUUAUCAUGUCCACUUGAGAUUUCUCAUCCUUGUUGUUCAGCAGCUUUGGGCCAAUAGGUUGUCAUGCUCUCUCUGACACUGACUCAUUUAACAACCUUGGCUAAGUUAAUGCAGCCUUUUGGUCUGCAUCCAUAGAAAAAUAAAAUAAGCAAGGAACGUAGAGGAAUGUAGUUGGGAGCAAUUUUCAUCAGGUUUUUUCAAAGUCCUGCAAACCCAGCAGCCUCAUUCACCAUAUGGCCCAUGUGUUUGUCAGAAAGACGUAUUUGUUUUCCAAGAGCUGCAUUUAUAAAAGGGGGGGGGGAGGAAAGAGGAGGAAAAAACCUUGUCCUACCAUCUGUUUCUGCAGGAACUUUGCAAUGUGGAAGAACCAUGUGAAGAAUUCACAUCGAGACACAGCCUGGAAUGGAAAUUUUUGUUUUUAGACCACAGGUGAGAUGGAUAUGUUUGUUUUAAAUUAAUGCAUUUUUAAGGGGAGGGGAGAAACCACCUCAAGGUGGAAGUGGGGGGGAAGAGUUGGAGAAGACAAACUCAUCUUAAUUCCUAACCAGGAUUUGGAUUCAUAGUCGAAUUAAGUAAAUUUGAGAGCAUUAAAAUUGACACAUUGGGUCAAAUGUUUAUUAGUUCAGCAUUCUCUCCUUUCACAACAUCUGCUAUUGAUUCCCCAAGUUAUAAUACUCAGAUGUUAAGAGUUGGUUCCAAAGAUUCCCUUUUUAUAAUAGAAGGGCUUCCGUAACCCAAGGAAUGUAUUUUUUUAAUCUACCUUAUUUUGUCGCAGAGUAUGGAGGUUGCAUUUGUGACUACCAUUGCUCACAGCCUAGCAGACACAGAGCUAUGCUUCAUAUGCUUAUCUUAACAUUUCAAAAACACUGUGUGAAUGUGUGUAUGACCUUUGCAGCAUCUUGUGGCCAUGAGUUCCAUAGGUAAAUUGCACGCUCGGUAAAUAAUUGCUCCCGUUUCUGUAAAGGAAACAAUGACCAAGUUUGGCAGAAAGGUCUGAAGGUGGGGUGGGGCUUCUUGAACACAUUUAACUAAACACACUUAGAAAUUUCCAUGCACCUGUGAUCUCUGACUUUUCAGGAUUUGUGCCUAAUGCACAAAGGCCUGAGAGAAGCCCUGUGCAUGCAGUAGAAAUAUGCCUCCUUGCUCCUCUACACAUGUUUAACGCUUGUGUAUUCUGUCAAAGCAUUUGAAGACAACUCUGAUUAAGGUUUCACCUUCUGGUUUAUAUGCACAACCUGUUGUUUGACUAAUGAAUGUGCCUUUGGGGUGAAGCCAGACCAUUGGAGAGAUACAGCACCUACUGUAGGCCAAUAUGGGAGAGACAUGUUUUGUUGCAGCUGCGGCACAUGAAUUGCACAACCAUCAUUCUACAAUAUGUGGGAAAGCAAGGGUAGUUAUCACUCGCGGCUGCACUUCACACCCACUAAACCAUGGUUUAACGAGACAUGUCGGAGCAGGAAAAGAGAAAAUGAGAGUCUUGAGAGUGCAUAGUUCUGCCUCCCACACAGCCAGAAGUAGAACAUAGGUUUUGGCUUCUGUUUAAAACAAGCUGAAGAAACCAUGUUUUGAAGUUAGCUUCUGUUGAAGCUGUCGAGGGUUUGUUACUAACUGCACCCCGUCUCUGUGCAAAACAAGCCAAGGGAAAAUGAGAAAAACCUGCUAAAAUCUUCCUCUUGACCACAUGGGAGGAGGAGAGUGGAGAGGUUGACUUACUAUACUUCAAAUCAGAUCCUUAGCUAAUGAAAUUGAUGUGGUAUGAAACUGGGCCAGAAUUCUUUUAUAUUCUUAUUAAAAAGAUCUAGUUGAUUUAUAGACCUCUUAGUAUGUUUUUCUAUUAAAAGGUCUAAUCUGCCAAGACAAUACAAGCAAGUAAUUUGCAAUAAAGUAAUAAACCAUACACGGGCAGCCCUAAAUAAUUUACAUGGAAAGGGGAGAAUUACAAAGACAAGAUAUGGAUUGUAUACAGUUCUCUGGGGGGGGGGGAGUAUUGUGGGAAACUGUUUUACUAUUUUAAACAAAAAAAGUCACAGGAAGUCCUUCCUUGAGGCAGUGGUGUGAAACCACUCAUAUACAGUGGUACCUCAGGUUACAUACACUUCAGGUUACAGACUCCGCUAACCCAGAAAUAUUACCUUGGGUUAAGAACUUUGCUUCAGGAUGAGAACAGAAAUUGUUCAGCGGUGGCACAGCGGUAGCAGGAGGCCCCAUUAGCUAAAGUGGUGCUUCAGGUUAAGAACAGUUUCAGGUUAAGAACAGACCUCCAGAAUGAAUUAAGUUCUUAACCCGAGGUACCACUGUACUCAGCCUCUCCCAAUUGGAUGCAUAUUAUUCAUGCUGUCUAGGCAUGGCUAUCCUAGCUUUCAGAAUCCACAGAAAAAAGUAGUGUAUGUUUCAAAGUACAGUUGUACCUUGGAAGUCGAACAGAAUCCAUUCCAGAAGUCCGUUCAACUUCCAAAACAUUCAGAAAUAGGAUUGCCAUAUUUCCAAAAAAAUGAAAAUCUAGACACAAAAGUUGUUGAGCUUUUUAAGGAAAUUCGGCAAAAUAAUAGACUUCCUGGGCAUUUCAGCGAUUUCCAUCACUGCUUCCAACUGCCAUAUUCCAGUUAUGUCCAGGAAAUUCCGGACAUAUAGCAAAACUGAUCCUCCAGACUAGAAGAUACUGACCAAGGGCUGUGGCUCUUUAAAGCUCGCUUUGAAGCCAUAGUUUCCAGUUCAUGUGCAAUGGGAAGUUAUGGUUCACUGUGGUUCCUGGUUUGUUUUGAUAACUCAUGUGGAAGAAGGAGCAAAGUGUCAGCAAAGGAACUGCAUCCAGGCAUAUAGCCUGACUUAUAAAGCUAGAUUUGAUCGGGUGAACAUGGGUUUUGUGUGGGAUGGGGCAGGUUAAUACAGUGUCUUUACAGACUUGUGUAUGUGUGUGCAUGGAUGUGCAAUAUCCUCCUUUUGCUGUUUUAUUUGCAUUACUUGUCCUUAAGCUCCAUUUUCCCAAUAGUACAAUAGGACACUGCAAUUUCUGUGUUACUUAUUCUUGCAUUUCGUACCAUGCUGAGUCACCAGUUUCCUAUUCGGAAAUCCUAAGAAGAAUGCCCAAAUUCCAAGCAGCACAGGAAGUUACAAAUAUCCUAAGCAAUGAAUAACCUAAAAAUGAGGGGGUAUGCUUUUCAGCUUGUACUGCUAAUACGCCAACUCAUUAGCAGAUCACAGCUAGGUAACUGUUAAUACUUUUGUUAUUACUUGAAGGAUCUGUUCUCCUUCAACAGUACAGACAGUUCUGAAAUCACUUUACGAUCUCUCCACAGCAUUUUCUGGCAAUUCGUUAACAACAUGGCCUUGUAUUUAUAAGUGCUGGACCAAAAAGAAAGUUUGACUUUUGCAGCGAAUUAGGGGUUUUUUUGGGGGGGAAGAUUUUUAGUGAGGUAAAAGAAAUGCUACAAAAUUUGGGAACCUGAUAAUAUUACCUAAACAAAGUGUAAUCAAAGACACUUGUAAUUCGUGAUCCUAUGCAUGCGUACUCAGAAGCCUCUUUGAGUUUUCUUAGGACUGCAGCCUUGAUAAACUUCUCUAUGGGAAAUAAUUGGCUUUGCAUCAGAGCAACUUUCUGCAACCUGGUGCCUUCCUGGUUUUUUAGACUACAGCUAUGUACACACCCCACCACUCAAAGCUUUAUGACUGAGUGGGGGUUUGAGCCCACAUCUCCCAGGUUUUAAUCCAACACAAACCACUAUAACAUAGUGCCUCUUUAUGCAAAGAUGCAUAGGAUUGCAUGGUUAGUGAGAUAGUCCCUCAGGCAAAUAUGGAAGCACUCAGUAGUUUUGCUCUGGUGUUCCAUAAACAUCUAUCGAUAUGCAUUCCAUUGCCAACAUAAGAAGAGUCCUGCUAGAUUAGUGAAGCCCAAAAUCAGGAUGGAGACAAGCAACUAAUACUCAUUGAGGUUGAGGUCAUGCUGCCUCUCAACCUGAAUAUUCCAUUUAGUCAACUUACGCAUGUAUUCCGGUAGUGAACUUAUUGUCCCAAGAGUGGAUCCUUUCUGUAGCCGAAACAGCACCAUCCACGCACAAGGGAGCCCCAAGACGUUCAGAAGUACAAAUAAAAAGUUUAAGGGCCCUAAUGGAGGGAAAUCUUAACAUCAGCCCAGUGAGGACUGACCAUGCUAAAUAGCCAUGGAAUGUCUAGCUGAAUGCUGAAGAUGGGAAAGUAAGGCAGGUGGAAUGGAACAACCUGGAAAAGGGCAUGUUUGGCUGGAAACCUGAGCAGGAAUAGUUUAUACUGCAACGUUGUGUUCAGAUUUUGCUUGUCAGUGUCUAGCAGCUACUGAUAGACCUUUUUUUCCUGCAUGAAGCUCUGCUUCACACAUACAGUAGGAUGGCUCACCUGUUGUGAGCCACAAUUUCCAUCAUUCCUCACAAUUGGCCACCCUGGGAAAAUCUGGAGGGCCACAGGUUAGGCAGUCCUGUUAUACAAAGACAACCCAUUCAGCCAGUUGUAGGUCUCCAAUGAGCAUAUCUGUGUGAAAUCUUUGAAAAUAUUAGGCAUAAACCUAAGAAACACACAUAACAUGCCUUCAUAUUUCUUGUACCAUUUUUGCGGGGGAGGGAAGUAUUCACUUUGGGUUGAUUCCCGUUGCCCCAAUAUGUAGCACACUUUGCAACGCACUGCCCCCCCCAGCUGAAUUAAAUCUCGCUGGUUUUUAUAACCCAUUUGUAGGUUGCUUUGUGACACUUGCCUUUCCUCUUGCAAAAAGCAUACUGAGAGUGACUAAAAGGAAGGAAGAUGUUAUUCUGUUAUGCAAUAAAAAGCCUCCAGCUUGUUCUUGUGAAUGCCGUAAUUUCUAAGAGCAUUAACUGUUUCCUCAGUGCAUACGCACACAUCUCUACCCUGAAUUGUUUGCUCAAAACUGUGCAGAAUUUACUGUUAACUGUUCCUUCUGAGAGCCGACACAAGCUCUUUGUUGAAAGAGUGUUUGCAGUCCUGUGCAUAUUUUUACUUACCUGGGAGUGCAAAGCAAGACUCAGGUUUUAGUAAACAAGUUUCGGCUUGUGCUGAAAGGCAGGACUGAGGGCAUGAAUGUGUAGAUUGCCAAAUUAUGCCUUAUGUGGAAGGGAAGGAUAUGUUGUUCUGCUUGCAACUUAUAUAUUGGCCUGUUCUUACGUGUAAUCAGAACAAUUAUGCAGGAGUCAUUGUAUACAUUUUGUCACACAGCUGUUUGAAGAUUAUUCCCUGACCAUAGGAGACUUGGCUUAAUGAAAAGCUUUCCCCAGUGGUGGUGGCUGUGCUCACAGACAAGUUUGCUGUGGUUUGUUGAGAUUGGGGUUGGUGUGAGAAGUGGAGAAACGACUCAGCCUACUAGUCUAGUAUGCCCUUAACAGCAGGUUGAUUUGAUAGGUGGCCAUAGAUGAAGCUUCUCCAGGCAGGGACAAAUUCACAGCUAGAGCUCCACUAGCGCUGGUUUGAUCCCCAUAUGGGCCAACUGCAUAUUCCUGCAUAUGCAGGGGGUUGGACUAGAUGACCCUCAGGGUCCUUUCCAACUCUACAAUUACAAGAUACUAUGAACAGCUGGGGUUUUGGGGAAUUGUAGUCCAACAGCAUUUGGAGGGCCAUAGGACCCCUACUGCUGUGUUAAAAGGUGAUUGUUAGCUUAAUUGAUGGAGGGAACCUCUAUCAAUGGCUGCCAGCCAUGAUGACUGUAAGGGACAUUUAAAUUCAGAAACAGUAAUAAUAAUUAAUUUAAUUUAUUAAAACGAAACUUAAAAAUUAAAAGAUGGUUAAAAACAAAUAUCACCUGUUAUCAUGAUUUACCCUUACUUUGCAUGGUUUCUUCCAUAUUAUUAUUAUUAUUAUUAUUAUUAUUAUUAUUAUUAUUAUAAAACAACUUCACAUAAAUUGUUCCUUCUCUGCUUUUCAUGGGGGACUGGCGGACGAGGAGCUAGGGAGGAAACGGAAGCCCCAGACUUCUGACCACAGCAAAUCCCCUGGUUUUGGCCAUGUGCUUUUAAGACUAUGUGCUCAUAAUGGGUAGAAAUAUUCUUUGUUUAAACAAAAGGGUUGGGAGUCUUAGGAAGCAGCUUCUAUAAUCAUGGCAUGUACACACAGCACUAACCGUAGUGCACAAAUUGUUUCGUUCCCCAUCUGGGAACCCUGAGCGUCUGUCAACUUAUAAAACCUCUCAGGCAUUUGGUAAUGAAUGACUCACUUCCCUCUCCCCAUUUGCUGCUUAAAUCCCAAGAAGUGAGUAAACUCCUUAACGACAUACGUAGGAAGCUGACUUAACAUCGGCUCAGGCCAUUGGCCCAUUUAGACUAGUAGGGUGAGUUCUGAUUGGCUCUCUCAAGGCUUAAGGCGGGUUUCUUUUAACAACAAUAAUUAUUUACAUUGCCAUUCAUCCUCUUAAGCAAUCUCUCUUUAGCGCUAGCUAAGAUAUGGUGCAAUCCUAUGCUGUCUAUCCAGGAGUAAGCUCCAUUGAAUUCAGUAGGACUUGUUUCCAAGCAUAUUGUAGAUAAGAUUGCAACCAACACAUCUUUCUUGCAAGACAUGAUAAAAUAAUUUCAGGAUAAUGCUCCCCCCCCCCCCCCACUAAAGAGCUCUCAAAACGGCAAACUUUGUACUCACAGCUUUCCUCCCUUCUUGUUCCAGGGCCCCACCUAUUAUAGGUUAUUUACCCUUUGAGGUGCUUGGGACUUCAGGUUAUGACUAUUACCAUGCAGACGACCUGGAACUUCUUGCUCGGUGCCACGAACACUGUAAGUGUCUCUAUUCACUAUGUGCAAUGGACUGUCAGAUGUGUGUGUUUUAAUUGCAUUUCUCGUUCUCUCUCUCCACCCUCCACCCUAAGCUUAGGACACCUGUGCAAAUCACUGCAGCCAUACGAAAACCAUUUGUGAUGGAAAACUUAACUGUAAAAUGAUGUCAACCCAGAGACAAAUUAGACUGGACAUUAAACCUAUAUUUGCAUUUAGCAUGCAGGGUUGUUUGGCUGUUGCUGUUUUUUAAAAUGCAGAUUGUAUUAGCUGGGAGUACUGAUAAUGAAUGGAAUUAGAACAGGCAUAAAGGGAAUUUACUCUGCCUUAUUUGCCUUAUUUGAAGUUAGUAUCUUCACUGGGAGGAAAUAUCCCUCCCCUGCCGCCAUUGGGUUUUUCUGGAAUUGGGAGAAAAACUCUCACUGGCUCAAACACAAAUAGCAGUUUCAAAGGACGGAUGGAAAUCCAUAUUAUUAUCAGCCUAAACCCCCAGAUGGAGCUGCUAUUAUAAUUGUAAUGUGUUUAUUUGUUUUAACAUUGUCUAUUCUGUUGUAAUCUGCCCUGGGACCUUAAGGUGAGGGGUGUGUACGAAAUUGUGAGAAGCAGGAAAGAAAUCAUGUAAAAAAAAAGAAAGAAAAUGAAAACAUACAAACAAAUUAAUAGUUGCAUUUUUAAAAGUGUGCAUGCUAAAAGCAAAGAUGUAUUUAACGUCAAAUCUAGUUUGGGACUCAGCCUUCUUAUGUUACCUCUGUACCACCUGUGUUUUUGAAGCUGUAUGUUUGAAGAGACAUAGCCUUUAUUAUUAAUACCUUACUUUGCUCAGUGGUUUGCAAGGCACAUGCAUAUAUAUAUAUAUAUAUAUAUAUAUAUAUAUAUAUAUAUAUAUAUACUCUUCAUACAUAGGAUGAUUUCUCUUGGAUCUUGUAACGAUGGACCCAAAAAGCCCCGGCAGUAUUUGGUUUCCACAUGAAAUCUCCAGCAGACCAAUAGAUGUAUUUUUGCUGCAGGGACUGAAGGGAGAAAAAUUAAACUGAUCUCUGCUGCAGUGCUCACCCUAACUCCUGGCAGUGUCUGGAUUGCAUGACCUGUUACAGAGUGUGCUGGAUGUUCUCGUUAACCAGAUUAAGAGGCGUACUUAACUCCCUGCCAAGUUUUGUUGUUCGCUUCUCUUUUAGGUCUCCUCAGGCCUUCGCAGACCCUGGCUGUCUCUCUGUAACUGCAGAGGGUCUAGGCUGCUUGCUAAUACUUUGGGGUGGAGUGGCUGAUCCCCCCCCCAUUAGUGCUGCUACUAUGCCUCUAACGGCAGCCCAAUGCAUGUAAAUUUAACACGUGGAACUAGAUGCCACCCAAACCCCAGGAUGCCAGACUUUUGUGUAUGCCAAGCUGCUAUUAACAUAGAAGAGGAGAGCCUGUAGGAAAAAGGGGCAGCUCUCACUUUGGGGUUGAAGCUGGAGGAGAUAGAAAUAUAUGAACAUCUUGCAUUUUGUUACUUGUCAUUGUUAGGAAGCUUUUUGAUAUGUUUGUUUGUUUGUUUGUUUUGAUCAGGGUGUGGGGUAAUUGCAGCAUUUAGGAGCUUCAGAUUUCAGCUGCUUUUCUCAGGGUUCUUCGCUUUGCCAGUGUAUUGGGGAAUUGUUUACUCAAGUGCAAAUCCCUGCAGUGCUAACACAGGAUUCUUUCUGAUCAACUCUAUGUAGAGUUGCCUGGUUGCAACACAAAGAUUCGUGCUGAAGCUUUAGAAUUACAGUGGUACCUCGGGUUACAUACGCUUCAGGUUACAUACACUUCAGGUUACAGACUCUGCUAACCCAGAAAUAGUACCUCGGGUUAAGAACUUUGCUUCAGGAUGAGAACAGAAAUUGCGCGGCAGCAGUGGGAGGCCCCAUUAGCUGAAGUGGUACCUCAGGUUAAGAACAGUUUCAGGUUAAGAACGGACCUCUAGAACGAAUUAGGUUCUUAACCUGAGGUACCACUGUGCUAGUUAAUUAGGACUGCUGGAGUGAGUUGGGCUCCCAUCAUUUCAAAGAAGCGGAACCUAUGGCUCUCCAUGUGUAUUGGACUCCAACUCCCAUCAGCGUUACCAAUAAACACAGGUGAUGGGACUUGGAAUCCCCAACUCUGCCCAGCAGUAAAAGGGGGAAAAGAGUGUACAACACAGAGACAAUAAUAAUGUUGCAGCUCUCAGGGAAGAAGCACCAAACAGCUAUUUGUUUUUCAGGUUCUUGAGAAGUCCUACUACCCUUGUUUUUUCAAACAAACAAACAAACAAACAAACAAACAAGCAAGCAAGCAUACCCCAGACUUGAUUUUUCUUGAAACCUUGGAAUUAUUUGAGUUUGGUGGGUCACAAAAUGUACAAGCCCCUUAUGGAUGGACAGAGCAACUUGCCAGUGUGCAGUCUAGCAACUGUGCUCUUGUCUUUCAGCUGAUGUGGGAGGUGAGGGGGGCAGGCCUGUUUACAAUUUUCGAAGUGCGAAAGCUGUGAACAUUUUGAAUUAGCAGCUAUGCUUUUGCUUUUCAGAUCAAAUCUCUGCCUCUUUCCAUUUUCCUGCUCUGAAAAUAGACAGAGGUGUACUUAGAUGGUUUGAAAAGGAGGCAGUGAAUUUCUGACAGCAACAGCCCCCCCUCCCCCUGGCUGAAAAACAAGCUUAAAAGUCAGAGCAGAGUGCAAAAGCGGCUCCAGAUAUGGCAGGGCAGGAAUAGAAGUGGAGCCAGGAGAUAUUUGAAGGUACUGAGGAGUCAGAAUCCUACCUGACACGUUCAAACUUUUUUAGACAGGCCUUUUAUUCACUCUAUAUGAAUUUUGGCCCUUACAAUGGGUGUUAUUUUGGCAUGCACAGGGAUUAUGCACAGCUUUUUAUGCACACGUCUGGAAGAGCAUUAAUGUUUCUCCAGAUCAAAGAUUACAAAAAGCCUAAUACGUUGGUGAUGUUAACUAAGUGGUUGUUUUCAUAUGCAGUGAUGCAGUUUGGAAAAGGCAAGUCCUGCUACUACAGGUUCUUAACCAAAGGCCAGCAAUGGAUAUGGUUACAAACACAGUACUACGUCACUUAUCAUCAGUGGAACUCCAAGCCUGAGUUUAUUGUGUGCACCCACACGGUUGUUAGGUAAGAAACGGCACACAAUUUCUGCUGCCAUUUAUCUGCGUCUUCAGCUAUGUCUGUUCAAAUAUUUGGCUAUGUGUAUUGGCUCGAUAAGGCGCUCCGUUAUAUAAAAUGAUUAGGGUUGGGAAGUGGGGGAGAAUGUCACUGUAUUUUUAUUACUCUUUUAUUUUUGGCAGCCGAAAGAGAAGCCUAGAAACAGUAUCAGCUGCCAAUUUUACUCUGUUCUAGAGGGUCCCCUCUCCCAAGCAAUUUAAUGGGUAAAUGAGAAAAACUGAUAACAGGCAGCAGCACAAUUAGCAACUUUUAAAGCAAAUGGUUCUUUAGAAUAAAAUCAUUUCUCCCUGUCUGUCAUCGUAUUAUAUAUUAAUGAUGGCUGCAUUCAAAUGCAAAGGUAGAAUGUGAUUUAGUGCUGUGCUGCUUGAAGAGUUAUAAAUAUAAUAAGGAGUUAUAAAUGUAAUAAACAUUAUGACAAUGAGCAGCAGCAGCUCAUAUACUCUCCUCCUCAUGAGUGAGGGGGAGAGCAGAAGCUUUUGCUUCCAGUUUAGGAUAGUCACAAUUUAUUCUGAUGCCUGAAGCCAUGGAGACUGUGGUUAGGCUUAGCUGUGAUAAGUGGCUUUGACCAUAGUUUACAAAGCAGGCUCCCCUCCCUCCGCCCCGUAACCAUUGUUAAGAUUCACUAUAGUUUAGGAUUUAGACACAAUCUAUAAUGGAAGUGGAAGCUUCUGAUCUCUUCCUUGUGACUUCACCAGAAUGGGAAACUGUGUAAGGCCAGUGCUUGCCACAGCACAAACUGGCUAUGGUAAACCAUGGUUUAGCGUUAUGUGCAAAUUGGGGCAACUAUGAUGUUGUUACAGCAGGCAUUCAAUGAGUUUUGGGCAGAUUUUGCCUGAUCUCCCUUUGCUCUUACAUUUGUUUUUAUAGCAUUGGUUUUUCAGACAUGUUUUAUAAUUGCAGAUUGUUUUAAGCCACUCUGAGCACUGUUCUUACAGUGAAUGGGUGGGAUAUAUAAAAAAAGGGGGGGUCUCUUAAAGCCCUGUAAGUCACUCCAGUUAAAGAUUUUAGAUUACCUAAGAGAGCCGCUGCCAGUCAAACUGUUGGGCUUGAUGGACCAUCAAUCUGACUUCUUAUGAGACAGCUGUCACAUAGUCCCAUUGCUCUGAUCCAAAGUCAGUGUUCGCCGUAGGAAAGUACUGUGCUAGUGGUGAAACUGGGUGGAAUCAUUAAUGGCAUACAAGCUUCUGCAAAAGGCUACUUUGCCUACCUCUUUGUCUGAUCUUCUGCUGAAAUGUAUAGUCACUAAGGGUGAUGGGUGAGUUUUGGUGAGAAUCCUAUAUGACAAACUGAGUGUGCACUCUAGAACAUCCUUUCCGAACCUGGUGCCCUCUAGAUAUUAUGGACUACAGUUCUCAUCAUAGUUCCUUGCAUCCCCAGUGGUCAGGGAUAAUGAGAAUUGUAGCCAGCAACAUCUGGAGUGCCAUAGGUUCAUGACAACCACUCCUGCUGUGUGGAUCCAUUCAGCCUUUAUGACCAGAUCUUGAGUGUGCCAUUGCAUUCCAAGAUAUGAUUGGCAUCACGCAAGAGGGCUGUCUCUGAGGUGGUGCCCCAACUGUGGAAACCCUAACCCAACUUCUCUAUUCUUUUCCUUUCCUAUACAUAUAUAUCACACACACACAUAUAUAGUUAUGCUGAGGUUCGAGCUGAAAGAAGAAGAGAUCUUGGCCUUGAAGAGUCAUCCAUUGAACUAGCAUCUUCGUCUUUGAAGGUAUUGUGUGCUGGGAUGAGCAAGUAAGAGCUGUUAGAAAUGUGUUUUUGCUCCUGGUGGCAAGAUGGCAUUUUGGGGACAUGAGAACCAUCAUCAGCAUCAACAUCAUUAGUUCCUCCAGGUGUUACUGGACUCCAUCGCUCCCACCCAGUCAAGGAUGCUGGGAGUUGUAGAAUAGCAACUUCUGGAGGGUGCCAGGCUUCCCAUCUUGGCAGCAGCUCUUCCAGGUUUUGUUAGGAUGCAAUUAGUCUUUUUCUAAGCUUCCCCCUCCCCCUCCCCCAAAAUAUUUUGAUAUAUGAUGCCAGGGAUUGAAGCAGGAUAGGAAUGGCCUAAAAAGUUACAUCUGGAACCCUUUUUUGGGGGGGGGAACGACAUUUGGGUGAGGGACUAAGGUGGGGAGAAAACUCUGGAUUCCAAAGUUGGGUGAGCAGGGCUGGGCAUUCAUGUGCGCCGGGGUGUGUGUGUGUGUUACACAUGGCAGUGGUUACAGGUAAAAGCUGGUCUAUGGAGGAAGCCAGAUUCCACUGAUUUAAGUAGCUUCAAAAGGGAGGGGAGAUUUGAAAGUCUACCUGACAGCUCCCAGAGUCUGUUACUGAUAAAAGUUGGCAGUUACUUUCAUAGGUUGAGCCUUUUUAUCAGAGUCAUUUGAUAGUUAGAGCUCCUACUCACACAGCAGAGACUCAGUGGAGACUUGACCAGGUGCCAUCAUCUCCCGGAAGUCUGUUUAAUACUAUUUUUUAAAAAAACAGAAGAAGAAGGAAACUUUCUCCCCUCCCUCACCCACAUGAAUGUUGCUGAUUUUCCUACUCCUACUGUUGAAAAGAAAGAUUUGUCGAAGGUGGGACGGGGACCUUUGUGCCGGGAAUGGCACAGGAAAAGCCCCUCUGGGUCAGAUCCAUGCCCCACCCAGCCUAGCAUCCUGUUCUCUCGGUGGCCAGCCACAUUCCUGGAGGAAACCCACAAACAGGACCUGUUUUCUGCCUCUGAGCUACGGAUAGCAUAUAAUGUGUACAGUUCCAUGCUACCCAUACAUGGAAUGAGAUGACUGGAGGCCAGUUGGCAGCAUUUCCAGAAGCUACAUCUUUAGGACUUUUAUGCUGAAUCACCUGUUCUAGCCAGACAAAGAUUGGAAGCGAAGGAAUGAUUUAUUGAUCUGUUUUCUCUCUGGAUUGCUGCUGUGUUUUUAAAGGCUAGGCAGAAUGCUGUCCAGAGGGUGGGCAGAGCUGUGGUCAUGACAACAGUUUCCAUUGCCUUUUUUUUUAAAAGAAAAGAAAUCAAUCGGGCAUCGUCAUAGCCUGCCCAGUUAAUAGGGUCAACUCAGUUAACAUUUUAAAAAUAAACCUUGCCAGGGUUUUCAUAAUGAGAUGCCGAAGCAGCACCAGAAAUAAAAUCCAGCGAAAUGGAUCCACGCAUCCAACUACCAAGUUGUCAGGUGAUGUGCUUGCCUGUUCGAAUUGGCUCUGUGGCUGCCCCUUUGCCAUAUCAUCACAGAGGCAUACAUUAGGGUAGGGGGCCCUUCACAGUCGUGGCAGUUCCUGCGCUGCGUCACACUAACAUACAGCUGACCCACAGAAUUCACACUGCCGGCUGGCACCAUCACUGGUCUCUGUGUGAUCAGGAUCAUUAAUCUUUUAUCCUGUUUUGUUCAGUGGUUAAACACGGACACCACCCACCCCAGUGUUCUCUACAGAACCCCUCAAAGUUGUACUUUUGUUGUGGAGAGCAGACUUAAUGUUUUGUACUUGCGAGGUAAUUGCAUUUCCCCAAGGUAAUGGAAUCAAUAUUGUGUUUGCUACGUGGGAGGUUGUUGAAUGUGAUUGUACAGGCAACAUGAUGUUCGAAUCCUAUACAUUAACUUAAACGGAGGGCUAACUAGAAUUGGCCUAAAUACAGCGAGGCCAUUUUGCUGCUACGUCUGAUGGGAGCUACCAAUUAAGGGGCUAAUGAAGCUCACGAAGGAUAUUGCCAGUAAACUGACUGAUUCCUUUUUCACCUUCCAUACUCAUUCCACUCUCCGUAAUAUGAGUCCUCAGCAACCCUAUUUUUCUAGUUGGCCUCCCUAAUUUGGCCAUUUAUUCAUUAAUUCUGCAUAUACUGUUGAAAGCCUGUGACAUGUUGAGAGAAAGUGGGCAGAAGGGAGCUAAUUAUAAAAGAGCAUUUCUAUUUUUAUGCACGACUCUGUCGUCAUACAGCAGUGAUGGGUAAAAGCGAUAGGGGAGCAGAAGGACAGAAAAGCCACAAUGUCGUACCAUGGAAAAUGCACCUGGUGCUUGGCAACAGACAGCCUUUCCACCUAUUUCCCAUAGCAGUGAUAUGAACCAGUUCACCUGCAGGUAGCAGGUUUCUGUUCUUGCAGAUAUACUGCAUUGCCAUGGAUUCACAGACAACUUUGUUGCUUUACCAUUGGGAUUAUAUUUCCGAGAGAUGCCUAUGUGUCAAGUAAAACAUAAACCCAGGGCACUCCCCCCCCCCCGCCACAGCUGGAACUCACUGCAGCUCAGGUCCGGCAGCUCUCAGGUGCGCACCGUUGCCAUUGUAAGAGAACAAGGGAGGCCUUCAUAGUUCCGGCGCCUCUUUAAUUUCCUAGAAAAAUAGCACUUAGAUAAACCUAAGACAGGAGUGAGGAACUUGUGGCCCUCCAGAUGUUGUUAGAUUCCCAACUCCCAUCACCGCCACCCAGCAUGGCAGAGGUCGAGAAUGAUGGGAGUUGUAGCCCGGAGACACACUUGGGAGAAGGUGGAAAGAGGAAUUGAAAAAUCAUUUGCUCCAAAGAGGGCAAUCUACCUCCAUGUUGGAAGAGCAGUGCUUUGCUGCUUUUGCUGUUGUUUGUUAAGCAUGUGCUGAUCUCUGCUGCUAACGAUACGAUGCUUUCUUUCUCCUGGGCUUGCCUCUUUCCAGAGUCACGGUAGCUACAUUGAUAUCCGGCAAUGUGUAACCAACCAAGAAGCCAGCCGGGAAAGGGUGUCGGUGUCAUCUCAUAGCUCUCGCCGAUCUUCUCACACAGCGCUCUCAGACUCUGCAUGUAGGUAUCACAUGGGACAGCUGUGAUACCAAAGGGUGGUUGUGGUUCUAAUGCAGCUGAGCAGCAUUGGAGUCAGCCCAUCCUUCCCUGAUUCAGUUUUCCUUUGCCACUCUCCAUCCUCUAUAACAGGACGGAGGCAGGCAGUUGGGUCUGGAGCAGAUGGGUCAGGAGCCUUGGAUUAAUCCAGUUGUUUCUCCCAACCACUUCAGAGUAUCCCUUGGCAGCAUGAAAGCUUUGUGCCUUGGGCUCAUUUGCACGUCCGCUCUCCCCCUGCUAGGUUGGGAGCAGAGACACUGGCAACAGCUCUCCCCCAUGUUUCCCACCUACUCUGGAUUGUGAGGCUAAUUUCUUAGUUCCUCAGGAAGGGGUUUUCGGAUGCUGCCUUGAAAGAUGCUUCUUUUUUUCAGCCACGUCAUCUGUACGGCACACGGAUGCCAGCACCCCUACUAGGCAGUCUUUACCGAUGGGCCAGUCGGACAAAGCACCUCUAAGACUUGCCUCAAGUAGCAGCACACAGGUAAGGAAGCAGCAGCAGCAGCGCUCCUGAGAAAGGAAGCCAGGGAGGGGAUUCACCCAAAGAACAAGAGUGCACAUCUUUAGAACACGAGGAGGAAAGCACCAAUGUUUUCAAAACUUCUAAUCUGAAUUGGUACAGUGUAUCUGAGGCUACAGUACCUAUCCUGGCAUUCAGGUAGUUAGUGGGCAGGUUACCUACAGGUUAUCCAGAGAGUGAGGGGGAAAUGACCUAGAUCCCAGGAGUUGGGAUUGCUCAAUUAGUAGUACAUGAGACUCUUAGGGUUGUAGGUUCGAGCCCCACUCUGGGCAAAAUAUUCCUGUAUUGCAGGGGGUUGGACUAAAUGACCCUCGUGGUCCCAUCCAACUCUUCUGUUAUUCUAUUAUUCUAGUCUGAAUAUGUGCCUUUAACAAGCAGCUUGAUAUUCAGAAAUCAGCAUCAGCAUUUCUGACAAAGUUAAAGCAGGCAUUAUUGCCUGUAGAAUAAGCUGCUGUUGAAAAGCACAUGAGGGGAGAGAGAGAGGCUGGUAAGAAAUAAUAAUAAUAAUAAUAAUAAGUAUUGGCUACAGGGGUCUCUUUUUGACCUGGCCUAGUGGUCAGCUGACCUGCAGAAGUUUCUCACACAGGUAGGUUUUGGGAGUUUUAAGGGUUGUAUAAAGGGACUGAAGGGGAGGGGAUUCAUAGGAACAUUGGGGAUUGCCUUAUACUGAGUGAGUGAGUGAGUGAGUGAGUAAAUAAAGAUAAAAUAAAAAUUAGCAUGAGUUGGUCAAUCUAUCUCUGACUGGCAGUAGUUCUCUUGGGGUUUCUUCAAGCUGUACCGCAAGAUGCUGGACAGAUGUCAAGCUUGGGACAGAUGUUAUACCACUAAGCUGCAGCCACCACAAGUUCUGUAAUGAAUACUGUCCUGGGCUGGGUGCAGAAGUUUAGUCAACACUUUUAACAGGUUAGGAAGGAGAUGGGGCAGGGCAGAUGCUGGGCAUCUAUUCUAAGGUCUUUUGCUUAUCAGAUGCCAAGUAAGAAGGGAAUCUUUUGCUUAGUUCUCAACUAACAUGGUGAAGCUGUGGACUGAACAAUUGUCAACUGCAGGUUUCUGCUUCCAUAACUGAAUGCUGCUCCAUAAAACAAUUUCCCUGUGUAUAGAAGCCUAGGAUUGAAACUUCUUCCUGACAUGCUGAUUCUACUUUUGCAUGGAGGACUGUCCAGUCACAUGCAUCUUAAUUGCCUUAGUAAGAACUAGAGCUUUGAUUAGCAAGGAAAUAUUGUGGCAAAUGUUGUGGCUAGAUAAUCAUAUUCAUCCUUGCACUGGGUGCAUUAUGAUCCCCUAUUUCCCCCCCCCCUCCUGCAGGGUAUUAUAACUCCUCAGACGCCCACUGAACAUCUCGCUGAACAUCUCUCACAGCACCAUAUGGCACAGACGACUGUCCCAGCCCAGCAAGCGGUUAUGGUAUGUUGGGAUGGGGGAGAAACUCCGCAAUUUGGUUCGCAAUUUAAUGCAAGCCUACCUAAUUCACACUUUGCAGAACAAUGUGCUAACUGAAACACAGCUAUCCUUUGCAGUUCACAUUUUCUCCAACCAAUGUGUGCAAAAAUAAGCUGGGUCUUUGGGAGGUCUUUGUAGGUGCUUCCAGUCAGCAUCCCCUUUUAGAUGAACUAGGUCUUCACCUGCCCCACACAUAGUGUCACGUAGGAGGCCUUAAGUUCCCUUCAGAGUGUCAGUAUUUUGUAAGAGGGAUUCGAGCGCAUACCGAAACUUCAGGUUUGCCCAACUGAAGUGGAUUAAAGGGGGUCUGCUUGCCUAGUGUAACACAUCCACUUUUUAAUAUACAAUGGUACCUCGGGUUAAGUACCGUAUUUUUUCCUCUAUAAGACUCACUUUUUUCCUCCUUAAAAGUAAGGGGAAAUGUGUGUGUGUGUUAUGGAGCGAAUGCAGGCUGUGCAGCUAUCCCAGAAGCCAGAACAGCAAGAGGGAUUGCUGCUUUCACUGCACAGCGAUCCCUCUUGCUGUUCUGGCUUCUGAGAUUCAGAAUAUUUUUUUUCUUGUUUUCCUCCUCCGAAAACUAGAUGCGUCUUGUGGUCUGGUGCGUCUUAUAGAGCGAAAAAUACGGCACUUAAUUCGUUCUGGAGGCCUGUUUUUAACCUGAAACUGUUCUUAACCUGAAGCACCACUUUAGCUAAUAGAGCCUCCCGCUGCCGCCGCGCCGCUGGGACACGAUUUCUGUUCUCAUCCCGAAGCAAAGUUCUUAACCCGAGGUACUACUUCUGGGUUAGCGGAAUUUGUAACCUGAAGCGUAUGUAACCUGAAGCGUAUGUAACCUGAGGUACCACUGUAUAUAAAAAGAAAUGCACUGCAAAGCAUAGCUUGGAUGAAUGAUUGACAGGAAGGCAUGUUACACCAUACAAGUGAUUCGGGAUGAAUGCUUGCUGUCAUUUAACUUCCCCACAAGCAAAUCCGAAUGCAUGCUCAACGUCUGCAUGAGGCUUGUGCAAGUAAAUGAAGAUGAAUGCUCAAUAAAUAGAUGAUCUGCAAGAGAUCAUGUUGUCCUUUCUGCAUAUGAAUGUACAGCUUACUAUCUGAAACAGUUCCCAAGCAUUUCCCGCCGCCCCCCCGACAUACGGCUGCAUAGGUUGACAUAUAUUCUUUAAACACCAAUCAAUUUGCAUGUGUCUCCAGUCAUCUCCUCCCUGCAGUCCCAUUUUCCUUCUGAUCUAUAACUUGCUCUCAUUAUAUCUUAGCUCCCUGCUGUUGUUAGGUUUGCAUUGCUUAAAAUAAAACAAAAAUGCAAUAAAAGUGUACCUAAGAAGAAACAAAACACCAACAACCCAGCAGUACCAGGUGAGCCCCAUAGGCGACUGGAGGGCUGCAGUGAUCAUGGUGUCAUAGAGAUUGCUUAAUCCUGCCUGUUGCAGACAGAAGAUUCUGACCUUGACAUGCUUUUGCAUUUGAUUUCGAACAUUGCAACGAUUAGUUUGGAGACCAUUUUGGGGUUUUUUGUCUUUGGUAUUAUUUAUAGCCCAGUAAAAUGUUGGUUACUGGUUUGUUGUUCAACAGAACUGGAAAACAAAUCCUUAAAGCAAAGUUUUAAAAACAAUCACAAUGAGCUCUAUGAGUGGUCUGGGAUCACCUGACACUGCAAAGUUGCUAAAGCUCAGCAGGUGAUAGAUCUGCAGUGUCUUAUAGAGGAGACCACAGGUCCUUUGAGGAAUGCCUGGAACAAUAAGUUACGUUUUUAGCAUGGAGAAGAGGAGGUUAAAGGGAGACAGGAUAGUGGUCGUCUUAAUAUCUGAAGAGCUGUGGACACAGAAACGAUGGAGCAGACUUCAUUACUGCAGAAAGCAGGACCAGAACCCAGUGGGUUGAAAAUUGCAGGAGAAGCAGAUUUCGGCUGAAUGUCGUUAGGUGUAAGAGCUGUUCGAUGAUGGAACAGACUGGUGGUUUCUUCUUCACUGGGCGUUAUUUAGGCUGAGGCUGUCUGGGUUAGCGAUGCUGUAGUUACCUGUUGCAUUGCAGAUUCUUAGGAACAUAGGAAUCUCCCUUUACACUACAUCAGGUCAUCGAUCCGUAUAGCCCAGUUUCUCUGAAGGCGGAAACAAUUUGUUGUUGUUGUUUAGUUGUUUAGUCGUGUCCGACUCUUCGUGACCCCAUGGACCAGAGCACGCCAGGCACUUCUGUCCUCCACUGCCUCCCGCAGUUUGAUCAAACUCAUGCUGGUAGCUUCAAGAACACCAUCCAACCAUCUCAUCCUCUGUCGUCCCCUUCUCCUUGUGCCCUCCAUCUUUCCCAACAUCAGAGUCUUUUCCAGGGAUUCUUCUCUUCUCAUGAGGUGGCCAAAGUAUUGGAGCCUCAGCUUCACGAUCUGUCCUUCCAGUGAGCACUCAGGGCUGAUUUCCUUAAGAAUGGAGAGGUUUGAUCUUCUUGCAGUCCAUGGGACUCUCAAGAGUCUCCUCCAGCACCAUAAUUCAAAAGCAUCAAUUCUUCAGCGAUCAGCCUUCUUUAUGGUCCAGCUCUCACUUCCAUACAUCACUACUGGGAAAACCAUAGCUUUUACUAUACAGACCUUUGUUGGCAAGGUGAUGUCUCUACUUUUUAAGAUGCUGUCUAGGUUUGUCAUUGCCUUUCUCCCAAGAAGCAGGCGUCUUUUAAUUUCGUGACUGCUGUCACCAUCUGCAGUGAUCAUGGAGCCCAAGAAAGUAAAAUCUCUUACUGCCUCCAUUUCUUCCCCUUCUAUUUGCCAGGAGGUGAUGGGACCAGUGGCCAUGAUCUUCGUUUUUUGAUGUUGAGCUUCAGACCAUAUUUUGCGCUCUCCUCUUUCACCCUCAAUAAAAGGUUCUUUAAUUCCUCCUCACUUUCUGCCAUCAAGGUUGUGUCAUCUGCAUAUCCGAGGUUGUUGAUAUUUCUUCUGGCAAUCUUAAUUCCGGCUUCGGAUUCAUCCAGCCCAGCCUUUCGCAUGAUGAAUUCUGCAUAUAAGUUAAAUAAGCAGGGAGACAAUAUACAGCCUUGUCGUACUCCUUUCCCAAUUUUGAACCAAUCAGUUGUUCCAUAUCCAGUUCUAACUGUAGCUUCUUGUCCCACAUAGAGAUUUCUCAGGAGACAGAUGAGGUGAUCAGGCACUCCCAUUUCUUUAAGAACUUGCCAUAGUUUGCUGUGGUCGACACAGUCAAAGGCUUUUGCAUAGUCAAUGAAGCAGAAGUAGAUGUCUUUCUGGAACUCUCUAGCUUUCUCCAUAAUCCAGCGCAUGUUUGCAAUUUGGUCUCUGGUUCCUCUGCCUCUUCUAAAUUCAGCUUGCACUUCUGGGAGUUCUCGGUCCACAUACUGCUUGAGCCUUCCUUGUAGAAUUUUAAGCAUAACCUUGCUAGCGUGUGAAAUGAGUGCAAUUGUGCGGUAGUUGGAGCAUUCUUUGGCACUGCCCUUCUUUGGGAUUGGGAUGUAGACUGAUCUUCACCAAUCCUCUGGCCACUGCUGAGUUUUCCAAACUUGCUGGCAUAUUGAGUGUAGCACCUUAACAGCAUCAUCUUUUAAAAUUUUAAAUAGUUCAGCUGGAAUACCAUCACUUCCACUGGCCUUGUUAUUUGCAGUGCUUUCUAAGGCCCAUUUGACUUCACUCUCCAGGAUGUCUGGCUCAAGGUCAGCAACCACACUACCUGGGGUGUACGAGACAUCCAUAUCUUUCUGGUAUAAUUCCUCUGUGUAUUCUUGCCACCUCUUCUUGAUGUCUUCUGCUUCUGUUAGGUCCUUACCACUUUUGUCCUUUAUUAUGGUAAUCUUUGUACGAAAUGUUCCUUUCAUAUUUCUGAUUUUCUUGAACAGAUCUCUGGUUCUUCCCAUUCUGUUGUUUUCCUCUAUUUCUUUGCAUUGCUCGUUUAAGAAGGCCUUCUUGUCUCUCCUUGCUAUUCUUUGGAAAUCUGCAUUCAAUUUCCUGUAUCUUUCACUAUCUCCCUCGCAUUUUGGUUGCCUUCUCUCCCUCGCUAUUUGUAAGGCCUCAUUGGACAGCCACUUUGCUUUCUUGCAUUUCUUUUUCAUUGGGAUGGUUUUAGUUGCUGCCUCCUGUAUAAUGUUGCGAGCCUCCACCCAUAGUUCUUCAGGCACUCUGUCCAGCAAAUCUAAAUCCUUAAACCUGUUCCUCACUUCCACUGUGUAUUCAUAAGGGAUUUGGUUUAGAUUGUAUCUUACCGGCCCAGUGGUUUUUCCUACUUUCUUCAGUUUAAGCUUGAAUUUUGCUAUAAGAAGCUGAUGAUCUGAGCCACAGUCAGCUCCAGGUCUUGUUUUUGCUGACUGUAUAGAGCUUCUCCAUCUUUGGCUGCAGAGAAUAUAAUCAAUCUGAUUUCGAUGUUGCCCAUCUGGUGAUGUCCAUGUGUAGAGUCGUCUCUUGUGUUGUUGGAAAAGCGUGUUUGUGAUGACCAGCUUGUUCUCUUGACAGAACUCUAUUAGCCUUUGCCCUGCUUCAUUUUGAUCUCCAAGGCCAAACUUGCCAGUUGUUCCUUUUAUCUCUUGAUUCCCUACUUUAGCAUUCCAGUCCCCUAUAAUGAAAAGAACAUCCUUCUUUGGUGUCACUUCUAUAAGGUCUUGUAAGUCUUCAUAGAAUUGGUCAAUUUCAGUUUCUUCAGCACCAGUAGUUGGUGCAUAAACUUGGAUUACUGUGAUGUUAAAAGGUCUGCCUUGGAUUCGUAUCGAGAUCAUUCUAUCAUUUUUGAGAUUGCAUCCCAGUACAGCUUUCGCCACUCUUUUGUUGACUAUAAGGGCCACUCCAUUUCUUUUACGGGUUUCUUGCCCGCAGUAGUAGAUAUGAUAGUCAUCCGAACUGAAUUCGCCCAUUCCCAUCCAUUUUAGUUCACUGAUGCCCAGGAUGUCAGUAUUUAUUCUUGCCAUCUCAUUUUUGACCACAUCCAACUUACCCAGGUUCAUGGUUCUUACAUUCCAGGUUCCUAUGCAGUAUUUUUCUUUACUGCAUUGGACUUUCCUUUCGCUUCCAGGCAUAUCCGCAACUGAGCGUCCAUUCGGCUUUGGCCCAGCCGCUUCAUCAGCUCUGAAUCUACUUGUACUUGUCCUCCGCUCUUCCUCAGUAGCAUGUUGGACACCUACCGACCUGAGGGGCUCAUCUUCCAGCAUCAUAACUUUUAUAUGCCUGUUGUCUUUGUCCAUGGAGUUUUCUUGGCAGGGAUACUGGAGUGGCUUGCCGGUUCCUCCUCCAGGUGGAUCACGUUUGGUCAAAACUCUCCACUAUGACCUGUCCAUCUUGGGUGCCCUGCUCGGCAUAGCUCAUAGCUUCUCUGAGUUAUUCAAGCCCCUUCUCCACGACAAGGCAGUGAUCCAUGAAGGGGGCAGAAACAAUAACUGCAUGUAAAAGUUGCAGAUUGGGUAAUGCUCCUUUCUCUCUCUUUUUUAAAAAAAUGAUAUUUAUUAAAACUUCAAAAGAAAAAGAUCACAUUAAUAAGAAAUUUAACAAUAAAAAGGAAAAAUACAAAGUACAAAGUACAAAAAAGAAAAAACAGUUAAAAACAAUUCCAUCUUUUCAUCACUUCUUUUACAUUUACUUGUUUCCCGGACCUCCUCAUACCUCCCUCUUUUGUAUUCUAAUUCAAUUUGUUAGUCCAGCGAUUCCUUUCCCUCCUUUUUAAUCCUGAUCUUUAAUCUUGAUAUAUUAUAACAUUAAAUUUUUAGAUAUUAAAAACCAAUUUUUCCAUUCUUUUAUACCAUUUACCGCUAGAAACCGCUUAACUUCAAUCCGUCAUCAUUCUAACAUUCAUUGAUUUUGCAAUAUUUCUGUAACUAGUCUUUAAAUUUCUUCCAAUCUUCUUCCACCGACUCUUCUCCCUGGUCUCGGAUUCCUCCAGUCAUUUCCGCCAAUUCCAUAUAGUCCAUCAUUUUCAUCUGCCAUUCCUCCAGUGUGGGUAGAUCUUGUGUCUUCCAAUGUUUUGCAAUAAGUAUUCUUGCUGCUGUUGUAGCAUACAUAAAGAAAGUUCUGUCCUUCUUUAACACUGAUUGGCCGACUAUGCCCAGGAGAAAGGCCUCUGGUUUCUUCAAGAAGGUAUAUUUAAAUACCUUUUUAAUUCAUUAUAAAUCAUCUCCCAGAAAACCUUAAUCCUUGGGCACGUCCACCAAAGGUGAAAGAAUGUACCUUCAGUUUCUUUACAUUUCCAACAUUUGUUAUCGGGCAAAUGGUAGAUUUUUGCAAGCUUGACUGGGGUUAUGUACCACCUGUAUAUCAUUUUCAUAAUAUUCUCUCUUAGGGCAUUACAUGCCGUAAACUUCAUACCUGUGGUCCAUAACUGUUCCCAGUCAGCCAUCAUUAUGUUAUGUCCAACAUCUUGUGCCCAUUUAAUCAUAGCAGAUUUCACCGUUUCAUCCUGAGUAUUCCAUUUCAACAGCAAGUUAUACAUCUUUGACAAAAUCUUAGUUUUGGGUUCUAACAAUUCUGUUUCUAAUUUUGAUUUUUCCACCUGGAAGCCAAUUUUCUUGUCCAAAUUGUAUGCCUCCAUUAUCUGAUAAUAAUGAAGCCAGUCUCGCACUUCGUUUUUUAAUUUUUCAAAACUCUGCAGUUUCAAUCUAUCUCCAUCUUGUUCCAAAAUUUCCUGGUAAUGCUCCUUUCUCAUCUAUGCUUCCAGCCAGUGUAUCACUUCCCAACUCAGAUAGGGAUGAUGCAUCAUUUGAAGGAACAGCUUGAGGAGAGAACGCGCAUAUUGCAGGCUGACAUCAAGACGCAACAAGAGGAACUGCAUGUGAUCAAAGAGCAGCUUCAGCUGGUGCAGGACUCCAAUUUGCAGGUAUUUCCUAUCUAGGGAACCUCAGGCGGGGGGGGGGGGGGGAAUGUGGUUCACAGAUAUUUUGCAAGUCCAUCUGUCCACAUGUGUUCAUGCCAGUCAUUUAUUGUAAAAAUAAAAAAAGUGGUGGGGAUAUCAACUUUUAUAAAGCUUCCCUGACUGCGGAUAAUUAUUACUUGCUAUAGGUGCAACUGUUGAAUGGCCCACACUACAAACCUGAGUGUACUGAAUAAACAUGCUUAAAUCACAUAGAGUUGCACCCCUCUUUUAUAAAUAGCCAAGGGAGAGGGCCUUUUCCAUGUUGGAAUAUAGAAAGCUGUCUUUUAUUUCUUCAUUAAAAUAUUUAUGUACUGCUGCGUCACAACAAUAUAUCACAGCGAUAUAAAAGUUUACAGUAUAAAAACAAUCAAACCAGACUGUAAUAUCAUAAAAAAAGUUUUAAAGAAUUUUAAUAGAAAAGCAGCACUGUAUACAAGUAUUUUAAACAAGUAAAUAAAUAUACUGGCAACACUCUGCAAUCAGGUAUGCCGGAUCCCUCUUUGCUUCAGCAGGAGUCACUGUGCAUACGUUUGUUGCAUAAGGCUACGCAGCAAUUCAUUCACCUGACCUUGCAGUGAUGCUAGUCUUUCUGCUUCCAAAGUAAGAAAUUAUGUGCAAAAUAAUCUCUGAUUGCUCAAGUUAUUUCUUCCCCAAAAGCCUUACAUUUUCUAUUCAGAAAAUGUGUUGGUGUAGGGAAAACAAUGACCUGCAGCCGUUUGGAAAUUAGGGGCUAUAAGAAUAGAGUCCCAUGACACCUUAAAGACUGAUGAAUUUAGUGUGGCAUAAGCCUUCCUUGUUCAUCAUAUGUAGUGUAGGAGCUACAGUUUGCUCUAGCCCUUUCAUUUCAGCAUGAGCAAGACUUGCUGUCUGUUAGACUGAAACUACCAGAGACCUUUUUCCCACCAGCCUCUGCUGAUACAAGCAGGAUCCUGCUUAUAUAGAUGCCCAACUCCACAUGAGCUUCGAGGAAAAGUGGUUAUUGCUUGGCAAGUAGAGAAAAGGGAAUUUCCUUAAAAGCAACAUUUCUGGAUGUGUUUUUAAAAGAAGUUUAAAAAUGCAUAUUUGUGUUAAAAUACAACCAUUUUUCCCCCCUGGUGUGCCAACUCUCAGUUUUAAUCACUGAUGGGUUAACAUGAGAAUAUAUUUGAUGCCUGGCUGACAUCUAAUGGCUGUUCUGGAUGUUGCUGCACUUGGCGAAUUCUUUUCACAGCACUGUGCUUGCUACAAGCUUAACAGCCCCUAAGGUGUUUUCUGCAACAUAGACACAAAAAUAGUGCAGUAGUGGUGGGUUUAUUCUGCCAGAGGGGCAAGAGUUGGACAAAACCAAACCAAAACAUUUGUUACAGGAAUCCAGCUGGAAGUUACGGGAUGUGCACUGCUUGGAAACCAAACAGUGUGACAGCCCCGAAACAACAGUAUUGAAAGCAGAAUUGAAUGUGACUGCUGUAAUAGCGUCAGGAGCACGAAUCCUCGCAAGUGCACAAUAAAAAUGAUGUCUGGUUGGCCAGCAUCUACAGAGAUUACUUUAUCAACCUCUUUAUUUUGUGCAUGCCAAAUUUCAAGCCACCAUCUUUGUAGGCAUUCCAAAUGUGUGCAUUGCUAGUGACAACCCCCAAUGUCUCUUCCUACUCCCACUUUUCCGGUAGAUGCUGAUGCAACAGCCUAUGCCCAUGGUCUUCAGCGGGGUGCAACACCAGAACCCGAGGAGGCCUUCCCAGCAACAAGCAGCAGCAGUUGCGAGCAGACCAGCCACGUCAAAGAAAUCCCAGCAGCAAGGCCUUAUGGGAUCAAAGCAGUUCUGCAGCACACACCUGGCAUCGCCUCAGCAAUUCCUCAGGGACCCUUGUGUCACAUCAUCCCAGGUGGUGGUUUUUGUUCAACGUCGUGCUAAAUGCAUCACCAUUUUAAAGCUAUAUAACCUGGGGUGGAUCUACACACUGGGGGAGUCGGAAAUUAAAUAGUUAUAACAACAGAAAAAAAUGCUAUGGAAAACCGCUUAGAAUUUUAUUUAUCUAUCUUGCUCUCCAGCACCAUCUGGUGUUGCAUGUUUAUAACACAUUCAAAACACUGAUUUUUUGACUAAUAUAGCUGAGUCCCUGGUUACUGCCUGCUCCCCUAUAGACCUACUACCCUGAGAAGACUUGAAGGGUCUUCUCAGGGGCGAUACUGCAGCUCUGGAAUCCACCCCCAUUGUGGUGAUUCUUGUUCCUGUCUCUUAGAUAAAAAGUUUAAAGUGGUUUUAUUCUAGCAGCCUUUGUAAUUAGGCUGUUUUGGCUAUUAUAUUGAUUGCUGUAUUUGAUGAUUCUUUUGAUUCUAACUGAUUACAGGGUUUAGAGACUGAUAGUUGAACUCAGUUCACAAUUACCACAUUUUUCACUCCAUAAGACGCACCUGACCAUAAGACGCAUCUAGUUUUUAGAGGGGGAAAGCAAGAAAAAAAAUAUUCUGCACAGAGCAUGUAAGCAGCUCUCGCUUUUCUUGCUUUAAAACAAGCAAAGUGAGAGCCGCUUACAUGGCUUCUCUCCUGCUUUGCACAGCUCUCACUUUGCUUGCCCAUCCCUCCACCUAAAAUGUAAAGGGACCCCUGACCAUUAGGUCCAGUCGUGGCCGACUCUGGGGUUGCGGCGCUCAUCUCACUUUAUUGGCCGAGGGAGCCGGCGUACAGCUUCCAGGUCAUGUGGCCAGCAUGACUAAGCCACUUCUGGUGAACCAGAGCAGCGCACGGAAACACCGUUUAUCUUCCCGCCGGAGCAGUACCUAUUUAUCUACUUGCACUUUGAUGUGCUGCUUUCGAACUGCUAGGUUGGCAGGAGCAGGGAGCGAGCAACGGGAGCUCACCCCGUCACGGGGAUUCGAACUGCCGACCUUCUCAUUGGCAAGUCCUAGGCUCUGUGGUUUAACCCACAGCACCACCCGCGUCCCUUCCCUCCUCCUGCCUUGCUGGGGACACCGGGACAGGUGCUCUUUAAAGGGAGCACUGAGCAGAGCCUGUGUGCGGCUCUUCCUGGCUUUUCCGGGAGGUGGGGAAGGGACGGAGGGCUGCCUGUCAGGGUGCCUGGGUGCGCCCCUGCAUUGGAGAUGGUAUUUUGGCUUCAUUAGGCUCAACACUCAAGAAAAUGGUUUUCCUAUUUGUAUACAAUUUGCAUGGUUGCAAGCUACUCUGAGCCCUCUGUGUAGCGGAAGAGAAGGAUGUGAACAUACCAAACAAACAAUGUGCUCAUUCUGACAAAGGGGUGUGUGCAUUUAUGUAUCAGGUACAGCAGCAGCAGCAGCAACAACAACAGCAGCAGCAACAACAACAGCAGCAGCAGCAGCAGCAGCAGCAAAAGCAGGCCAUGAGAGGAAAGCAGGUCCAGCAGGCCUGCUUGCCAAUGCAGAUGAGCAUUGCGAUGCCGCUGUACAACAACCCAAUGGUGUUCUCUCAAGCGCACCCUAUCACUGCCUCUACUCCAAUGUCAGCUGAAAUUGGUGAAAGGCAACAGCAGUCCAAUUACACCCAAGAUCGGACUCUAAGGUAUGGAUGCAGGUAUAUGUAUGCUGAGAAGUCCAAGUAGGAGACGUUACUGAUGGUGGUAUUAUUGUUUUUGCUCUCUCCUGGCAACAAGCUGAUUCCACUUCCCUUCGCAGUUCGUUCUGGCAGCCUUCCCCUACUGUGGCUCUCCACAUGUUGCUUGACUACAACUCCCAUCUUCCCUUGGCUGUGGUGUUGAUGGGAGUUGACAUCUAGAGGGCCACAGGUUGGAGAAGGCUCCAUUGCUUUGCUUCUCCUGGGCUCAUUUGUAUGAGUGGUCCUUCCAAUAGCCAACUUUCCAAGCCAGAUUGUGAAGUGUUAGGUACGUCCUGCACUGUUUCCCUGCCCUCACCCAAGGCAAAUAAUAUCAACAGUGAGGUGUGAUUGUGGGGAAGGGGCAACCGUUUCUGCCCCUGCAGAAGCCCAGAUGAAAAUCCCUCCUGGAAGCUGGCAUUUGCAUUGGGAGGAAAUCCCUUUUUGACACUGUGCAGCACCAUUUUUUAUUUUAGGAGAGAUUUUACUCUUCAGCCUCAGCAGGGGAGGAAGGGUUUAAUGCAAAACAACAGCAACAAUAAGCACUUCGGUGCUGGUUUGGUCCCAGUGGAGGGCAAAUGGGGCCCUGCCCCAUCAACUUCAGCCUGUCCUGACCUAGCCCCAAUUUGUCUGCCUUCUUACUUACAAUUGGUCUGGUAGAGUGACUCUGGCUGCCAGCUCCCUCCUUCCCUGCCUCAGUGCUGCGCCCUUGAAGAACUUACAAGGGAGGAGGAUGUUAAGUUGUGGGUGAACAUAUCAGAUGACACAGUGAUUCUUCAAACAGCUCUUGUUUAUUCAGAGACCAGAACAGAACAGAACUGAACUGAAGGGUUCAGUCAGCCUGCUUAUAUAGAGCUCCAGUACACAUAAUUGUAACAACUUUCUAAAACUAUCCAAUCACUGAACGUCACUUUCGAUCCCUUAUUUGCAUAACUAUCUACAGUAUCCCCCUGCUGGCCCAGGGUGAGAACUUCAGUACAUAACAGAGGAUGCAGGCAAAAUUAGAGUGAGUUGGCUCUGCCUAUCAUUGGCUCUGGCGCCACCUGGUGUUGGUCUUCCUGUCUUCCUUCCUAUCAAUCCCAGUGUUCACCACCCACCAGUGUUUGGUCCCUGGUCUCUGAAGAGGCAAGCAACGGCUCUGAAACUGUGCUGGAAAGAGGCUAUCGAACCUGCCCAUUGCCACAUUGUUAGGUCAGCCUGUGCAGCCUGCAACAUCUGGUGCGCAUGGGUGCAAUAAGUCUUCACAGAUCAAUACUGGCAGACAGCAGGCAAAAAAAGCCUUCCUACAAUUAAAACCAAACAAUUUCAGGGUAAGAAGCCUCUAUAUUAGAGGCUGUCUAGUCCUUUCCCCUGCUCGGCACAGGAAUCUUUUAAACUAGGAUUCCCUGUGCACAGCAUCUUCAUAGCUCCUUCUACCAGCUCCCAAGAUUGCUCUGCUCUGUUCCACUCUUGAACAAAACCAAAGCAAAGAGGGGAUGUCAUGGGAAGCAUGUAGAGGACGCAUAGGCUGGGCUCCCUUCCUGUCAGAAGUACAACACAAAAAGGCAGGCUAGUACCUCUAAAUGGGCAAAGCUGACCCUGGUCUGCUAUUUUCAACUUCCAUAGUAGUUAAGAUAUGAAUGCAGCCUGGGCUAUGUGCCCUGCAUGCUAAACAAAAUAUUAUGCACCCACGCAACCUAAACUCUCUGCCAUGAAAAGCUGGAGUCUGCCAGCAGCAUACAGUGGUGCCUCGCAAGACGAAAUUAAUCCGUUCCGCGAGAGUCUUCGUCUAGCGGUUUUUUCGUCUUGCGAAGCAACCCUAUUAGCGGCUUAACGGAUUAGCGCUAUUAGCGGUUUAGCGGCUAUUAAAGGCUUAAAGGCUUAGAGGAUUAGCUGCUAAAAGGCUAUUAAAGGCUAUUAAAGGCUUAGCAGAUUAGAUAAAGGGGGGGGGGAAGCGGAAAAAAAAUCUCAAGACUCGCAAGACAUUUUCGUCUUGCGAAGCAAGCCCAUAGGGGAAUUCGUCCUGCGAAGCAACUCCAAAACGGAAAACCCUUUCGUCUAGCGGUUUUUCCGUCUUGCGAGGCAUUCGUCUUGCGGGGCACCACUGUACAUUAUGCAGGAGAGCUCCCAUUUCUGACUUUGCCUAAAGUAUUCUGCAUUUUUAGAAUAGUUAUAGCUGAUUUUAUUCUGUGGUUUGGUGACUACAAAAAAAGGGGAAGGAAGAGCACUGAGCCUUUGCUUGCUAGCCACAUUAAACCCUUGUCCUGCCAUCACUCCUGCUUCCGAGGGUUCAGAGAGCAUUGCCACAUCUUUCAAGCAGAUUGUCACACCAGUGGGAGCUGGAAAAGGUUGCAUGAGGGGGUGGUUAACCAGUGGGCACCCAGAUGUUGCCAGGCUCCUGGCUCCAUCAGCACCAGAUCUAGUUCAGGACAUCUGGAUGGGGCACCGGUCGGCCACCACUGCUGUGGAAAGGGUUGCGUUUUGAGGGAACCUCCGGUGGUAUUUUAUCUGUCACCUGCUACCUGUGUUGCAGAUUUGCUCCGGAGCAGCAAGGGCUGCCUGCUGGAAUACAGAUGCAGCCAAUCACAUGCGCCGCCACUCCGUCACCCGUCUUCACCUCCUCUGUGAUGAUUCCACGCGCCAACAUCGCCCCGCAGCAGAGCCACCCUCCUCCCAACACCCUCCACCAGUGGCAACCGCAGCCAGUUCAACAGCAUCACCUCUACCUUCAGGUAACAAGCUGCUAGUUUCCAGUGAGAUUGUGGAAGGCGUGAUGACUGAUAGGAAUGCCAAGGUGGGAGGCAAGGUCUAUAGCUUUAACUAUGCGCUGUGUGAAAGAUUGCUUCCUUUUGCUAGGUGAUCCUGUCUUCCAGUAUUACGAGAGGAGGGGUACAUAUGUGGGAGGGCUGGGCAUUCCCAGUGCUAAGGCUGUUGCAUUAUCCCGCAGAUGCAAGGUGCGGCUGAGCCGGGCCAGAACCAGCGCCUGUUCCAGCAACCUCAUGUACCGCAGCAGAAUGCCACCAUGGGAUAUUUCCACCACCCGCAGCCGCAGAGCCAGCACCUGCAAGGCCAGCCUUGCAGUUUACAAGACCUGCCUGAAAUGCAGCUGCCUUGA